UCCCAGCCUUGCCUCGGGUGUAGGGAUUGCAAGGGAAAAAGCAAAACUACACGGUUAAGAUCCUGUGUAGUUUUGUUUUGGGGGAUAUUUCGAGGCUCAACCGUUCUCACACAUUGAUUUUUGAAGUCAUAUCUGGAUAAGGACUUUUUCAGAAGACAAACCCAUUUGGGCUUCGCCCCUUCAAUUCAAGGCACUCUUGUGGAUACAAGGUGCCUUCCACCAUGUCAACACAAGCUCCAACAUUUACACAGCCGCUUCAGAGCGUUGUGGCACUUGAGGGUAGUGCUGCAACGUUCGAGGCUCAAGUUAGUGGUAAUCCAGUUCCAGAGGUGAGCUGGUUUCGUGAUGGUCAGGUUCUUACUGCUGCCGCUCUGCCCGGCGCUCAGAUCUCGUUCAGCGAUGGCCGCGCUGUUCUGAUGAUCCCCGCCGUGACAGCCGCACACAGCGGAAGAUUUUCUGUCAGAGCCACCAAUGGCGCUGGACAAGCCACUAGCACAGCUGAACUGCUGGUUACAGCUGAAACUGCACCACCAAACUUCAUUCAAAGACUACAGAGUAUGACCGUGAGACAAGGAAGCAAAGUGAGACUGGAUGUUCGAGUGACAGGAAUCCCUACACCUGUGGUGAAGUUCUACAGAGAGGGAGCUGAGAUUCAAAGCUCUGCUGACUUUCAGAUUGUUCAAGAAGGAGACCUUUACAGUUUGCUGAUCGCUGAAGCUUUCCCAGAAGAUUCAGGAACUUAUUCUGUCAAUGCAUCUAACAGCAGCGGACGUGCUACCUCGACCGCUGAGCUUCUAGUUCAAGGAGAAGAGGAAGCUGUACCUGCCAAGAAGUCAAAAACGAUCAUUUCAUCCACUCAGAUUUCACAGACCCGUCAGACUAGAGUGGAGAAGAGGAUGGAGGCUCACUAUGAGGCCACUGCUACGAUGAAAAUGCAAGUAGAGGGAGGGGUUGUGACUCAGCAGUUGGCACAUAAGACCCCACCCCGUGUGCCCCCUAAACCAACCUCGAGGUCCCCUCCUUCACAUGUGACAAAAGUGGCAAGUGCUCGCCAGCAGUCUCCCUCUCCUGUGAGGCAUGUUAAGGGUCCGACGCCCACUCCUGUCAGAGCUGUGUCUCCCUCCACAAGACUGUCUGUUUCCCCAAUCAGACCAGUCAAGUCUCCCGUGAUGACCCGCAAACAACUCACACCGUCCACUGAGGUCCUGCCUCCAUGGAAACAGGCGGGCUACGCUUCAGAGGCCAGCUACACCAGAAUGAUGGCAGGGGCAACACAAGUCCAGAUGACCUCCACCCAAGUUCAGAUUGAACAGCGUUGGGAGGGCACUGCUGCUAUUCAACAACAAGUUGGCUUUGUCAAAGAGGGUGAUGGGAAAAAGGCAGAGGCAGUGGCUACUGUGCUUGCUGCUGUCGAUCAUGCGCGUAUACGAAAGCCCACGCAUGCAGAAGGGGCUCAAAUGGAAGAAGAGGCUGAUGAAAGAUAUCAAGAAAUGCUAGCCGCUAAACAAAAGGUCACAAGUAAAAAGGAGAUGUUGCUUAUUCCCCCUGAAACGCCAAUGCCUAUCAUUGAGAAAAGUGUACAUGUCACUCAGAUUGAAAGAACUACAGAGGUUAGCUCCAAGGUGGAGACUGGCCUUGCACCUUCCCCUGUUCCACAUUUUACAGUAUCAAAAGUUACUGUACCAAAACCAGAUCAUAGCUAUGAGGUAUCAAUAGCAGGUUCUGCUAUUGCCACACUUCAAAAGGGGUUAUCUUCAACAACUGGUGCUCAAAAGAUCAUCAAGCCUGUCAAGCCACCGACUCAUAAGAUGGUAGGGACUCGUGUGACCCCAGAGCCGACCCCUCCUCCUUUUAGAGACACUGCAGAGAGAUAUCAGACGCAUUACGACACCGAGUUACACAGACAGAUAGGCGUUUCGUUUACUGGGGAGGAGUGGGACAUGCAGGCUGUUGAGACUGCAGCGAUCCCCUCCGAUGUCAAAGAACCUGUCAUGCCACCUACCUUGAUAGCAGGAUUGAAGAACGUGACUGUCACUGAGGGAGAGUGUGUGACUUUGGAGUGCCAGAUUUCAGGUCACCCCACACCAGCCAUUAUGUGGUUUAGAGAGGAUUACAGAAUCGAGAACUCCAUUGAUUUUCAGAUCACUUAUGAAAGCAAUUUUGCCCAUUUGGUGAUCCGCGAGGCGUUUGCUGAAGAUAGUGGCCGCUUCACAUGCACUGCGACCAGUGAGGCUGGAACCAUCAGCACCUCCUGCUACCUGCUGGUCAAAGUGUCUGAGGAGAUUGAGAGCAGAGAGGAGAUUACUGUCCAAGAGAAACAGGUUCUCCUUGAAGCCAAAGAGGAGACCGUGUCUGAAAUAAGUGCUGUCUCAGUGGACACUGGAGCUGCUGCCGCUCCUUUCUUCGUGAGGAAACCAGUGUUUCAAAAACUGGUCGAGGGUGGCAGUGUUGUUUUUGAGUGCCAGAUCGGAGGCAGCCCCAAACCCCAUAUUUACUGGAAGAAGAGUGGAGUUCAACUCACUACUGGAUACAGAUAUAGAGUUAGCUAUAACAAGGAUACAGGGGAAUGCAAGUUGGAGAUUUCUAUGACAUUUGCUGAUGAUGCCGGAGAAUACACCAUAUUUGCCAGGAACCAGCAUGGAGAGGCAUCUGUUACCUCAAGCCUUCUUGAGGAAGAGGAAUAUGAAGCCUAUAUGAAAAAACAGGAAGUAACAUAUGUAACAGAAGUGACCGCAAUGGUGCAGGAACCCAAAGUGCCUCCUAUAGUUGUAAGCGAAUAUGAAAAAGAGCUCAUGCAACGAAGUAUGGCUCAACAAACACAGAUGAUGCAGACCUUUAUCUCAGAGACGGAAUUCCAAAUAUCUGCCAUUGAGCGAAAAAUAAUACUGGAGAUUGAAAUCCACAUCCUUAAGAUUACUUACCAAGAGCUGGUGAUUGAGGAUGGAGAGGAGAUGAUCAUGAACGUUGCUGAGCAUGAAGCUGUCACAUCAUCAUUUAGCACUCCGGUCAAAAGCUACAGAAUUCUGGAAGGAAUGGGUGCUACUUUCCAUUGCAAGAUGGAAGGAAAGCCAUUACCAAAGAUUGCCUGGUAUAAAGAUGGCAAGCGCAUUAGACAUGGAGGUCGCUAUCAGAUGGAAGUUCUACAGGAUGGUAGAGCCAGUCUGCGCCUUCCUGUGGUGCUGCCAGAAGAUGGGGGAAUCUAUACUGUAUUUGCCAGUAACAUGAAGGGCAAUGCUGUCAGUUCUGGAAAGCUCUUUGUUGAAUCCACUGCAGCUGCCCAGCCUUACUUUCCUCAGGCUGAAGCUGUGAGGAGAGUCCAGUCUACAUCUCCAAUGUCUGCACGUUCAACUAGCUACUCGCCUGGACGGUCACCAGCUCGGUCUGUUAGCCGCUCUCCUGCUCGUAGACUUGAUGACACCGAUGAGUCACAACUCGAGAGGCUAUAUAAGCCUGUUUUUGUACAGAAACCAUCAUCUUUUAGGUGUUGUGAAGGACAAACUGCAAGGUUCGAUUUAAAAGUGGUUGGAAGACCAAUGCCUGACACCUUUUGGUUCCACAAUGGACAACAAGUGGUCAACGACUACACCCACAAGAUUGUGGUGAAGGAGGAUGGAACUCAGUCAAUGAUUGUGGUUCCUGCCAUGCCUCAGGACUCUGGAGAGUGGACUGUUGUUGCUCAAAACAGAGCUGGAAAGACAAGUGUUUCUAUGACUCUCACUGUUGAAGCAAAGGAAAAUUUGGUCCGACCUCAGUUCAUAGAGAAGCUAAAGAACCUCAGUGUUAAGGAAGGAAGUUUAGUUGAGUUGGCAGUUAAAGCCAUUGGAAACCCCCUUCCUGACAUUGUCUGGCUGAAAAACAGUGAUAUCAUCUCUCCUCAUAAAUACCCUCAAAUCAAAAUUGAGGGAGCCAAAGGAGAGGCAUGUUUUAAGAUUCCUCAGACUUCCGGCUCUGAUAGUGCGUGGUAUACAGCCACAGCCAUAAACAAAGCUGGCAGAGACACCACUCGCUGCAGGGUCAAUGUGGAAGUUGAGUACACCAUACCUGAACCAGAAAGAAGACUUAUCAUUCCCAAAGGAACAUAUAAAGCCAAAGAAAUUGCUGCACCAGAAAUUGAACCACUGCAUCUUCGCUAUGGUCAGGAGCAAUGGGAAGAAGGUGAUCUGUACGACAAGGAGAAACAACAAAAGCCACACUUCAAAAAGAAGCUGACCUCAGUCAGGAUGAAGCGAUUUGGACCUGCACACUUUGAGUGUAGAUUGACCCCUAUCGGUGACCCAACCAUGGCUGUUGAGUGGCUGCAUGAUGGCAAGCCGCUUGCAGCUGCUAACAGACUGCGCAUGAUCAGUGAAUUUGGCUAUUGUAGUCUUGACUAUGAAGUCGCUUAUUCCAGGGACAGCGGUGUCAUUACUUGCAGAGCCACCAACAACUUUGGUGUUGACCAGACCUCUGCAACGCUGAUUGUGAAGGACGAGAAGAGUCUGGUGGAGGAGAGCCAGUUGCCAGAAGGAAGAAAAGUACAGCGCAUGGAUGAAAUUGAAAGAAUCGCCCAUGAAGGUGCUCCCUCAGGAGUUACUGGAGAUGACACAACUGAGAAGACCAAGCCAGAGAUUGUCUUGCUCCCAGAACCCAUGAGAGUAUUUGAGGGGGAAUCAGCCAAAUAUCGUUGCAGAGUGACUGGUUACCCUACUCCCAAAGUUAACUGGUAUCUCAACGGGCAGAUGAUUCGGAAAAGCAAAAGAUUCAGACUACUGUAUGAUGGCAUUCACUACCUGGAAAUCGCUGAUUGUAAGUCAUAUGAUUCAGGAGAUGUCAGAGUUCUAGCUGAGAACCCAGAGGGUACAGCUGAGCACACUGUAAGGCUUGAGAUCCAACAGAAAGAAGAUUUCAGGACUAUCUUGCGCCGUGCACCUGAAAUAAAGGCAUCUGAAGCACCUGGCCCUGAACCUGGCAGAGUGUCAUUUGAUGUUGUGAAGGAACAUAAACCUGCAGAGCCUUCGCAAGCAAAAGAGGUUGUCAGGCUGAAGAGGGCCGAGAGAGUUGUCCAUGAAAAAUCUACAGAGGAGACAGAAGAGCUGCGCAGCAAAUUCAAACGAAGGACCGAAGAGGGCUAUUAUGAAGCCAUAUCCUCCGUUGAGUUGAAGUCUCGCAAGAAGGAUGAGUCUUAUGAAGGAAUGUUAAAGAAGAGGAAAGAUGAGCUUCUUCAUUGGACCAAAGAGGUUACUGAGAGUGAGAAGAGAAAGGAAGAGGAAGAACGCAAACUUACCAUUCCUACAAUCAGACCUGAGAAAGUAGCCUUUUCUCCUAGCAUGGAGGCUCCAAAGAUCUUGGAAAGAAUUCAGAGCAAGACAGUUUCAUUGUCUGAAGAAGUUUGCUUCCGUUGUAGGGUUGUUGGUAAACCUGAUCCAGAGUGUCAGUGGUUCAAAAAUGGAAUUUUACUCGAGAAGUCAGAUCGUAUUUAUUGGUAUUGGCCAGAGGACCAUGUCUGUGAAUUAGUGAUCAAAGAUGUCCAGGCUGAGGACUCUGCUAGUAUUAUGGUAAAAGCUAUGAACAUCGUUGGUGAGGCAUCAAGCCAUGCCUUCUUGUUGGUUCAAGCCAAACAAGUUGUGUCUUUUACCCAAACGCUAGAGGACGUGUACGGAAAAGAGAAAGACACAAUGGUCACCUUUGAGUGUGAGACAAAUGAACCAUUUGUCAAGGUCAAAUGGUUGAAGAAUAAUGCAGAAAUUUUCUCUGGAGACAAAUAUAGGAUGCACUCAGACAGAAAAGUGCAUUUCCUUUCUGUGCUGAUAAUUAACAUGCAAGAUGAUGCAGAGUACACUUGUGUUGUAUCUGAAGAUGACCAAAUAAGGACGUCUGCCAAACUUUAUGUUGAAGGCGCACCACUGGAAAUUGUUAAACAUCUGGAGAGCGUUGAAGUGCCCGAAAUGUACUCUGGAGAGUUUGAGUGCGAGCUGUCCCGCGAAGAUUGUGAGGGCACCUGGUACUUUGAGAACAAAGAAAUUACCCCAAGCCUAAAAUAUGUUGUGUCCUCUCGUCGUGGCCGACACAGUCUGUCUGUAAGAGAUGUCAAGAAGGAAGACCAAGGAAAAUAUACUUUCAAAGUGGGCGAUUUGAAAACGAGUGCCACAUUGAAGAUGAAAUUGCGUCCAGUAACCCUGAUGCAGGGGCUCUCUGACUUGACAGUUUGCGAGGGUGAUAUAGCCCAAUUGGAGGUGCGAUUCUCACAGGAAAACGUGGAAGGAACUUGGAUGAAAAACGGCCUGCCUAUCUCUGCCUCUGACAGAGUUCACAUUGUCAUCGACAAACUUGUCCACAAACUUCUGAUCGAAAAUGUCAACAAGGAUGAUGGUGGAAUGUACUCAUUCAGUGUUCCCGUUCAGUUUAUUUCUACAAGUGGAAAACUGACUGUUCAAACAAUCGAAAUCGUAAAUCCUCUAAAGGAUGUUCAUUCCAUUGAGGGUGCCAAGGCAGUGCUAGAAGCGAAAAUCUCUGCCCCUGAUGUUAGUUCUGUGAAAUGGUACCAGAAUGAUAAGCUCAUCCUACCUAGUGACAGAGUCCAGAUGGUUGCCAAAGGGUCAAAACAGAGGCUGGUUUUGAACAGGUCAUUUGCUUCUGAUGAGGGCAAGUAUAAACUGGCGGUUGGCAGAGUGGAAACAACUGGUAACCUGACUGUUGAGAAGGUCAGCAUCGUCAAGCACAUGGAGGACUGUGUAUGCACAGAAACACAGAAUGUGACUUUUGAGGUAGAAUUAUCCCACAGUGGAAUAGAUGCUUAUUGGACCUUCAAGAAUCAGCCUCUGAAGGCUGGACCCAAAUACAAAAUGGAGUCCAAAGGGAAGCGCUAUAGCUUAACCAUUAUCAAUGCCAUGAAGGAUGAAGAGGGCCAGUAUGAAUUUGCAGCGGGUGAAAAAACGUCCAGUGCAAAACUUACUGUGUCAGGAGGUGCUAUAAACAGGCCACUCUGUGAUGUGACUGUGGCAGAAUCCCAAACUGCUGUGAUGGAGUGUGAAGUUGCUAAUCCAGCCUCUGAGGGCCAGUGGCUUAAAGAUGGCCAAUCUGUUGUCUUUAGUGACAAUGUUAGGAGCGAGGAUAAAGGUGCGGUCCGCCAGCUUGUCUUCAUGAUCACAAGACCACAAGAUAUUGGAGAGUAUACCUAUCAAGUGGCAAACUCCAAAACAUCUGCCAACCUUAGAGUUGAAGCUGUGAAGAUUAAGAAGACAUUGAAAAACCAGACAGUUACGGAAACAAAAGAGGCGGUGUUCAGUCUUGAACUCACCCAUUUAGACGUCAAAGGAUCCCAGUGGAUCAAGAAUGGAAUUGAAAUUGUUCCCAGUGAUAAAUAUGAGAUAACAGUGGAGGGCAUGGUGCACACCCUAAAGAUCAAGAACUGCAACACCCAAGAUGAAUCAGUCUACGGAUUCAAACUUGGAAAGCUCUCCGCUAAUGCCAGACUGAACGUUGAAACUGUUAAGAUUGUGAAGAAGCCAAAAGAUGUGACCUCCCUGCUGAAUGAAACCGCAUCAUUUGAAAUGAGUUUGUCCCAUGAUGACAUUCCGGUUAAAUGGAUGUUCAAAAACCAAGAGCUUAAACCCAGUGCCAACAUUCAAAUAAUGUCAGAAAGGAAAGCGCACAAGUUGGUCAUUCAGAAUGUUGAAGAAGUCAAUGCUGGAGAAUAUACAGCUGUUGUUGGACACUUGCAGUGCAGUGCAUAUUUACAUGUUGAAUCUUUGAGAGUCACAAAACCCACGAAGAACCUUGAGGUUCCAGAGACCCACGUGGCCACAUUUGAGUGUGAAGUUUCGCAUUUCAAUGUUCCGUCCACCUGGCUGAAAAAUGGAGUUGAGAUUGAGAUGAGAGAGAAGUUCAGGAUUGUGGUGCAGGGCAAACUGCACCAGUUGAAGAUCAUGAACACCAGCCGAGAUGAUUCUGCAGAAUACACAUUUGUGUGUGGAAAUGACAGGGUUUCUGCCACACUGACAGUUAGCCCUGUCCUGAUCACAUCUAUGCUCAAAGACCUGAAUGCUCAGGAGAAGGACACCAUCACAUUUGAGGUGACUGUCAACUAUGAAGGCAUCACCUACAAAUGGCUGAAGAAUGGAGUUGAAAUCCGUUCCAGCGAAAGAUGCCAAACUCGGACUAAACAGUUUAGUCACUCUCUAACGAUCCGCAACGUACACUUUGGGGAUGUUGGAGAGUACAAGUUUAUGGCUGGAUCUGCUGAAACUUCAGCAAAGCUAUUUGUUGAAGCUCGUGUCAUUGAGUUCACCAAGCAUAUAAAAGACAUUAAAGUUACUGAGAAGAAGAAGGCUAUUUUUGAAUGUGAGCUUUCCGAACCCAAUGUCCAAGUAACAUGGAUGAAGGAUGGUCAGGAACUUGAAUUAACUGAAAGACACAAGGUCUCCACAGAAAGACAUAUACAUCGUCUGAUGAUCCAAACUGUGCGUAUGUCUGAUGCUGGCGAAUACUCUGUGGUAGCUGGCUCUAGCGUAUCAAAGGCCUGCCUCACUGUUGAGGGCAAGGAUGUGCGUAUUAGUGAACCCGUGGAGAAGGAAAUCACUGUGCUUGAGAAACAACGAGCUACAUUUGAGUUCGAGGUCAAUGAAGACGACAUUGAGGGACGCUGGCUGAGAAAUGGAGUUGAGAUUCAGUUUUCUGUAGAUCAGCGUUUCAACUAUGUGAUAAUUAGGAAAGUUCAUCGUCUGACAAUCACAGAGACCUACAGGAGCGAUGCAGGAGAAUACACAUUCAUUGCUGGAAAGAACAGAAGUGUGAUGACCUUGCAUGUCAACAUCCCUGAGCCUCCUCAGAUCAUCAGGCACAUGCAGCCUCUGUCUGUCGAGGCCGGAAAACCUGCACGUUUCUCUGUGGAGGUGACAGGAAUCCCUCAGCCUCAGGUAUCCUGGUACAAGAACUCUCAGGCCCUGUCCUCUGGGUUCAAGUGCAAGUUCCUGAGGGAGGCCAAUGAACACACAUUGCUCCUCAUUGAGGCCUUCCCAGAAGACGCAGCGCAGUACAACUGUGAAGCUAAGAAUGACUAUGGAGUAGCCACAAGCUCUGCUACACUUGAUGUGGAAGUUCCUGAAGUGGUUUCUCCUGACACCGGAGCACCCCUGUCGCCACCUGUGGUGAUAUCACCAAUACACAACACUUCUGCCAACGAAGGACAAUCUGCCAGGUUCCAGUGUCGAGUCUCAGGAGAAGAUCUGACAAUUGCUUGGUAUUGCAAAGACAAGGAAAUCAAGCAGUCUGACAUAUUCAGAGUCUCUCAGUUCGAUGAAAACUGUCAGUUGGAGAUUGCCAGAGUUCAUACUGAGGAUGAGGGCGAGUACACGUGUGUUGCUCGUAACUCUGCGGGAAUGGUCUCAUGCUCAGCUGUACUGAAAGUGGAUGUUGCAAAAAUACGAGAGGAGAUUGAAGCAAAAAUUGAGGAAGAGGUUAAAGAAUUUUCUAGUUUGACUGUGAAGACCGAAGAAGAGGAUGAAACCUACAGCACAUCACUGCAAUUACCUGAAAAAUCUAAAACACUUGAACUCAAGCCAGAGCAAAAACGUUUUUCUAGUUCGUUAGAGAGAAAAAAGGAAAAACCUGUGUUUCAAUCCAAGCUUAUGCCUGCUGAAGUUACUGUUGGAGACUCCGUUAGGUUUACUGUCACAGUGUCUGGUUUUCCAAAGCCAAAGGUUCAGUGGUUCCACAAUGGUAGGGCUAUUACUUCUUCGUCGGUGUAUAAGUUUGUUGAAGAAAGAAGUGAGUACACUUUAAUAAUAACUGAAGUCAAGAAAGAGUAUGAGGGUGAAUAUUCCUGUACUGCCAGUAAUAGAUUUGGCCAAACAACCUGCAAGACAUUGUUAAAGAUACAAUUAAGUCAUUUAUCAGAAGCAGAAAAAUGGGUGGAACAAAUGUUUAAAAUACCAGGAGAACCACCACUCUUUACCACACAAAUUCAGCCUGUGCAAUGUGUAGAGGGCAGUGAGGUGAAAUUUCAGUAUAACGUUUCUGGAGCUCCAGUUCCUGGUGUUCAGUGGUUUAAGGGUAAUUAUCAAAUAAAGUCAAGCCAGAACUGCACAGUUGUUAGUAACCCAGAUGGCUCUGGCUUCCUUGUCAUGAGUGACAUCCAGCAGAAAGACAGUGGUCUUUACACAUGCAAAGCUGCCAAUACCUUCGGGGAGGCCAGCUGCAGUGCUGAGUUGAUUGUAUUCCACAAAAAAGUAUCUGUAUUUCAUCAACAGCAGUUAGUUCAGGAGCAGAAACGUUAUAAGGUGUCCAUGACUGAGCAAGCCACUGAAUCCCGCUUGUACAGUGUUAGCCUUCCCGGGCAGGCAGGUGCAAGUCUACAGGGAGAGCAGCAGGUAAUUUACACCAUUGGUACAGAAGACAGGCAAACGAUAGAAAGUGAGCAAGUUGACACUCUGCACGACUUGGAUAUUUCUGCUGCAACUGUGCAUAAGGAGCAGGUAACUCAUCAAGCUGCAGUCUUGCAGUCACAUGAAGUACAUGAAGGUAUAAUUUCUGCUUCAUCCCAGCCAGAGCCAGUAGUAGCAACUCCGUUGAAACAGCUCCACAUGGCUGCCAUGACCUCAGCAGUUCAGGAAAGUCAAGGCUUCACAGAACAGCACUUUGAUCGUAUCAAAAGUCCAGAGGUAACAGAGCUUGAAAUUGCAAAGGAGCAUCCCUCACAGCUGAUGUCUGCCAUAACUGAGAGUUUGACAUCACUGACCAUUGUCAAAGCUGAGCCAUUAUUAAGCAGCGAAGGAGAACAGAUCAAGCCAGCCCCUGAGCCCAAGUAUCCAAUAUCAAGUCACCAAGUUGAGACAAAACUUCCAAUUGUUAAAGAACAUUCACAGAUUAUACCACAUACACAGCAGGAAAAGGGAUACCAAGUGAAAGAGGGAGUUAAAAUUCUUUACAGUGCAGUUUCAACUGAGAAACAACAAUUCACAGACGGACACUCUAAAGAACUGUCAUUACAAGACAAGAGUUUUCAGUCAUCCAUAAAGAGAGAAUCUUCAAAACCAGUUAUCCUUUCCGUUAAUGAGUCUACUCAAACCUUAUCAAAGGAACAGAGGUUAUCUAUGCUCAAGCCUGCUGAGGAGACUGCAUCUCUUGUUAAAGAUAGUGUGUUAAAAUCAGCUCUUGUUGCAGAGGAAAUAAAUCAACUUCAAGCUGAUAAGUCAAGUUCGAUCCCAGGUUUAGACAGUGCAAUUUCAGUGCAGUCCCAGACAGAACAGAAACAAGUUCUGCAUUUGCAGGUCUUUACAGAUCAGGAUAGUCUUCUGAAUGAAGGUAGAUUCAGCAGCGAGAAGCCCAGCCCAGAGAAAGCAACUGCUCAAAAAAGCCCAAUUCUUAAGCACACAGUCUCAGUGGAUGAACGGCAAUCUGUGACGUGUGAAGAAACAUAUCAGUUAUUAGCAAGAGAAACCGAACUUAACAUACAAUCCUGUAAGGAAUCUCCUGCUCCUUUGCAUCUUCAGGCAGUCCAUUUAGAAAAUACAUUGUCUAAAGAAGGUAUAAUCUCAAUGGAGGUGCCAAAACAGCAGGUGGCGGUGCAGAGACAGGAAAAAGCCCGCCAACAUGUUGCAAGUACAGAGGAGAAAAGGGAGCAUACAGCAGAUUAUUGUAAAGAUCUUGAUUUGUCUGUAACAGGUGUCCAGUCUGAAAUCAGAAAAGAACCUAAACCCAAAAGUAUUCUUCAAGUAUUCUCAGAAACGGUGCAAUUACCGAAGGAAGCUCCAUUUGUGAGUGAUGUUAAACAGCAGCGUGCCUUAGUUCAGAAAGAAGAUCGCUGGAAUAUCAUACAUGUGCCAUCUGUGUCAGAAAGUCAAGAUAUCGAGGAAGGACACACAGAAAGCAUCGCAACAAUUGAGAAAUAUGUUUCUGAAACUAAAGUUGAACCCAAAAUUCCAUCUGAAUUAAUUCAUAUUGAAGAAAAAGAAAUCUCAACCGAGAGCAGUAUUGUUCUUGAGGCCACAGAGCAAGAUUUUGCAGUCCAAAUUCAAGAAGGACAGUCUGUUAGGCAGUCAGUAUUAAUGGAAGAAAAGCAUGUAAUCAAAGGUGAGUUAUCUCAAGACAUUACAAAAUCUGAAACAACCACAGCAACUUUCACUAAACAGAGAAGGGGGGCCUUUAUAGUAUCAGAAUCAAGAGAGAGCCAAACACUACCCAAAGAGCUCACUUUUGUUAUUCCAGCUCCCAAACCACACACUUUGGACAUUAAGCAUCAGUUAAAAGAUGCACUUGCAACUGCUGUGGCAUCUGACCAACCCUUGAUCUUGGCAGAUGUGGUGGAGAGUUUAGGAUCUGUAGAAGUUCUUGAGGUAAAAGAAAGGAGAGAACCCAAAUAUCUCAUGUUCACAUAUCUUGUUACAAGCGCAAGUGCCCCACUUGAAAUUACAAUUGCCUUUGAAGGAGAGUAUCCACAGACUGCUGAUCUUAAGAGUGAACUUCAAGCUGCUCUCUACUCCAUUGUCUAUAGGGAACAGCAGGUUCUGACCUCUGAGCAGCCAGGCACUAUGCAAAUUGACAGGCCCCAAAGAUUACAGGUUAGUCAGGCUUCUUCAAAAGAACAACUUUCAUCUGUGGUGGAGGUGGUAAGGUUAACAGAAAAUGUAGAGCCUUUCACAUCACCAAAGUCUCAAUCUGCAGCUCUGAAAACUGAGGCCAAAACAUCUUUCCAGUCUGUAACAGCAGAUGAGCAAAGUGUUAGGCAGCAGUCAACAAUUCAUGUGGCAAGUGAAACCAAAAUUGAGGUCCAACAGUCUAUCCAUGUUGAGCAACGAGAAACCAGAUCUGUGACAGUAAAAAGGCAUGAGAGAGAUAUCGGGGCUGCAAGUAUGACAACUGAAUUGGUCUUGGGGCCAGCUCCAACUGAACAAUCUACUAUCUUCCUUCGGACAGAGGAAAGGGAGGAAUAUAUAUCUGAAGCAAUUAUGAAGCUAGAAAAAGAGGAAGUUAGAGAAGAGUACCCCAUCUUUGAGAGUCAUUUGGAAGAUAUUGUAAUAGAAGAACAUUCUGAGGCCAAAUUUACAUUGACAAUAAGACACGUAAAGAAAGUGAAUUGGCUGUUUAAUGGAAAAUCAAUUAAAUCUGGCAAAGAGUUCAAGUGUUCCAAAGACCAUGACUCUUACACACUAGUAAUCAGUAAAGUUAUGAAGGAUCAUCAAGGAGAAUAUACUUGUGAGGCUGUAGGAGAAGCUGGCAAGUCUUCAACAUCCUCCCACCUCACAGUGGUCCCAAGAGUGCCACCUGUUUUCAGGCAGAAAAUCCAAAAUCUGGAAGCCGGUGUUGGCAGCUCUGCAAGGUUUCAGUGUGAGAUCGACGAGGCUCCAGGCGUGACCUUCAAGUGGUUCAAAUCUGGUUCUGAGAUUAGACAUAGUGACAAAUACCGGAUUAUCAAUUAUUCUCACACUUCAUCUCUGGAGCUCCUGAGCACAUCAGUGGCGGACUGUGGAGAAUUUACUUGCAAAGCAACAAACCGCCAUGGAACUGACAGCUGCUCUGCUAAACUAAGUGUAACAGAGGUAUUCCCACCAGAGUUUGUAUCAAAGCCUGAUUCGAUGACUUUAUAUGUGGGCAAGCAAGCGAAAUUUCAGUGUGUUAUUUCAGGUUCCGAUCCCAUGACAGUUGUCUGGCACAAAGACAAUAUUGCCAUUUCACUUGAUGAUCACUACAAAACAUCCUCUGACAAAAAUAAGUUUUGUCUUGAAAUCUUGAAUCUACAUCAGAGUGAUCAGGGAACAUACCUUUGCAAAGCUUCCAACAGUGUUGGUACAGCUACUUGCUGCACUGAACUUAGGGUUGUAGACAAACCCAGUUUUGUGAAGAGUUUUCAGGCAACCACUGUAGCUGUGGGAAACCCGCUACGCCUAGAGUGUCAUGUAGAUGAAGACACUGGCGUAGCUGUCGUCUGGAUGAGAGAUGGCAAAAAACUCCAUAAUACAAUGGAUUGUAAACUAUCUUUUGAGGAAAAAAUGGCCAGUCUUGAGAUUCCAAAGGCCAAACUGAAAGACACAGGUGCAUACACCUGUACUGCUGCAAAUGAUGCUGGAAGCAGCAGUUGCUCUUCUGUUGUAACAGUGCAAGAACCCCCAGCCUUUGUUAAAAAACUGGAGCCUAAGAUCUUAUGGAAGAAAGGAAUGUCAGCACGUCUGUCCUGCACCGUUAAAGGAUCGCCUGAACUUCACGUGACUUGGUUUUUGAAUGACAAGCCACUUAGUUCUUCUGAAAAACACAAAAUUACUUUCAAAGGCAAUCAAGCCACUCUUGAGAUUACAGACUUGUCAGAGUCUGUUAGUGGAAAUUACACUUGUGAAGUCAUGAAUGAGGCAGGCUGUGAAAGCUGUAGCAGCCAAGUUACUGUAAAAGAACCUCCUGCCUUUAAAAAGGAGCUGAAAAUGGUGGAGGUUGUCAAAGGGUGCACAGCCCUUCUUGAAUGUGAAGUUACAGGAACUGCUCCAUUUGAAGUAAUCUGGUUCAAGAGUAAAAAUCCAGUCUCCACUGAUAAGAAGUACAAUGUUGUGUCAAAAGACACAGUUGCAUAUUUGGAAAUAAAAUCAUUUGAAAGUGCAGAUGUUGGAGAUUACCAGUGCAGCAUUUCCAAUGAUGUUGGUAAAAUUACUACAAAAGCAGUAGCUAAAUUGAAAGACCCACCAUCUUUUGUAAAGAAAAUUGAGAACACAACUGCAGUUUUAGGCAGUGCUGUAAAACUCCAGGGAUCUCUUAAGGGUUCUGCACCUAUUGCAGUUCAAUGGUUCAAGGACUCUGAGAUACUCAGAAAUGAUGAUCCCAAUACUACCACAUCUUUUGAAAACAACACUGUUAUUUUGGCAAUAGCAAAUGUUGCCAUAAAUCAUGGUGGAAAAUAUAUUUGUCAAGCUGAAAACGAGGCUGGAAAACAAAAAUGCGAGGCCAACAUAUCAGUUCAAGAGCCAGCUAGGUUUGUUGAGAAACCUCCAUCCAUCAGCGUGACAGCAGGGGACACUGCGACUCUGGAGUGCACAGUUGCAGGAAGUCCAGAUCUCAAAGUAAAAUGGUUUAAAGAUGGCAAAGAGGUUACAGGGAGCCGGAAAUACAAAAUCUCUUUUAAAGACAAUGUAGCAGUGCUCAAAGUCCUCUCGGCAGAGAGGGGAGAUAGCUGUGAAUACACCAUUGAAGUUUCAAAUCGGGUUGGAAAGGAGCGAUGCUCUUGCUCAAUCAAUGUUCUUGAUAAAAUCAUACCCCCAACUUUCACAAAAACUCUUAAAAAGGUAGAUGGUAAUGUUGGGGGAAGUAUUCAAAUGGAAUGCAAGGUUUCAGGAUCCCAAACCAUAACAAUGUCUUGGUUUAAAGAGGGCAAAGACAUUACAACUGGAGCAAAAUAUAAAAUCCAACAGCAGGAAAACACUGCUAUCUUGAAAAUAGCUGAUUUAGAAACAUCAGAUGCUGGGGUUUUCACUUGCCGUGCAACUAAUCCUGCAGGACACAGUGAAACAAGUGGAACAGUUUCUGUUAAAGAACCCCCAGUCUUCACCUUAAAACCUCAAUCCCAAGAUGUUGUACCAGGAUCUACGGUUGUCCUGAAAGCUGCUUUCACUGGGACAGCACCUUUUAUUAUUAAAUGGUUCAAAGAAGACAAAGAAAUGUUAACUGGAGGAACUUGUUUCAUCAAGAAAGAAACCAACUCAAAUUCACUGGAGCUACAUUCUGUGAAGCCAUCUCAUUCUGGAGAAUACACAUGCCAGGUGUCUAAUGAUGCUGGAAAGGUGUCAUGCACCGCUACCUUAUUUGUGAAAGAACCUCCAAAAUUUGUGAUGAAGCUUGACUUAACUAAACUAGUAUUAAGUGGGAGUCUUGCAACUUUAGAAUGUAAAGUCACUGGCAGCCCAGAGAUCAGUAUUAGAUGGUAUAAGAAUGAGACUGAACUCAUCUCAAAUGACAAAUACCAAAUGACCUUCAUCGACUCAGUUGCUACUCUAAAUAUUGAAAAUUGCUUUGUGGAAGACAGUGGAGAUUAUAUUUGCCAAGCGUCAAGUGAAGCUGGCAUUGAUAGAUGUAGUUGCCUGGUAACAGUCAAAGAACCUCCUGCAUUUGUGAAACCCUUUGAAUCCAAAGAAAUUGUUAAAGGCACAGAUGUUGUGCUGGAAGGAACUUUGUCAGGCUCAGCUCCCUUUGAUAUAUCCUGUUUCAAAGACUCAAUGCAGAUUCGAAAUGAUAGGAGGCACAUCAUAAGCCUGACAGAUGAUGUAGCAAAAGUUCAGAUUCUGAAAUUUGAACCUGGAGAUGCUGGCAAAUAUCAAUGCACUGUAGCCAAUGAAGUAGGGCAGACGUCAUGUGAUUUUCAGGUUGCGAUGAACGAGCCACCAUCAUUUGUGCAGAAGAUGGAUAAUACAAAUGUGCUUUUUGGCGGAGACGUUCCCUUGCAGUGUGUUCUGAAAGGGUCAUUGCCUAUGACCGUCUCUUGGAUGAAAGAUGACCACGAGAUCAAAGAAUCUGAGCAUGUUCAGAUAUCUUUUGAGAACCUCACCGCAGUGGUACACAUUUCUAGCGUACAGCUAAAACAUGGUGGAAAGUAUACUUGCUAUGCUCAGAAUGAAGCUGGUAGUCAGAAAUGUACAGCAGUACUGGGGGUAAAAGAGCCUGCAAACAUCACAGAGCAAGCGAAGUCUACCAGUGUCACAGUAGGUGAUCCUGCAACCCUAGAGUGCAGGUACUCUGGUUCCAAAGUUCUUAAAGCAAAAUGGCUAAAGGAUGGAAAGGAGUUGACAUCAGGCAAAAAAUACAAAGUACAGAGUACUCAUACAAGUUCUACAUUAAAAAUCCUGUCUUCAGAAAAGAAUGAUGCUGGAGAAUAUACAUUUGAGGUUUCAAAUGAUGCUGGAAGCAGCAUAUGUGAGGCUGUUGUGACUGUUUUAGAUCAAAUAAUCAAGCCUUCUUUCACAAGGAAAUUGAAGGCAGUAGAAAGUAUUAAAGGAUCAUUUACACAGCUGGAGUGUCUGGUCUCUGGAUCUCUUCCCAUAACUGUCACUUGGUUCAAGGAAAAUGAGAAGUUACAGACUGAUGAGAAACACAAAUGCAUUUAUUUUGAGAACGCAGCGUCUCUGGAAAUCAGUCGUCUUGAUAGCGCAGACAGUGGAAGUUAUACUUGCAUUGCUAAAAACCAAGCAGGCACUGCCCAAUGUUCAGGAACGCUGAAUGUUAAAGAACCUCCUUCAAUAAUUGAGAGGCCUGAAUCACAGGAUGUUAUACCCGGAUCUAAAGUGCAGUUUAAUGUGCUUAUGUCUGGAACGCCACCCCUGACCAUUAAGUGGUUCAAAAACAAGAAAGAAGUUUCAUCAGGGGUUGACUGUUCAGUUAUGAAAACAGACUCUUCCAGCUCGCUUGAGCUCUUCUUCGCUAAGCCCUCAGACUCUGGAGAAUAUGUCUGUGAAAUAAGUAAUGAUGUUGGAUCAGAUGUUUGCCAGGCAACGCUCUUUGUAAAAGAACCCCCCAAAUUUACCCGCAAACCUGAAAAAAUAUCAGUGGUCAAACCUGGUCAAUUAGUAGUUUUUGAAUGCCAGGUUACGGGUACUCCAGAAAUAGAUAUGUACUGGUUCAGAGAUGGAAAUGAAAUAAGUCAGAGUGACAAGCAUAAAAUUACUUUUAUUGAUUCUGUGGCACGACUUGAGAUGAGAAACAGCGAUAUCAAAGACAGUGGAGUGUACUAUUGUGAAGCCCGCAAUGAAGCAGGGAGUGAGAGCUGUAUUAUGGAGCUAAGAGUGAAAGAGCCACCAACGUUUGUGAAGUUGUUAAGUCCUCUUGAGGUUGUGAAUGGCUCCAAUGCAUAUUUUGAAUGUCAGGUGAAAGGCACAGCUCCUUUUGAGGUUACCUGGCAAAAGGAUUCAAAAGAAAUUAAAUCGAGCCUCAAGCAUGUCAUCAUGCAGAAGAAUGGCUCUAUAAAGACACUUGAUGUGCAUAAAUGUGACGCUUUAGAUGUUGGAGAAUAUCAGUGCAUUGUUGCAAAUGAAGUUGGGAGUUGUUCAAGUCAGACUACGCUCACCAUUAAAGAGCCCCCAUCAUUUUUUGAAAGAAUUGAGAACGUUGUCACAGUUCUCGGAAAAGUGGCCGAGUUUAAAUGUGUUGUGAGAGGUUCACUGCCUCUGUCCAUACAAUGGCAGAAAGAUGAAAACUGGAUCAUGGAGGAACCUAAAAUUGAGAGGACCUUUGAGAACAAUAUUGCCACCUUAAGAAUCCCUGUGUGCGAGUCCAGCCACAGUGGAAGAUACACCUGUCAGGCUGUGAAUGAGGCAGGGCAAGAGAAAUGUUUUGCCACCCUUCUAGUGCAAGAGCCUCCUCAGAUAAUUGAGAAGCCAGAGGUGAUUAAUGUCACUGUUGGAGAUCCGAUCACUUUUGAGUGCAAAGUCACCGGCUCUCCGGAGCUGAAAGUGAAAUGGAGUAAAGAUGGCAAAGAAGUGAUACCAUCUAGACAACACAGCCUCGGCUUUGUCAACAAUGUUAGCCAACUUAAAAUUCAGUCUGUCCAGUUGGAGGAUAAAGGAACAUAUGAGUUUGAGGUUUCCAACCACAUCAGUGCCUGCCAAUGCAAAGUUACCUUAAAUGUCCUAGAGCAAACAAUUCCUCCAUCCUUCAUCAAACCUCUGGUGGAGAUGGAGGAAAUUUUAGGCACAAAUGUUCAAAUUGGAUGUAAAAUAUCAGGCUCGCUUCCCAUAACUGUUGAGUGGGUAAAGGAUGGAACUAAACUGUCUGGAAGAACCAAGCAUAAACUGCUUCAAGAUGAAAACAGCGUGUCUUUGGAGAUUGAAUGUUUAGAGAAAGCUGACACUGGAACGUACACUUGCAAACUGACAAACAAAGCAGGCAGUUGUGAAUGCAGUGGUACACUGAGGGUGAAAGAGCCACCAAGCUUUGUGCUGGUUCCAGAACCACAGGCUGUCAUACCAAAUACCACUGUACGCUUUAAGAGUACUUUUAAGGGAACGCAUCCCUUCACUGUGAAAUGGUUCAAAGAUGACACUGAGCUGAUCUGUGGACCGUCCUGUUUUAUCGGUCUGGAAGGCCUGUCGUGCUUCCUAGAUCUCUUUGCCGUCGGAAUUUCGCACAGCGGAACUUACUCUUGCCAAAUCAGCAAUGAUGCUGGUACCUCUAAAUGCACCACAACCUUAUUAGUAAAAGAACCUCCAGAGUUUGUACAGAAACUGCCAGCUGCAAAAGUAAUAAAGAUGGGGGAGCCACUCCAGCUUGAAUGCAAAGUAACUGGCACAGCUCCUCUGAAAAUCAGCUGGUACAAAAAUGAUGCCGUGCUCAGCGAAGGUGCCAACUUAAGAAUGACCUUUGAUGGCUCUGUGGCGAUCCUUGACAUUUUCAAGUGCAGCUUUGAGGAUAAUGGGGUCUAUACCUGUGAAGCCCAGAAUGAUGCUGGAACAAAGAGUUGUAGUACCACAUUCACAGUUAAAGAACCACCAGUUUUCCACAAAAUGCCAACGCCAGUUGAAGGGCUGAAGGGCAAAGAUGCCAGUCUUACCUGUGAGCUGAAAGGCUCGGCGCCUUUUGAUAUAACUUGGUUUAAAGAUAAAAAGCAGCUUAAAGAAAGUAGGAAGUACAAGUUUGUCUCUGAGGGAGGUUCUUCAACUCUCCACAUUCUUGGACUAGAGGCAUCAGAUGCAGGGGAAUAUGAGUGCAAAGCAUCAAAUAACAUAGGAAGUGAUGUCUGCCAGGGCACAGUAAAGCUAAGAGAACCACCAGCCUUUGUGAAGAAAAUAUCAAAUACAACAGCCAUCUCUGGUGAGGAGGUGGUUUUGUUGGCUACAGUCAAAGGAUCUCAGCCUAUGUCAGUGUCUUGGGUUCAGGAUAAAGAUCACAUACUCCGAGAUGGUGACAACAGGAAAAUUACCUUUGAAAAUAAUCAGAUCACCCUGAGGAUUUUUAAGGCUGACGCUACCAUGGCUGGAAAAUAUACCUGCCAAAUUAAAAAUGAUGCUGGUGUGGCAGAAUGCACAGCCAACCUAACUGUCCUAGAACCUGCAGCAAUUGUGGAUAAAACUGAAUCAAUCAGUGUUACAGCGGGUGACUCUGCAACCUUUGAGUGCACUGUAUCUGGAACACCAGACCUUAAACCAAAGUGGUACAAGGAUGGUGUGGAGCUGUCUUCGGGCAGGAAAUAUAAAAUCACAUUCUCAAAAAUGAUCUCCAGUCUUAAGUUCUUGUCAACAGAUAGAAGUGAUACUGGGGAAUACACAUUUGAUAUUAAGAAUGAGGUUGGCAGUGAUAGCUGUAAAAUGCAACUAACUGUUUGGGACAAAAUUGUCCCUCCUUCCUUCUCACGAAAGCUGAAAGACACACAGAAUAUUGUUGGCAAAACUGUUGAAAUGGACUGUAAAGCCUCAGGUUCAGCGCCUCUCACCAUCUCCUGGUACCAUAAUGGAGAGGAGCUCAAAAGUGGGCCGAAUUAUGAGAUUACUAUUGCAGAGAACACCUGCACGUUGAAAGUGCCGACUUUGAAACUUUCAGACGCGGGCACGUACAAAUGUAAAUCUGUAAACAGUGCGGGGACUGCAGAAACAUCUGCUUCCUUAGUUGUUAAAGAACCUCCUUCUUUUGUGACCACACCUCAACUGAUAGAAGCACUGCCAGGUACAAAUGUGACCUUUACAGCAACCGUGGCAGGUAGUGCCCCAAUGAAACUUAAAUGGUUCAGAGGCAGUACAGAAAUAGUGCCCGGUAGAGGCUGUGAGAUUGCUCUGAGAGGAGAUACUGCAACCCUAGAGCUCUACAACAUUGACAAAUCUCACGCUGGCGAGUACACUUGCCAGAUCAUUAAUGAUGCAGGGAAGGAAAAUUGCCCCGUGAACCUGUUUGUUAAAGAGGCUGCGCACUUUGUCAAGAAGCUAAAGAACGUCUCUGUUGAAAUGGGCAAAUCGCUCAUACUUGAAUGCACGUAUGCGGGAAGCCCAAAGAUUCUUGUGAAAUGGCACAAAGACAGCCAGGAGAUUUACUCUUCUUACAAGUAUAACAUUACAACCACUGAGAGCUCCUGCAUCCUGGAGUGCCUAAACAGUGACAAAGAGGCUGCUGGGAAAUACACUUGUGAGGUUUCCAACGAUGCUGGACACGACACUUGCGAUGCUGCAGUGUCCAUUUUAGAACCACCUUUCUUUACUGAGCCCUUGGAGCCUAUGGAUGUUACUAUGGGCGAUGCAGUAUGUCUGAAAUGCCAGAUCGAUGGCACUCCUGAAAUUAAAGUGUCCUGGUUUAAGGCAGAUGGCAAAGUGCGAUCUUCUCCGACUUGCAAGAUGGAGUUUUCAAAAGGCACUGCUUGCUUAAAACUAGUUAAAGUUACAAAAGCUGAUGUUGGCGAAUACACUUGCAAGGCAGAAAACAGCAUAGGAUCUGCCUCUUCCAGCUGCCUCAUAGCUGUACAAGAUGUGAAAACGCCACCAUCUUUCCCUAAAAAAAUUACUAGCAUUACACAAACUGAAGGACAGCCUGUCCAGUUUGAAUGUCGCGUAGCAGGAUCCUCUCCUAUGGAAGUUUCUUGGCUCAAAGACGGUGAACCUCUUAGGAUUGAUUCCGAAUACACAAUGAUUUUUGACGAUAACUCUGCUGUCCUAAAGAUAGCCAAGGGUGAAAUGAGACAUUCCGGAGAAUACACUUGCGUUGCAACCAACAGUGUUGGAACUGCAUCUUGCAGAGCCAAGCUUACGCUUCAAGAGCCAAGAUAUCCGCCUGUAUUUGAUAGAAAGCUAAUGCCGGUGGAGGUCUCGGUGGGAGAUUCUGUAGAACUGGAGUGCCACAUGACAGGAUCAUUGCCAAUAAAAGUCACUUGGUCCAAGGAUCACAAAGACAUCCGCACGGGGGGAAAUUAUAAGAUAUUGUGUGUGGAAAAUACAGCUCAUUUGACAAUUUUGAAGGCUGAUAAGGCAGACUCAGGCCGUUACUCUUGCCACGCUAGUAAUGAUAUUGGGAAGGACUCUUGUUCAACAGAGGUUUCUGUGAAAGAGCGCACAGUUCCGCCCACUUUUAACAAAAAGCCUUCGGCUGUUGAGGACAUUGAGGGCAAAUUGGUGAAGCUGGAGGGUCGGAUAUCUGGAUCACAGCCGCUGACUGUGAACUGGUAUAAGGAUGGCACUGAAAUCUUCUCCUCAGACAGUUAUGAUAUUUCCUUCAAGACCAGUGUGGCAAUGUUGUGCAUCAAGAAAUCUCAACUGUCUGAUAGUGGCACAUAUACAUGCAAAGUGACCAAUGAAGCAGGAACAGCCUCUUGUGAAGUAUCUGUUCACAUUACAGCACAAAAGGUACCACCAAGCUUUGAUGUACCUCUAAAACCAGUCACUGUGACUGACGGUGAGCCGCUCACCCUCAGCUGCCAUGUACGUGGAUCACCUCCGUUUAAGAUUCAAUGGCUGAAAGACAGGCGAGAACUUUCUUCAUCUCCAAGCACUAAGAUCAUAUUUGUUGAUGGCACAGCCACAUUGGAGAUGGUCACUGUGUCUAAGAAAGAUGCAGGCGAUUAUCUCUGCAAGGCGACCAAUGAUCUUGGUAGUGAGUUCUGCAAGUGUAAAGUCACUAUCAAAGAGAAAACAGGAGCACCUCCACCAGCCCAGGCAGUGCCUUCACCACCACAAGCAGUUAAAAAGCUGGACAACUUGUUCUUCAUUGAAGAGCCUAAGAGCGUUCAUAUCGUUGAGAAGGGCACAGCUACCUUCAUUGCUAAAGUUGGUGGGGAUCCCAUUCCCAACGUGAAAUGGAUGAAGGGCAAAUGGAGGCAGAUGACUCACGGUGGUCGCAUCAACAUUGAACAAAAGGGCCAAGAGGCCAAGCUGCAAAUUAAAGAGGUGACCAAAUCUGACUCUGGUCAGUACAGAUGCGUUGCUUCAAACUCACAUGGAGAAAUUGAGUGCAACACCGAUCUGACGGUGGAAGGGAAGAAAGCUGCUGGACCAGAGGUGGUCAAACUGAAGAAGACUCCAUCAAAGCAGAAAAGUCCCAAAGAGGAGCAGGAAAUUGACAUUGUUGAGUUGCUUAGAAACGUUGAUCCCAAAGAGUAUGAGAAAUACGCUCGCAUGUAUGGAAUCACAGACUACAGAGGCAUCCUUCAAGCCAUUGAGAUACUGAAGAGGGAAAAAGAACAAGAAAGUGGAAGACCGGAAGUGGAACAUGCUGGAAGAGAGUCUGAGGAGGAUUUGGCCAAACUGGUUUCUGAUUUGCAAAAGAGAAUGGAACAAACUGAGCCUGUCACUCUGGUGCAUGAUAUCACAGACCAGACGACUACCGUUCAGAAGGAUGCUGUAUUUGAAUGUGAGAUCAAAAUUAACUAUCCUGAAAUCACACUGACCUGGUAUAAGGGAACCCAGAAACUUGACAGCAGCGACAAGUACGAAAUCAAAAUUGUGGGUGAUCGUCAUAUCCUAAAGAUCAAAGAUUGCCAGACCAGAGAUCAAGGCAAUUACCGAAUUGUGUGUGGCCCACAUAUCUCCAGUGCCAAACUGACAGUCCUGGAGGCUGAAGUUGAAGAGCAUUUGCAGGAUGUGGCUGGUAAGGAAGGCCAAACUAGUACACUGACAUGCCAAUUCUCUGUACCUAAUGUAAAAACCCAGUGGUUUAGAAAUGGGAAGCGUUUAGAGCCUCACGGCAGAUAUAAAUUUGCUGUGGCCGGUUAUACUCAGAAGCUCUCAAUCAAAGAUGUUAAACCGGAAGACCAAGGAGAAUAUACCUGCAAAUAUAACAAUCUUGAAACGACUGCAAAUCUUUGGGUUGAAGCUGAACAAAUACAUUUCACUAAGCGCAUCCAGAACAUUGUGGUGCGAGAACAUCAAUCCGCCACAUUUGAGUGUGAAGUGUCUUUUGACAAUGCUAUCGUAACAUGGUAUAAGGACAAGUGGGAACUUAAAGAGAGCCCCAAAUAUACCUUCCGAAAUGAAGGACGACGCCACUUCAUGAUCAUCUGCAACGUAACUUCCGAGGAUGAAGGCGUGUACUCGGUCAUUGUAAGAUUGGAGCCAAGGGGUGAAGCUAAAAGCACAGCUGAACUUUAUUUGUCAGGCAAAGAAAUUGAUAUAGAAAGGGUACCUUAUGAUAUCCCAGAUACAUCAAUACGAGUGCCUGAAGCACCAUCUACAUUAACCUUAGAAGCCGAAUCUUCAAUGGAAUAUUAUCAUUAUCAAGAAAAAAUGGAAAUGCAAGAAUAUGUGAGCUGGACAGAGGAGAGAGUUGUAGAGGGAAAAUCUGUCACAGAUCCAAGGAUCCCAAUUGAAGAGGCUGUUGAUAGAAAAACACUAGCAAUGAGAGAAGGCGCUCCAACUAAAGAUUUCGAAGAGCCUGAACCGAAACCUUCUCCAGCUGUGAAGCAAAAACCUUUGGAAGCCAAAGUGCCUGUGGAAGAAAUUGUGACCGCGGUUACAGUGCCAGAGCCAAAGAAACCUACACCUAAAGAAGUGCCUCGGGCACCUGCUCCUGUGGCUCCUGAAGUUAAACCUCAAGUACCUACACCUAAAAUGGAACCAGUACCUGAGCCUAAGCCUGAGCUUAAGCCCGAGCCUAAACCUACACCCGCGAAGAAAGCAGAGUCACCUCCAGCCAAAGUUCUUGUGGAGGAAAAGAAACCAAAACCAACAAAACAAGAACCAUCUAAGACAGUACCGGCUAAACCUGAUCAAAUAAUUGAGGCUCCAAAGGAAGAAGUCCAAAAGAAAGUACAAGAACCUUCUAAGAAACCAGAGGCCCCCUCAAUACCGGCUGCACAGAGAAGAUUUGUGAUUGAAGAAACAAUUCAUAAGAAACCAUCUGCUGCUGUUAGCACAUUCGAAGAGGUCAAAGUACAUGAAAAAAGAGAGACUGUAGUUAUUCUUGAAAAAGAAGAAAUUGCAGAUGCACUGCCAAAAGAAGAUAUAGUGCAUGUGUCUAAAAAGCAGGUAAUUGUACCUCAAAUGGAGGAAAGUAUAGCUCAAAAGAAAAAAAUGGUUCCUUCACCGACCCCAGAAGAAAUAGUUUCACUUAAACGAAAGCAGACUGUCAGUACUUCUAAAAUGGAAGAAACUGUGCUUCAGAAGAAAGAAAUAACUCUCACACACACUUUAGAGGGCAAUGAAGAAAGUAUACUUAAAAGAUUGGAAGUUAUUUCUGUUCCUGAUACGGAAGAAAUCGCACAAAUACAGAAGAAAAUAUCCCAAACAGUCAGACUAGAAGGGAAAGAAGAUAUUUUGUCUAAAAUGGAUUCCAUUACAAUUCUUAAAACAGAAGAACAUGUGUCUGAGAAGAAAAUGGUAAUUUCUGAGCCUAAACCAGAGAAAAAAGAAGACAUUCAGCUAAAAAAGAAGGAAGUGAUAGUGGUUGCUAAAAAAGAAGAGGUUCUAAAGAAAGAGGUGGUUGUUCCUUCUAAAAAGGAUGAAGAAAUUGUGACUCUGAAGAAAGAGGUUCCUUAUCCUCCUAAAAAGGAGGAGGAAAUUGUGCCUCAGAAGAAAGAGGUUCCUUAUCCUCCUAAAAAGGAGGAGGAAAUUAUACCUCAAAAGAAGGAGGUUCCUCAUCCUCCUAAAAAGGAGGAAGAAAUUGUGCCUCAGAAGAAAGAGGUUCCUCGACCUCCUAAAAUGGAGGAAGACAUUUUGCCUCAGAAGAAAGAGGUUCCUCGACCUCCUAAAAAGGAGGAGGAUGUUAUGCCUCAGAAGAAAGAGGUUCCUCGACCUCCUAAAAAGGAAGAAGACAUUGUGCCCCAAAAGAGAGAGGUUUCUCUUCCUCCUAAAAAAGAUGAAGAAAUUGUGCCUCAAAAGAAAGAGGUGGCCCCUGCUACAGUGGCAGAACCAGAGAAGAAACCUUUGCCAGAGAAGACACCUGUAUCUGUGAAAGAAGUAGCUCACCCAGAAGUUGAAAAGAAACCAUCUGUAGAGCCUUCAGUGGUGCCAAAGGAAAAGACAGUUUUCCCAUUAGAAGUUAAAGAGCGUGAUAAAAAAGCUGAGGAUAAAGACAUUCCUAAGCCCAAGGAAGAGAAGAGAAUUCCAACAAAAGUUCCUUCCCCCAAAGAGGCUGAGAAACCACGUCCUGCUCCAAAAGAAGAGCCAGUACCACUUGUCCAACCAGUGGAAGCUGCUGAAAAGGAACCAGUUUCUGCACCCGGACAAGUGAAGAAAGGCAAAGUUCUUAGAGUGAAGAAAGAAGAGGAAAAGAUUGAAAUGCCAGCCUUGAAGAAAGUCUCAAGGGUAUCCAAAGAUAAGGAGGAAGACAAAGAAAUGAUAAAACUGAAGAAAGUGCUCAAAACACAAGUAGAGGAGCUUGAAGAAAGCCAGAAAGUGUAUGCUGAGGCUAAAACUCAGGUCAUAAUUACUGAAAGUUAUGAGGCUGAAAUGCAUCUUGAGAGUUAUGAAACUAUCAAGCGUGUUGAAAAAAUGCCACCUGAGGUUGGCAAAAAGAAGCCCAUUGAACCUGCUCAAGAACCACAGCAGGUAAAACCAGAAAGUGAAGCAGAUGAAAAACCAAAGAAGAAGAUUGCAGCAAAGGUUCCUAAAGAAGAUAUUCCUGAGGAGCCUAGCCUAGCAUUGAAAAAGGUUAAGAAGUUACCAUUGGACACUAAAGACGAAGAAAGUGUCAAAUUAAAACCAUUUGAGAAACCUGUGAAACCACCACCUGAGGCAGAGAAGGCCCCUCCAAAAGAUGAAAAAGAAAGAAAAUCUAUAUCUUUUGAAAAACGUAAGGAACCAAGUACAUCCAAGGACAGUGAGCGGCCUGAGAAGGUUGAUAAGCCAAAAGGACCAGUUGUCCUCACAAAAAAAGAAGAGCCGCCCAUUUCUGACAAAAAGGAACCAGAUGAAGUUAUAGUAAAGCCUGUUACCAGACCUCCAAAAGAUGAAGUAGACACCGAUACUAAACAAAAGUUAUUUAAAGGAAAGAAAAUUCCACCUCAAUCUGAGGAGCCUGAAAAGGUUCAGCUGAAGCCAUUUGCGAAAAAGCCUUCAGCUGAGUCACCACCAGAAAAGGUUGAAGAACCAAAAGAACAAAAACCAAUAGAGUUGUCUCCACUUAGUAAAAUACCAAAAGCUAAAAUUGAAAGAGAACCAAGUACUCCACAGAAAAAGGUUGACACUCAGGAAACUCCAGACAAAGUUAAGGAGGGUGAGAAGAUGCCAACCAUAAAGCCUACAGAUGACAAAAAGGCGCUCCCCAAGAAGGUUACACCUGUAAAGAAGGAAGUUACGCCAAAGGAGGAUGAGAAGAAGCCUAUAGUCCCCCAAAAAGGUAUUAUACCUAAAGAGACUGAGGAGAAAGAAGAAAUAACUCUAAAACCAUUCAAGAAAGAUGAGAAAAAGCCUGUAGUCACCAAAAAGGGCAUUUCACCCAAAGAGCCUGAGGAGAAACAAGAAAUAACUCUAAAACCAGUUGAACUUGCAAAGAAAGAUUUGGAGCCCAAAAAGAUUCCUUCACCUAAAGUUGAGAAAACAGAACCAAUUGAGCCAGUUUCUGUGGAGAAAAAGCCUAGCAAGGAUCUGGCAAAGAAGCCAAAAACGGUUUCACCCAAAGAGUCACUUGAAGCUGUUACCUUGAAAAAAGUGCCUAAGAAGGUUUCACCCAAGGAGGACAAACCUAAAGAAACGGCAAUGAUUUCUGAAGCUGAGAAAGUUCCAGUCAUGAAGGAGCUGACUCCUGGAGCCGUAGAGCUUACAAAAGUGCCAACUCAACUUGAGGAGGAAGUAUUUGAAGAAGAAGCUGAGGCUGAAUUUGAACCUCAAGAUGAGGAUGAAGCUUGGGGAUGGGAGGUUGCUUCUCAAGACAGUUAUGGCUCGGAAGGCUCUGAAUAUUUGGAGGAAGGGGCACUUGAAACUCCUGGGAUGCCAGGAGGUAGACGAGAGGGAAAACCUAAAGAAGAAGUUGGAAAAGGCAGAGGCUUGAGACCAAGACAAACUCCUUCUCCUGGGGAUGGCGGAAGGGGUAGAGGACUCAAACCUGGAGCUGGAGGUGACAAACCUCCAGGAGAUGCUCAAAUUGGGUUCCAACUCAAACCAGUCCCAUUGAAGUUUGUGAAGGAGCUCAAAGAUAUCGUGCUGCAGGAAGCUGAGUCCGUCGGUUCCUCUGUUGUAUUUGAGUGCCAGAUCUCUCCAUCUACUGCUAUCACCACCUGGAUGAAAGAUGGAAGCAAUCUAAGGGAGAGUCCAAAACACAAAUUUACCUCUGAUGGCAAAGACCGCAAACUGGCUAUCAUUGAUGUACAGCUUUCUGACUCUGGAGAGUACACAUGUGUCGGGAAACUUGGCAACAAGGAGAAGACCUCAACAGCUAAACUUGUUGUUGAAGAGUUACCUGUAAAAUUCACAAAGAAUCUGGAAGAGGAAAUGUCUGUGAUCAAGGGCCAGCCAAUGUACCUGACCUGUGAGUUGAGCAAGGACAGGGAUGUGGUCUGGAAGAAGGAUGGCAAAGAGCUCAAACCAGUUGCUGGCAAGUUUGCCAUCAACGUUAUCGGGCUGCAGCGUACCGUUACAAUCCACGACUCAAAUGAUGACGAUGCCGGUGUUUACACUUGCGAGUGCGAGAACCUCAAGACACAAGUCAAUGUCAAGAUCAUUGAAAUCAUCAGAGAUUGGUUGACGAAACCUUUGAGAGAUCAGCAUGUGAAACCCAAGGCCACAGCUACUUUUAAGGGUGAAUUGUUCAAGGACACUCCCAAUUGGAAGUGGUUCAAGGGUAACGAUGAAAUCCCAAUGGAGCCUUCAGAUAAAUUUGAGGUGAAGAAGGAUGGAAAAGAAGUCACUCUUACAAUCAAGAAUGCUCAACCUGAUGAUGUCGGAGAGUACGGCAUUGAAAUUGAGGGUCGCAGAUAUGCAGCAAAACUCACUCUUGGAGAGCGUGAAGCUGAAAUCUUGAAGCCGCUUGCUAGUAUUGAGGUGGUUGAGAAAGAGGAGGCCAGUUUUGAAACUGAAAUUUCUGAAGAAGAUGUGGUUGGAGAAUGGAAACUUAGAGGACAGGUUCUGACAAGGUCCCCGACAUGUGAUAUCAGAAUGGAGGGAAAGAAAAGAUUCCUUACGUUGAAAAAUGUUCAACUUGACCAAGCUGGUGAAGUCUCUUACCAAGCUUUGAACGGCAUCACAAGUGCAAUGCUAACAGUCAAAGAAAUUGAAAUGGACUUCACAGUCCCUUUGAAGGAUGUUACUGUGCAUGAAAAGAAACAGGCGAAAUUUGAGUGCACUAUCACGAAAGAUGUGCCCAAAGUCAUGUGGUUGAGAGGAUAUGAUAUUAUAACAUCAGACCAAAAAUAUGAUAUCAUUGAUGAUGGAAAGAAACAUAUAUUGGUCAUAAACCAUUGUGAGUUUGAUGAUGAGGGAGAAUACACUAUUGAGGUGUUGGGUAAAACAUCAACAGCCAAACUGACAGUUGAGGGUAUGCGGCUGAAAGUCAUCUCACCGAUAUCGGAUCAAACGGUUAAGGAAGGUAAAAUGGCUCGGUUUGAGCUUGAGCUCUCUCACGAGAAUGUACCAGUGACGUGGUACAAAAAUGAAACCAAACUGCAUCCGAGCAGAACUUUACUUACUCAUGUUGAUGGAAAGAAACAUAUAUUAGAAAUCAAGGAUGUCACUCUAGAUGACACUUGCCUAAUAAAAGCAGAGGCUAAAGGAAUAUCCACAACAGCAAACCUGACGGUUCUAGAGGGAGAUGCAUACUUCACAGUCAAACUGCAAGAUUAUACUGCAGUUGAAAAAGACGAGGUCACGCUCGACUGCGAGCUGAGCAAAGACGUUCCUGUGAAGUGGUUUCACAAUGAAACUGAAAUUAAAGCCUCCAAGUUGGUUUCUAUGAAAGUUGACGGCAAACGACGAAUGCUUUGCAUUAAGAAAGUUGAAGACAAAGACAAAGGCCAGUAUGCUUGCGAUUGUGGGACAGACAAAACAGUGGCCACCGUUACCAUUGAAGCUCGUGACAUCAAAGUUGUGCGUCCCAUGUACGGCGUUGAGCUCUUUGAUGGUGAGACUGCUCGUUUUGAGGUGGAAAUCUCAGAGGAUGAUGUCCAUGGCCAGUGGAAGCUGAAUGGAGAAGUCCUCUCCCCAUCACCUGAUGUUGAAAUCAUUGAGGAUGGCGCUAAGCACAUCUUAACUUUGUACAACUGCAAAGUACCCCAAACCGGAGAGGUUUCAUUCCAGGGUGCUAAUGCAAAAUGUUCAGCAAAUCUAAAAGUGAAAGAGCUUCCAAUUACCUUCGUGACACCUCUGACUGAUGUGCAUGUGUAUGAGAAGGAUGAGGCGAGAUUCGAGUGUGAGGUCUCAAGACAGCCAAAGACUCUUCGUUGGUUGAAAGGAUCUCAGGAGAUUACGACUGAUGAUAAAUUUGAAGUACUCCAAGAGGGCAAGAGGCACACUCUGGUGGUCAAAUCCGCAGCCUAUGAAGAUGAGGCUAAGUAUAUGUUUGAGGCUGAAGACAAGAAGACAUCUGCCAAACUUGUUAUCCAGGGCAUCCGUCUUGAGUUUGUAAGACCUAUCAAAGACGUCACCGUUAAAGAGCGCGAGACAGCCGAGUUUAGAAUUGAACUCUCUCAUGAGAAGGUUCAGGUCACCUGGUACAAGAAUGAUGUGCGUCUGCAUCCAAGCAAAGUCGUGCACCUGUCCGAGGAUGGCAAGAUCCACACACUUUCCUUCAAAGAGGUCUCCAUUGAUGACACUUCUCUCAUCAAAGUCGAAGCUCUUGGAAAAACGUGUGAGGCCAUGCUCACUGUACUUGAGGGAGAGCCUUACUUCACCACCAAGUUGCAGGACUACACUGCUGUUGAAAAGGAUGAGGUGGUACUGAUGUGUGAAGUGAGCAAAUCUGCUGCCGAGGUGAAAUGGUUCAAAGAUGGGAAGGAGAUCAUUCCCUCUAAGAACAUCCUUAUCAAAGCUGAAGGAAAGAAACGCAUCCUGACUGUGAGGAAGGCAGAGAAGGCCAACAUUGGGGAAUAUGUGUGCGACUGCGGCUCUGACAAAACAGCAGCCAAACUUAACAUUGAAGAACGUGACAUCAAAGUUGUCCGUCCACUGUACAGUGUGGAAGUCAUAGAGACUGAGACCGCUCGCUUUGAGACAGAAAUCUCUGAGGAGGAUGUCCAUGGAAACUGGAAACUCAAAGAAGAGGCUCUGCACCAGUCAUCGGACUGUGAAAUUAAAGAGGAAGGCACCAAGCACAUGCUUAUUCUCUACAAUGUGCGCAUGGACAUGGCUGGCAGCGUGGACUUCAGUGCUGCUAAUGCUAAAUCCAGGGCUCAGCUUAGAGUUAAAGCACGAGUGAUAGGCCUCUUGAGGCCUCUCAAGGAUGUAACAGUCACAGCGGGAGAAACUGCAACCUUUGACUGCGAACUGUCUUAUGAGGGCAUACCUGUGGAAUGGUUCCUAGGGGGUACAAAGCUAGAACCAAGCGACAGAGUGGUGACCCGAGCAGAAGGCAGAACACACACACUGACCCUCAGAGAUGUAAACAUGACAGAGGCCGGUGAAGUAAAGCUCACGGCAAAGGACUUCCUGACACAGUCGCAGCUCAUUGUAAACGAGCCUCCAGUCGAAUUCACCAAACCCCUGGAGGACCAGACCGUAGAAGAAGAAGCCACUGCUGAGCUUGAGUGUGAAGUCUCCAGAGAGAACGCAGAGGUCAAGUGGUUCAGAGAUGGACAGGAAAUACGCAAAACCAAGAAGUUUGACAUGGUUGUCGACGGCCGUAAGAGAAAACUUAUCAUCCAUGACUGCACACUUGAUGACUCAAAGACAUAUACCUGUGACGCUCAGCAGUUCAAGACUUCAGCUUUCCUGAAUGUUGAACCUCCACAUGUUGAGCUCACUAAGCCGCUCCAUGAUGUUGAGGUCAGAGAGAAGGAAUCUGCGAGAUUUGAAUGCGAAGUGUCACGUGAAAAUGCAAAGGUUCGGUGGUUCAAAGAUGGAAGUGAAAUCAGAAAAGGCAAGAAAUAUGAGAUCAUUUCUGAAGGAGUAAAACGUAUUCUCAUCAUAAGCAAGUCUGUCUUUGAUGAUGAGGCAGAAUAUGAAUGCGACGCCAGGACCUCCAAGACCUCUGGCAUGCUCACUGUCAUUGAGGAGGAGGCUCGAUUCACAAAGAACCUGGCUAAUGUUGAGGGCACUGAAACAGACAGCGUCAAACUGAUUUGUGAAGUCUCCAAGCCAGAUGCAGAGGUUACAUGGUACAAGGGUGACCAAGAGUUGCCUGAAGUUGGCAGAUAUGAACACAUUGCUGAUGGCAAAAAGAGAAUUCUCAUCAUUAAGGAUCUUCGAAUGGAAGACGCAGGAGAAUACCACUGUAAACUGUCCAGCUCACAAACCACAGGGAACCUAAGGAUUAAUGAGCUUGCCGCUGAGUUUAUCUCCAGGCCUCAAAACCAGGAGGUGGUUGAGGGUGAAAAGGCAGAAUUUGUGUGCUCGGUCUCUAAGGACACAUAUGAAGUGAAAUGGCUAAAGGGUGACAAGCAGCUUCAGUCAGAUGACAAAUUUGACAUCAUUUCUGAUGGCAAGAAGCGGGUUCUUGUCAUCAAGAGCUGUGAGCUUAAGGAUGAGGGAGGCUUCAUAGCUGUUAUUGGAACAACAAGAGCCUCGGCCGACUUGACUGUAAUCGAAAAGCUUAGGAUUAUUACCCCGCUCAAGGACUUGAUAGCAAAUGAAGGACAGGAGACAGUCCUCAAUUGUGAAGUUAACACUGAGGGCGCCAAAGCCAAAUGGCUGAAGAAUGAUGAGACGUUAUUUGAAAGUAGCAAGUUUAUCAUGGUCCAGAAAGACAAUGUUUUCUCUCUGAGGAUCAAAGACACACAAAAACCAGAUGAGGGCAACUAUACCAUUAUGCUGACCAACCAGCGUGGUGAACAAGCAAAGAGCGCUGCCAGCAUUAUUGUGCAAGAGGAAGAUCUUAGGAUCAUUGUUCCCCCUGAGGAUGUUGACACGCAGGAGAAACGAAGCAUCAGCUUUUCAUGCAAGGUGAACAGACUGAAUGUGACAGUCCAGUGGAUGAAGGCCGGUCAGGAGAUCACUUUCAGCAAACGUAUUGUGUAUCGCGUGGACAAAGACAAACACACUCUGACCAUUAAAGACUGCACCCUUGCAGACGAGGGUGAAUACACUGUAGUCGGCGGAGCUGAUAAAGCUUCUGCAGAGCUGAUCAUCAGCGAGGCACCCACUGACUUCACCGCUCAGCUCCAAGAUCAAACCAUCACUGAGUUUGAGGAUGCCGAGUUCACUUGUGAACUUUCCAAAGAGAAGGCUGAAAUCAAAUGGUACAGAGACGGCAGGGAGAUCAGAGAAGGACCCAGAUAUCAGUUUGAGAGAGAUGGUAAGACAUGCAGACUGCACAUCAAGGAGUGCAGACCCGAUGAUGAGUGUGAAUAUGCCUGUGGAGUAGACGACAAAAAAACAAGAGCCCGUCUGUUUGUUGAGGAGACCCCAGUGGAGAUCAUCAGACCACCCACAGAUGUGUUUGAGCCCCCAGGCUCUGAUGUUGUGUAUGAAGUGGAGCUGAACAAAGACAGAGUUGAGGUCAAAUGGCUAAGGAACAACAUGACCGUUGUUCAAGGUGAUAAGUACCAGAUGAUGAGCGACGGUAAAAUUCACAGGCUUCAGGUCUGUGAGAUUAGGCCACGUGAUCAAGGCGAGUACAGAGUCAUUGCCAAGGACAAAGAUGCCAGAGCCAAGCUUGAGCUUGCUGCUGUACCAACAAUUAAAACCUUGGAUCAAGACUUGGUGACAGAUGCUGGAAAGCCAUUCGUUAUGACUGUUCCUUACAAUGCAUACCCACAUGCUGAGGCCGAAUGGUUGUUCGACAACAUCAGUUUGCCAAAGGACAAUAUUCACACUUCAACUGACACGACAGAGUACAGACUCAAGGACCCUAAGAAGUCAGAAGAAGGCCGUUAUAAAAUUAUCAUCCAGAACAAACAUGGAAAAGGAGAGGCUUUCAUCAAUCUAAAAGUUGUCGAUGUUCCUGGGCCUGUGAAGAACCUGCAGGUUGUUGACACCGCUGAUGGUGAGGUCAGCAUUGCCUGGGAAGAGCCAGAUAGUGAUGGUGGCAGCAAGAUAUUGGCAUAUGUGGUUGAGAGACGCAAUAUCAAACGCAAGACUUGGACUCUGGCCACUGACAGUGCCGACAGCACAGAGUAUUGUGUAACUGGCCUGCAGAAAGACUCAAAGUACCUCUUCCGUGUCUGUGCACGCAACAGAGUCGGAAGUGGACCCAGCGUUGAGACUGAUAAAGCAGUUCAAGCUAAGAAUAAGUUUGAUGUUCCUGACCCACCACAGAAUGUCAUUGUUGGAAAUGUCAAUAAGUUUGGAGCCACAGUGUCCUGGGAACCUCCCCUGUCCGAUGGUGGAUCUGAGAUCACGUCAUACAUUAUUGAGCUCCGUGACAGGACGUCUGUGAAUUGGGCUCCUGUCAUGGUGACCAAACCACAUGAACGCACAGCUAUCAUUAAUGAUGUCAUUGAAAAUAAAGAAUACAUAUUCCGCGUCAAGGCUGAGAAUAGAGCUGGAAUUGGCAAGCCAAGUGCUGCAACUAACCCAGUGAAGAUCAUGGACCCCAUUGAGAGGCCAAGCCCUCCACUGAAUUUGACACACUCUGAGCAAACAAAGGACUCCUGUCUGUUGACAUGGGAGACUCCUUUAAAGAAUGGAGGCACUCCAAUCGCCGGCUACAUCAUUGAGAGGUGUGAGGAAGGUUUAGAAAAGUGGCUCAGAUGUAAUGCCAGGCUUUGCCAAGACCUGGUGUACAGGAUGUCUGGCCUUAAGUUUGGAACAAAGUACAGCUAUAGAGUCAUUGCUGAAAAUGCAGCUGGCCAGUCUGACUCUUCCAACAUUGUUGGACCUGUGUUGGUAGAUGACCCACACUUUGCACCAACUUUGGACCUGAGUGCAUUUAAGGAUGGUCUUGAGGUUAUUGUCCCCCAUCCUCUUGCAAUCCGAGUGCCCAUCACUGGCUACCCAGUGCCCACAGCAAAGUGGACGUUUGGUGAAACUGAACUUGCGGCUGGUGACCGUGUGUCCAUGGUUACAAAGGCUACCUUCACAGAGCUUGUUAUCACCCCAAGUGUGCGCCCAGACAGAGGGACAUACUCUCUGACACUAGAAAAUGAUGUGACCAGUGUUUCAGGAGAGAUUGAUGUCAAUGUCAUUGCAUCUCCAAGCGCACCCAAAGACAUAAAGGUUGCAGAGGUGACCAGAAGGCAUGUUCACCUGAUGUGGGAGGCACCUGACCAUGAUGGAGGCAGUCCAAUCACUGGCUACCAGGUUGAGAAACGUGAAGUUUCUAGAAAGACCUGGGUGAAGGUGAUGGCAGGUUUGCAAGACCAGGAGUACACAAUCACAGAUGUCGUUGAAGGAAAGGAGUACUUGUUCAGAGUUAUUGCUUGCAACAAAUGCGGCCCUGGAGAACCCGCUUACAUUGAUGAACCUGUGAAUGUGUCAUCACCUGCUACUGUGCCAGACCCACCAGAAAACCUUAAAUGGAGAGACAAGUCUGCUAGCAAGAUCUUCUUGUCAUGGGAGCCUCCUAAAUGGGACGGUGGUACUGGAAUCAAAGGUUAUAUUGUUGACAGAUGUCAACGUGGAACUGACAAGUGGGAACCUUGUGGAGACCCAGUACCUGAGCUUAAGUUUGAAGUGACAGGUCUUAUUGAAGGACAGUGGUAUGCUUAUCGCGUGAGGGCUUUGAAUAGACUGGGUGCCAGCCGACCUUGCAAGGCAACAGAUGAGAUCCUGGCUGUUGAUCCUAAAGAACCUCCUGAGAUUCAGCUUGACGCAAAACUGCUGGCUGGCCUGACCGCCAAAGCAGGUACAAAGAUUGAACUUCCGGCUGAUAUCACAGGCAAACCAGAGCCUAAAGUCAAAUGGACCAAGGCCGACCUAGUCCUGAAGCCAGAUGACAGAAUAACAAUCGAUACCAAGCCAGGACACUCCACCGUGUCCAUUGCUAAGACCAAGAGAGAUGACACUGCAACAUACAUCAUUGAAGCAGUGAACAGCAGUGGGCGUGCAACUGCAACUGUUGAUGUCAACAUUCUAGAUAAGCCUGGUCCCCCAGCUGCCUUUGAUAUCUCUGAAAUCACCAGUGAGUCCUGUUUGUUGUCCUGGAAUCCACCUAGAGAUGAUGGUGGUUCAAAGGUUACAAACUAUAUUGUUGAGCGGAGGGCUGUGGACAGUGAGAUCUGGUACAAGUUGUCUUCCACCGUCAAGCAGACCACCUACAAGGCAACUAAACUUGUGGCAUUCAAGGAGUAUGUGUUCAGGGUAUACGCUGAAAAUCAAUUUGGCGUUGGUGCCCCAGCAGAACACGCCCCCAUUAUUGCCAGAUACCCCUUUGAUUCCCCUGGACCACCAUACAAACUCGAGGCAUCUGAUAUUGCCAAGGAUUCAGUAACUCUGACCUGGUAUGAGCCUGAUGAUGAUGGUGGAAGUCCCAUUACUGGCUACUGGGUAGAAAGAUAUGAGCCAGACCAUGACAAAUGGAUCAGAUGCAAUAAGCUGCCUAUCAGGGACACAAACUUCCGGGUAAAAGGACUGCCCACAAGAAAGAAGUAUAAGUUCCGUGUUUUGGCAGAGAAUCUUGCAGGACCUGGCAAACCAAGCAAAGAGACGGACCAGAUUUUGAUCAAAGAUCCAAUUGAUCCUCCAUGGGCUCCUGGUAAGCCCACUGUCAAGGAUGUAGCCAAGACAUCUGCCUUCCUCCAAUGGACAAAACCUGAGCAUGAUGGUGGUGCCAAGAUCGAGUCCUACAUCGUUGAGCUCCUGAAAAGCGGAACUGAUGAGUGGGUUCGCGUAGCUGACGGUAUUCCCACUCUUGAGCAUUUCCUGAGAGGACUGAUGGAAAAACAAGAGUACUCAUUCCGUGUCAGAGCCAUCAAUGCGGCGGGCGAGAGUGAACCUAGUGAGCCGAGUGAUCCGGUUCUCUGCAAGGAGAGACUUAAUCCUCCAUCUCCACCAAGAUGGCUUGGAGUUGUUACCAGCACCAGGAACAGCGCUGAAUUGAAAUGGACAGCACCUGAGAGAGACGGUGGCUCUCCUAUCACAAACUACAUCAUUGAGAAGAGAGAUGUCAAACGCAAAGGCUGGCAGGUCGUGGACACCACUGUGAAGGAGCUCAAGUACACCGCCACCCCACUAAAUGAGGGGUCUCUCUAUGUGUUCCGUGUAGCUGCAGAGAACGCUGUUGGACCCAGUGAAUACUGCGAACUUGCAGACUCUGUUCUCGCCAAGGAUACUUUCGGUACUCCCGGGCCUCCAUAUAAUCUGACCAUUACUGAGGUGUCCAAGAGUCAUGUUGACCUGAAAUGGGAUGCUCCUCAGAAUGAUGGUGGCAGACCAGUCUUGAGAUAUGUUGUUGAGAAAAAGGAGAAACUUGGAACCCGUUGGGUGAAAUCUGGAAAGACUUCAGGUCCUGACUGCCAUUACAGAGUGACUGAUGUAAUAGAGGGCACUGAAGUGCAGUUCCAGGUCUCUGCUGAAAACGAGGCUGGAAUCGGACACCCAAGUGAACCCACUGAUAUUGUUGUCAUUGAGGACCCGACAGGUCCACCAUCACCUCCUCAGGACUUGCACAUCACUGAAGCCGCCAGAGACCAUAUUUCUAUUUCCUGGAAGGCCCCAGAGAAAAAUGGAGGAAGUCCAGUUAUUGGAUACCAUAUUGAGCUCUGCGAGGCUGGUACAGAGAAGUGGAUGCGGGUGAACUCUCGUCCGGUCAAAGAGCUGAAAUACAGAGCAGGCGAGGAGGAGGGCAUCGUGCCUGAGAAGCAGUAUACCUUCAGAGUCCGUGCUGUCAAUUCUGUGGGCGCCAGUGAACCCUCUGACAUUUCUGAGAGUGUAUAUGCCAAAGAUUCAGACUGCAACCCGACCCUCGAUUUCCAGACCAAGGACCUUGUUGUUGUGGAGGGUGAAAAGAUGCACCUCCCUAUUCCAUUUAGGGCUGUUCCAGCACCCAAGAUCACAUGGCACAAAGACGGAAGUGAACUGAAUGCUGAUGACAGAAUUUUCUUCAGAACAGAGUACACAUCCUGCCAUCUGGAAAUCCCAAGCUGCUUGCAUGCCGAUGGUGGCCAGUACAAAGUUACCCUGGAGAACGGCCUUGGUGCAGCUAGUGGAACAAUCAAUGUCAAAGUUAUUGGUCUUCCUGGACCAUGUAAGGAAAUUGUUGAUAGUGAGAUUACGAAGAACUCCUGUAAGGUGUCUUGGGAUCCUCCAGACUAUGAUGGUGGUAGCCCUGUUCUCCACUAUGUCCUGCAACGUAGAGAGGCAGGCAGGAGAACCUACGUCAAUGUUAUGUCUGGGGAAAACAAACUGGUCUGGCAGGUUAAAGAUCUCAUUCAAAACGGAGAGUAUUAUUUCCGUGUCAGAGCCGUGAACAAGAUUGGCGGCGGUGAAUUCAUUGAGCUUCGCAAUCCUGUAAUUGCUGAAGAUCAGAAGCAACGUCCCGAUCCACCAAUUGAUGUGGAAACACACAACCCUACUUCUGAGUCUGUGACCCUGACAUGGAAGCCACCCAUGUAUGAUGGUGGAAGCAAAAUUAUGGGUUACAUUCUGGAGAAAAUGAUGAAAGGGGAAGAGAAUUUCGUGAGAUGCAAUGACUUCCUCGUACCAGUGUUGUCUUACACUGUUAAGGGCUUGAAGGAAGGGAAUCAGUAUCAGUUCCGCAUACACGCAGAAAAUGCAGCUGGUGUUAGUGAUCCUUCACGCAGCACACCUUUGAUCAAAGCCAUGGAUGCCGUUGAUCGUCCAAAGGUAUUCCUUAGUGGCAGUCUCCAAUCAGGUCUGAUGGUGAAACGAGGUGAGGAGAUCCGAUUGGAUGCCUACAUCUCUGGAUUCCCUUACCCUCAAAUCACAUGGACGAGGAACAAUUCAAGAAUUUGGCCAGAGGCACUAAAGAAGAGGCCAGAGAAACCUAUUAGGAAGAAGAAGGAGGAGAAGAAGGAGGAAAAGAAGGAGGAGGACAAAGAGCCAAAGAAGGAGGAAGACAAGAAGGAGGAGGACAAGGAAAAGAAGGAGGAAGAUAAGGAUAAGAAGGAGGAAGUCAAGGAGAAGAAAGAGGAGGAGAAAGAAAAGGAGGUGGAGGAACCUGAAGAACCCGAAGAGGCAUACCACCCAAGCUUAAAUGAGCGGCUUGCAAUUGACACCAAGAGGAAGGGUGAAUCCUUCAUCAUUGUGAAAGAUACCAUCAGAGCAGAUCAUGGUGUGUUUACCAUAAAAGUGGAGAAUGAUCAUGGUGUUGCAUCUGCUUCCUGUGAAGUUAAUAUCCUUGAUACUCCUGGACCUCCAGUCAAUUUCACAUUUGAGGAGGUGAGAAAGAACUCCAUCAUCUGCAAGUGGGAUCCUCCUUUGGAUGAUGGUGGUAGUGAAAUCCUUAACUAUACGCUGGAGAGAAAAGAUAACUCUAAGGUUGAGCUUGGUUGGAUCACUGUGACAUCAACCCUGAGAGGCUGCAGAUAUCCAGUGACAAAACUUAUUGAGGGCAAGCAGUACAUCUUCCGUGUCACUGCAGAGAACAAAUAUGGUCCUGGAAUCCCAUGCAUCUCCAAACCCGUCAUUGCGAAGAAUCCAUUCGAUCCUCCAGAGGCACCGGAGAAACCUGAAAUUGUAGAUGUCACCUCUAGCAGUAUGGUUGUUACCUGGAAUGAACCCAAUGACAAUGGCAGCCCCAUUCAGGGAUACUGGGUUGAGAAACGAGAAGUUAACAGCACACACUGGGCAAGAGUUAAUCGCACCAUUGUUCCUGAUCUGGAAAUAACAGUACUGGGUCUUUUGGAGGGUAUGACAUAUAUUUUCAGAGUUUGUGCAGAAAAUGUGGCCGGACCUGGAAAGUUCAGCCCACCGUCAGAACCAAAAACAGCACAGGCAGCAAUCAUGCCCCCUGGUCCACCAAUUCCAAGGGUUGUUGACACCACAGACUAUUCAAUUGACAUUGAGUGGGAUCCUCCUGCGGACAAUGGUGGCGCAGAUAUUUUUGGUUACCAUGUUGACAAAGUUGUUGCUGGUACUAAGGACUGGUCCCGAGCCACAGAGAGACCACAGAAGAGCCGCACGUUUACUGUGUAUGGCGUUAGAGAAGGUGCCAAGUACAUUGUCCGUGUUGUGGCGGUCAAUUGUGCAGGUGAAGGAGCUCCUGGUUUAACUGAUGCAGUAAUUGUGAGAAAUCCAGCAGAGGUGCCAGUCAUCGAGCUCGAUAUCUCUGUGAGAAAUGGAGUUGUUGUAAGAGCUGGAGAGAUGCUGAGAAUUCCAGCACAUGUGACUGGUAAACCUUUCCCAUCCUUGAAAUGGACAAAGGAUGAUGAUGCAUUAGAGAAAGACCGCAUGGAGGUAGAAGAAGCUGGAAACGACAGCACUCUUAUCAUUAAAUGCACAAAGAGAAGUGAUCAUGGCAAAUACCAGAUCCAAGCAGCAAAUCCAAGUGGGAUCAAAUCUGCAUCAACCAGGGUUGAAGUUAUGGACGUUCCUGGACUAGUUCUUGACCUAAAGCCUGUCGUGGUUACCAGAAAGCUUAUGAUGUUGAAUUGGUCUGAUCCUGAUGAUGAUGGUGGUAGUGAUAUCACCGGGUUCAUCAUUGAAAGGAGAGAACCAAAGAUGCACACAUGGAGACAACCCAUUGACACCCCUGCAUCUAAAUGUGAGAUUGUAGGUAUUAUCGAGGGACAGGAAUACAUUUUCCGUGUUGUGGCUAAGAACAAGUAUGGAUGUGGUCCCCCUGUCGAUCUUGGACCUAUCCGUGCUGUGGAUCCUCAAGGUCCACCAACUUCUCCUGAAAAGUUUCACUACACAGAGAGGACAAAGUCCUCUGUUACCAUUGAAUGGAGGCCUCCUCGUAAUGAUGGUGGCAGUCCAAUCAUGGGCUACAUCAUUGAGAAAAAGAGACAGGAUCAGCCAGCUUUCCAGCGUGUCAACGAAGAGCUGUGCACCGCUCAAAUUAUGACAAUUGAGAACCUUGAUGAGUUGCAUAUGUAUGAGUUCCGUGCAAAGGCUGUGAAUGCGAUAGGUGAAAGCGAUCCCUCAAUUACCAUGACUGUUGUCAUUCAGGAUGAUGAAGUGGCUCCAUCUCUGCACAUGCUGAAGCAUUUCAAGGGCGAUUUGAUCAGAGCGAGGAAAAACGAACCUAUUGAUAUGCCUGCUGAAGUCACAGGCCUCCCAAUGCCGAAGAUUGAAUGGCUAAAGGAUGAUGUUGUCAUUGACAAGCCCACUGAGAAGCUCCUGAUAGAAACCAAAGAGAUCGACAGAAUGACUUCACAUACCAAACUCUCAAUCCCUGGUGUUGUGAGACUGGACAAGGGCACAUACACCGUUAAUACCUCAAAUCGUUUGGGAUCAAUCAGUCAUCACAUCACAGUGGAAGUACUGGAUCGCCCGACACCACCAAGAAAUAUUGCUUUUUCAAAUAUCAAAGCUGAGUCUUGCCAACUUACCUGGGAUGCCCCACUGGAUACUGGUGGCAGUGAGCUUACCAACUACAUUGUUGAGAUGAAAGAUCUUAACAGUGAAGAUCCUGAAAAAGCAGAGUGGGUGAAUGUUACUAACACCAUUAUCGAGCGGCGAUAUGGGGUUUGCAAUUUAGAAACAGGUGGCAACUAUAAAUUCAGAGUCAAGGCUGAGAAUAAGUAUGGAAUAAGCGAAGCCUGCGAAACAGAAGAAAUUCAGAUUAGGGAUCCUUUAGCGCUUCCCGGCCCACCUGAGAAGGUCACUAUCGCAGAGUAUUCCAAGGUCCACAUGUUGCUGACAUGGGAACCACCUAUGGACAGUGGUGGUUCUAUGAUUACUGGCUACUGGAUUGAGAAACGUGAAAAGGGCACUUCUUAUUGGUCUCGUGUGAAUAAGGUCAUGGUGUCAAAGCGUGGCAUAAAAGGCUGGGAUUACAUAGUUACUCGUCUUAUUGAAGGAACUGAAUAUGAAUUCCGUGUGAUGGCCUGCAAUGCUGCUGGCAUUGGACCACCUAGUGCAAUCUCCGAGUCUGCCUUUGCUGUCGAUCCCCUGACUCCACCUAGCAUGCCAGCUGCUCCUGAGAUUGCUGACAAAACCAAACAUAGUGUCACCCUCUCAUGGACCCCACCAAGUAAAGAUGGUGGUCGCCCCAUCAAAGGUUACAUCAUUGAGAUCCAGGAUGAAGGCACAUCUGAGUGGGCCAGGAUAAAUGAUGCUGACAAUCUGCAUCCUAGUACUGUGUUCACCAUUCCAAACCUUCCUGAGCUUAAGAAAUACAGAUUCAGAAUCAUUGCAGUCAACGAGAUUGGCGAAUCUGAGCCGAGUCCCAGAACCACUGAAGUUCGCAUAGAGGACAUUCAAACUGCACCAAAGAUAUUUAUGGAUAUCAGUGCACAUGAUUUGCUGUGUAUUCAUGCCGGAACCCCCUUCAAGAUUCCAGCUACCAUCACAGGACGGUCCGUUCCUAAAGUCACAUGGGAGUUUGACGGCAAAGCAAAAACAGAAAAGAAAGAUCGUCUCCAUGUCUUGCCAGUGGAUUCACAGGUGGAGUCUAAUGACACAACCUCAACUGUUAUUGUUCCUGUGAGUUUGAGAAGUCAUUCUGGAAGAUACACAAUUACAGCAAAGAACAAAUCAGGACAGAAACACGUCAAUGUCAGAGUAAAUGUGCUCGAUGUUCCUGGAGCCCCCAAGGAGCUCAAAGUUACUGAUGUAACCAGAACUACAAUGAGACUCAUUUGGAAGCUGCCAGAUAAUGAUGGUGGUGAGAGAAUCAAGAGUUACUUCAUUGAGAAGAAAGCCGUCAAUGGAAAGGCUUGGACGACCGUCAGCCCUGCUUGUGCUAGCAUGGCCUUAGUCGUGCCCAACCUCCUUGAGGGCCAGGACUAUCUGUUCCGUGUUCGCGCUGAGAACCGCCUUGGCUUUGGACCGUUUAUAGAGACCACUGAACCUGUUAGGGCAAGAGAUCCUAUCUAUCCUCCUGAUCCGCCAACCAAGGUCAAAAUUAACCUUGUGACCAAGAACACAGUGACCCUGACAUGGGUGCCUCCUAAGAAUGAUGGCGGAGCACCAGUGAAGCAUUACAUCAUUGAGAGGCUGAGCUGGGAUACCAGUGGUCCCCAGAAAGAAACUUGGAAACAGUGCAAUAAGAGAGAUGUUGAAGAAACUACCUUCAUUGUUGAAGACCUUAAGGAAGGUGGCGAGUAUGAGUUCCGUGUCAAAGCUGUGAACGAAGCUGGAGCGAGCAGACCCUCUGUGACUGCCGGACCCGUUAUCAUUAAAGACCAGACAUGUCCUCCAAACAUUGAUCUCAGAGAGGCUGUAGAAGGUGCAGAAGGAUUUGAUAUCAACAUUGUUGCCAGGAUUCAGGGCUGUCCAUUCCCGUCUCUCGUCUGGCAGAAGUCUCCACUUGACAAGCCUGAUGACAAAACCGGCGUGCAGUAUGACAAACAUGUCAAUAAACUUGUGUCUGAGGAUAAAUGCACGCUGUUUAUUCAGCAGUCAAAGAGAGAUGAUAGCGCAGUAUACACUCUAACAGCCACCAACAGCCUGGGCACAGCUUCCAAGAGCAUCAAACUCACCGUUUUGGGACGCCCUGGUGUACCUGUAGGACCAAUCAAGUUUGAAGAAGUUUUCGCUGAAAGGUUUGGCCUUUCCUGGAAACCACCCACAGAUGAUGGCGGUUCAAAGAUUACAAACUAUGUCGUUGAAAAGCGUGAGGAGAACAGGAAGACAUGGGUCCAUGUCUCUAGUGAUCCUAAAGAAUGCCAAUACGUUGUACAAAGACUAACUGAGGGUCAUGAAUACGAGUUCCGUGUUAUGGCUCAGAACAAAUAUGGAAUUGGACCACCCUUGUACAGUGAACCUGAAAAAGCAAGAAACCUCUUCACUGUUCCUGGCCAGUGUGACAAGCCAACUGUCACAGAUGUUUCACUUGAAUCCAUGACGGUCAACUGGGAAGAACCAGAAUAUGAUGGUGGGUCUCCAGUAACUGGCUACUGGCUGGAGCGUAAGGAAACCACAGCCAAACGUUGGGCAAGAGUAAAUCGUGAUCCUAUCAGAAUCAGACCUAUGGGAGUUUCUCACAUUGUAACCGGUCUCAUGGAGGGUGCUAUUUAUCAGUUCCGUGUUAUUGCAAUGAAUGCCGCUGGAUGUGGCCUACCUAGUUUGCCCUCUGAUCCUGUUGUGUGCAGAGACCCUAUAGCACCUCCAGGACCUCCAACUCCAAAAGUAACAGACUGUACCAAGUCAACUGUUGAUCUUGAAUGGAUUCCCCCACUUGUUGAUGGCGGAUCUAAGAUUACAGGCUAUUUUGUUGAGUACAAAGAAGAAGGACAGGAGGAAUGGGAGAAGGUUAAAGACAAGGAAAUCAGAGGUUGCAAGUUUGUUGUUCCUGGCCUGAAAGAGCUCGGACUCUACAGGUUUAGAGUGAGAGCUGUGAAUGCAGCAGGUGUGGGCGAGCCUGGUGAGGUUGCUGAAGUGAUUGAAGUCAAGGACCGAACAAUUCCCCCUGAGGUGGACCUGGAUGCAUCUGUCAAGGAAAAGAUUGUUGUACAUGCCGGUGGUGUAAUCCGCCUCCUGGCUUAUGUAUCAGGAAAGCCUGCACCAGAAAUUAUUUGGAAUAGGGAUGAUGCCGAUUUGCCAAAGGAGGCUGUGGUUGAGACCACUUCCAUCAGUUCAGCGCUGGUUAUCAAAAAUUGCAGGAGGCAACACCAAGGCAUUUAUACACUGACUGCUAAGAAUGCAGGUGGAGAACGGAGGAAAGCAAUCAUUGUUGAAGUGUUAGAUGUUCCUGGUCCUGUGGGUCAGCCCUUCUCUGGUGAGAAUCUCACCACUGACUCUUGUAAGCUGACCUGGUAUUCACCUGAAGAUGAUGGUGGCUCAGCUAUCACCAACUACAUAAUCGAGAAGAGAGAAGCUGACCGCAGAGGCUGGACUUCAGUGACAUAUACUGUCACUCGACAUAAUGCAGUGGUCCAGGGUCUUAUUGAUGGCAAGGGUUACUAUUUCAGAAUUGCAGCUGAAAAUAUUAUCGGAAUGGGUCCAUUUACUGAGACGUCAGCACCUGUUGUCAUCAAAGAUCCACUUUCUGUUCCUGAGCGCCCAGAAGAUCUUCAGGUCACUGCAGUCACGAACGAUUCAAUCAGUGUGGCAUGGAGACCUCCAAAAUAUGAUGGAGGUUCAGAAAUCACAAGCUAUGUUCUUGAGGUUCGUCUCAUCGGAAAAGACAACUUUGACCGUAUUGCAGCAGACAACAAAUUAAUGGACCGUAAAUUCACACAUGUGGGUCUUAAAGAAGGUUCUUCUUAUGAAUUCCGUGUGAGUGCUGUAAAUCAAAUUGGCCAAGGCAAACCUUCUUUCAGCACCAAACCAGUUACAUGCAAGAAAGAGUUUGAACCACCAGCCCUUGAUUUUGGCUUCCGUGAUAAGAUUGUGGUUCGUGUUGGCGAGACUUGCACUCUUCAAAGUCGAUACACAGGAAAACCACAACCAACUAUUAAAUGGUUAAAAAAUGAUGAAGAGCUUCAAGCUAAUGAGGAAAUUGCUCUUACCAGCACAAAUAACAUUUUGUGCUUGGCUAUUGAAAAGGCAAAACGUGAGCACAGUGGAAAAUACACUGUCAUUCUGGAAAACUCCAUAGGCUCACGCAAGGGCAUUUGCAAUAUCAUUGUUGUCGACCGACCACAGCAUCCAGAGGGUCCUGUUAUCUUUGAUGAGAUCUGCAGAAAUUACAUGGUCAUUUCUUGGAAGCCUCCACUGGAUGAUGGCGGAGCUGCUAUUUCCAACUACAUCAUUGAAAAAAGAGACACCAACAGGGAUCUAUGGAUGCCUGUUACAGAAUCUUGCACAAGAACAUCGUGCAGAGUUCCAAAACUGAUCGAGGGUAGAGAGUACAUCAUAAGAAUCUGCGCUCAGAAUAUUCAUGGCAUUAGUGACCCGUUACUGUCCGCUGAGACAAAAGCAAGGGAUGUUUUCAAGGUUCCAGAUGCUCCUCAGGCACCUGUGGCAAAAGAAAUCUAUAAAGACACAGCCCUGAUUUCAUGGAUACAACCAGCUGAUGGUGGCAAACCGAUCACAAACUAUAUUGUUGAAAAGAAAGAGACCAUGGCCAACACAUGGACACGCGCUGGAAAAGACCGCAUUUUCCCUAACACUGAAUACUGGGUCCCUGAUCUUCUCAGGCGGUGUGAAUAUGAAUUCCGUGUCAUGGCAGAGAAUGUGAUUGGGGUUGGUGAUCCCAGUCCACCCUCAAAGCCUGUCUUCGCCAAAGAUCCUAUAGUGAUUCCAAGCCCACCUGUACUUCCAGUAGCAAUUGACACAACAAAAGAGUCUGUCACUCUGUCUUGGCAGCCACCUAAAGACUCUGGCAGAGGCAAAAUCUUUGGCUACCUCAUUGAGUAUCAGAAAGCCGAUAGUGAGGAAUGGCUUCAGGUUAACCAGACACCAGACUCCUGCCAGGAAACUAGAUUCAAGGUUAUCAACCUUGAGGAUGGUGCGCUUUAUAGAUUUAGAGUGAAGGCCGUCAAUGCUGCUGGUGAAUCUGAGCCUGCAUAUGUUCCAGAGCCCGUUCGAGCACAAGACAGACUUGAACCUCCAGAGCUUCUGUUGGAUAUGGGCAUGCCUCGGGAGGUUAAAGCAAUGGCUGGAACCCACAUUAAUAUUGUGGCUGGAAUCAAAGGAAUACCUUUCCCAAAAGUCACAUGGAAGAAAAAUGAUGCAGAUGUUCCUUCAAAAGCAGAGAUUGAGACAUCUGGAACAGCAUCCAAAUUAGAGAUACGCUAUUGCACACGUGCCGACUGUGGAGAUUAUACACUUAAUGUUGAAAAUCCAGCAGGAUCAAAAACAGCCACAUGCACUGUGCUUGUACUUGAUAAACCCGGACCUGUUCAGAGUCUCAGAGUGUCUGAUGUCAGAAGUGAUUCUGCCCAGCUUUCAUGGAAAGACCCCGAAGAUAAUGGUGGUACACGCAUCACUAACUUCGUAGUUGAGAAAAAGGAUGCUGCAUCUACACAAUGGGCACCAGUGUGCUCAUCAUCCAAAAAACGUAGCAUGAUGGCCAAACACUUGAUUGAGGGAAUGUCAUACAUGUUCCGUGUGGCAGCUGAAAAUCAGUUUGGUAGAAGUGAAUAUGUCGAGACACCAAAAGCUAUCAAAGCAAUGAAUCCACUAUUCCCACCUGGUCCACCAAAAGACUUGCAUCAUGUAGAUGUUGACAAAACUGAGGUGUGGCUCCAGUGGAAUUGGCCAGAUCGCACAGGAGGAAGUGAUAUCACUGGGUUCUUGGUUGAGUAUCAAGAAGAAGGUGAAAGGGACUGGAUUGUUUUUAAGACUGUCAGCAUUCCUGAGUGCCACGUGAUGGGCCUGGAAGAGGGAAAGACCUAUAGGUUCCGUGUAAAGACAGAGAAUGCUAUUGGCCUAAGUCGACCAGACACCACUGUGCCAGUUCUUUGCCAUGAAAAACUAGUACCACCCAUUGUCGAAGUUGAUGUGAAGCUUAUUGAGGGCAUCAUUGUGAAAGCUGGAACCACUGUUAGACUGCCUGCCAUCAUGAGAGGCCUUCCGAUACCCACUGCCAAAUGGGUCAUUGAUGGAGAAGAAAUCAAGAGUGAAGGCAACAUCAAAAUUGAUACAGACAACUUCUCUACUGUUCUGAGCGUCUCUGAAUGCACAAGAAAUCACACAGGAACCUAUAUACUCACAGUGUCUAACUCAGCUGGAAGUAAGACUGUUGCUCUGAAUGUCACAGUACUUGAUGUUCCAGCUGCCCCCAUUGGACCUGUUAAUAUUCUUGAAGUCGCUCCAGACUCCAUGGUCAUUGAAUGGCGUCCUCCCAAAGAUGAUGGUGGAAGCCCAGUCAUGAACUAUAUUGUUGAGAAGAGGGAAUCAAAUAAGGAAACAUGGGGAGGAGUCAGUUCUGGUAGCACGGUCACAAGGCUCAAGAUUUCACGUCUACAAAAAGGAGCAGAGUAUAUAGUGAGAAUUCGAGCCGAAAAUAAAAUGGGCAUUGGUGCAGCUCUUGAAAGUGCACCAACUGUAGCCCGGCAUCAGUUUGAGCCUCCUAGCCAUCCUGGAAAACCAGUGGCGUCUGACAUUUCUGAGGAUGCACUCACACUUGGAUGGACAAUGCCAAUGUUUGAUGGUGGUAGUCCAAUUAGUGGCUAUAUUAUUGAGCGUAGACAUAAGGGAGGCAAAUGGAUUCGGGUGAAUAAAACACCAUGCAAGGAACUCAGAUACAGAGUGCUUGGACUUUUUGAAAGCAAUGAAUAUGAGUUCAGAGUAUUUGCUGAGAAUAUUGCUGGCUUUAGUGGACCCUCUCCUAUUUCAGAUCCUGCCAAGCCUUGCAGACAAAUUACUGUUCCUGGACCUCCAAUCAACCCGAAGAUUAAGGACUACAGUUGCACAUAUGCUGAUAUUGUCUGGAUCAAACCGACAAGGGAUGGGGGCAGUCCUAUUUUAGGAUACAUAAUUGAAUGCCAGAAAUCAGGUGGAGAAUGGGAGAAGAGCAACUAUGAUGAUCUGAUUAAGCAGUGUGCUUAUAGAGUGAAGGGACUGACAGAGGGCACCGAAUACAGGUUCCGUGUUAAAGCUGUCAACAUGAUUGGAGAAGGCGAGACACGGGAAGUCCCAGAGUCAGUUAUUGCCAAGGACAUCCUCAUUCCUCCAGAAAUUGAGAUGGACGCCACAUGUCGUGAACGUGUGACCGUUCGUGUUGGACAUAACAUUAAUAUCACUGGAUAUGUGAAAGCAAGACCUGAUCCCCAAAUCACAUGGAGCAAAGGUGAAACAGUUUUGGAAAAAGACAAACGCACAACUCUAAUAAACAACUUCCCAGUAGUGCAAAUGCACAUCAAGGAGGCUACCAGAGCAGAUCACGGAAAGUACACACUUAAGGCUGUUAAUGACUCGGGAGAGGCUUCAGCUACAAUUACAUUAAAUGUACUUGAUAGACCUGGACACUGUCAGAAUCUAAAAUUGACUUAUGUAACUAAAAACUCUUGCAUGGUAUCUUGGGAUGCUCCGGAGGACAACGGAGGCACUGAGAUUACAAAUUACAUUGUGGAAUGUCGGGAGCCAAGCAUAAGAACCUGGUCAAUGAUAUCUUCUGACUGUACGAAUCGGAUGGUAAAAGCAAAGCUCAUGGAAAAUCAUGAGUAUUUAUUCCGUGUGUCUGCAGAGAACAAGUGUGGUCCAGGACCAACAACAGAAACAAAAACACCUAUCCUUGCAAUUGACCCACUUCAGAAGCCUGGUGAGCCAGAGAACUUCCACGUCAGUGACAUUGGCAAGAACUUUGUUUUCCUUAAAUGGAGAAAACCAGAUUAUGAUGGUGGCAGCCCUAACUUGGCUUAUAUUUUGGAGAGAAAGUCAAAGGAUGCUGAAGAGUGGGAAAAACUACACGAGGGAGUCGUAAAAGACACAUUCUUCAUGGUAGACAAAUGUGUUGAGAAUCAAACCUUUCAGUUCAGAGUGAAAUCAACAAAUGAUGGAGGAGAAAGCAACUGGGUUAGGACAUCUGAUAUUCUUGUCAAAGAAGAAGUUCAUAAGCCAGUUCUUGACCUGAAAUUUGCUGGAACCACUGUAGUUAAAGCUGGUGAAUCAGUAAGACUUGAGGCUGGGUUAAGAGGAAAACCACAGCCUGAGGUUACAUGGGUGAAGGACAAGGCUACAGGUGAUAAUCCCAGGAUUAGUGUUGACACUGGACCAGAUUACUCUAAAUUCCUCAUGACUAAAACCAAACGUAGUGACACUGGCAAAUUCACUAUUACUGCUACAAACUCUGCUGGAACAUUCACUGCAUAUGCAAAUGUUACUGUUUUGGAUAUACCUGGGCCAGUCCGAGAUUUGAAGAUUUCAGGCAUUUCCACAGACAAGUGCAGAGUUGUAUGGGAUCCUCCAGAGGAUGAUGGUGGUUGUGAGGUGGACAGCUACAUUCUAGAGAAAUGUGAGACAAGAAGAAUGGUUUGGUCCACUUACUCUGCCUCUGUUGUCACCAACUACUGUAAUGUAACCCGUCUUGUUGAAGGAAAUGAAUACAUUUUCAGAGUCAGGGCAGAAAACAAAAUGGGAGCUGGUCCCCCAAUAGAGAGCAGACCUAUUAUUGCUAAGACACAAUACAACAGACCUGGUCCACCCGAUGCACCAGAAGUCACAAAAAUAGGUAAAAAGGAGAUGACUGUUGUGUGGGCUCCUCCUGAGAAUGAUGGUGGAAAGUCAAUCACUGGUUACAUUCUUGAGAGAAAAGAAAAGAGGGCUGUUCGAUGGGUCCCUGUCACAAAGAGCCCUAUCUCCGAAAGACGUAUGAAGGUCACCAAUUUGAUCCCUAACCAUGACUAUCAAUUCCGUGUCAAAGCUGAAAAUGAAGUGGGAUUGGGAGAACCAAGCAAACCAUCCAGACCCAUCACUGCAAAGGAUCCAAUUGAGCCCCCUGGUCCUCCUGGCAGUCUUAAAGUAGUUGACAGCACAAAAACAUCGGUCACACUUAGCUGGGCAAAGCCUAUGUAUGAUGGUGGUGCUCCAAUUAUUGGAUAUCUGGUUGAAAUGAGGGACAAGGUUGAAAUGGAGGGUGAACAGGAAAGAGAUCCAGAGGAGGGCUGGACCAAAUGUAAUACUUCUGGACAGCUUGUCAUAACUGAAUUUACUAUGUUUAACUUGGAUGAGAAAAAGGAAUAUGAAUUCCGAGUGUGUGCUCAAAACCAAGUUGGCAUGGGCCACCCUGCAAAACUCAAGGAUGCUGUUACACCGAAGGAGAUCCAUGAGUCUCCAGAGAUUGAUCUUGAUGCCAGUCUAAGAAAAGGACUUAACGUUAGAGCUGGAUGUCCCAUCAGACUUUUUGCAACUAUUAGGGGAAGACCAGCACCUAAAGUGACCUGGAAGCGCAUGGGUGUUGAUAACGUUAUUAGAAGGGGCCAUGUGGAUCAGAUUGACACAAUGACCUUCCUUGUGAUACCCGAGUGCACACGGGAAGACUCUGGCAAAUAUUCUUUGACUCUUACAAAUGCCUCUGGAGAAAAAGCUGUAUUUGUUCGUGUUAAAGUUUUGGAUACUCCUGGUUGCGUUGGUGGACUGGAGGCAACUGAUAUCACAAAGACAACCUGCCAGCUUGCAUGGUUACCUCCAGAAAAUGAUGGUGGUAGCCCUAUCCUAAACUAUGUUGUUGAGAAGCGUGAAGUUGACAGGAAAACAUGGACAAAUUGCACAAAUAACUUAAAGAAGACAAGCUUCAAAAUCACAAAUCUGACUCCAGGAAUCGAAUACUAUUUCCGUGUCAUGGCAGUUAACAAAUACGGCAUUGGCAUGCCUCAAGAUUCUCCAAAAUCCUACCUGGCUACAGAUUCCAAGAGUGAACCGGAUCCUCCAAAGAAGAUGGAUGUAUUGGAAGUUACUAAAAACAGUGCAACUCUUGGGUGGCUGAAACCACUUAGAGAUGGCGGAUCAAAGAUAAAUGGCUAUAUUGUGGAAUACCAGGAGGAUGGUAAACCUGAGGAAAAGUGGACAUUGUACUCGGUUGUGAAGGACUUGACCAUUGUUGUAGCUGGACUAAAAGAAAACACCAAAUAUAGAUUCAGGGUUGCAGCAAGAAAUGCAAUAGGAUGCAGUUUGGCAAGAGAAGCUGAAGGCAUAUUCGAGGUCAAAGAACAGCUGAUGCCACCAAAGAUUAUCAUGCCAGAUAUUGUUACAGCAAAGGCAGGAUCUAAACUUAUAGUUGAGGCUCUUUUCUCUGGAAAGCCUCCACCAGUCACAAAAUGGAAAAGAGGAAGUGAUGAUUUAGUUACAUCUAAUCGUCUCUUCAUACAAAAGACACCAACUACGAGUGUACUUAUGAUCAAGGAUGUAACAAGGAAGGAUAGUGGUUACUACAGUCUUUCUGCUGAAAACAGUACCUCUGCAGUCAACCAAAUCCUCAGAAUAAUCAUUAUGGACAUCCCUGGUCCUCCAGAGGGUCCUUUAGACAUUCUUGAGGUGGAUGUAGAUUCAUGCACACUUGCAUGGAAUUCACCUACUGAAGAUGGUGGAAGCAACAUCACUAACUAUGUUGUUGAGAAGUGUGAUGUAACCAGAGGUGACUGGGUGACAGCUGCAUCUUGCACCAAGACCAGCUGCAGAGUUGGAAAGCUGACUCCUGGCAAAGAGUAUGGCUUCCGUGUCCGCGCUGAAAAUCGUUUUGGCAUUUCAGAACCGAUUUAUGCUGAGAAAAUGAUUGCUAGACAUCCAUUUGAUCCACCAAGUGAGCCGAGAAACUGUUGUGUCAACAAAAUCAACAAGGAUUUUGUUGUGUUGUCCUGGGAAAGACCCGUGAACGAUGGUGGCAGUCCCAUCAUUGGAUAUUCCAUUGAGCGCAAAGAAAGAAAUAGCCUUCUUUGGGCCAAGGCAAAUGAAGUCCUUGUUCGAUCAACUGAAUGUACAUGCUCAGGCCUCAUUGAAGGUCUGGAGUACACAUUCAGAGUGUCAGCUGUCAACAAGGCAGGACAAGGCAAACCAAGCAAGCAGACAGAAUUUAUCACUACAAGAACACCAGUUGAUCCACCUGGUAAACCUGAAGUCCUUGAUGUGACAAGAAAUUCAGUUUCUCUUGUCUGGAGUCGUCCAAAACAUGAUGGUGGUAGCAAACUCAUUGGAUAUUAUGUUGAGUCUUUGAAACUUCCAGGAGACAAAUGGGUGCGCAUCAAUGCAAGCAGCCAAAAUGUGCCAAAAGAAGAAUAUACUGUCCCUGGACUUGAGGAAGGAGCCCAAUACAAGUUCAGAAUUAUUGCAAAGACAGCAAUUAAUGUCAGUCUGCCCUCAGAAGAAUCUGAUGCUAUCGCAAUUAUUGCAGAGCAUGUUCCUCCAAGGGUUGAGAUUGGUCUUGAAAUGAAGAACUUUAUUGUUGUCAAGGCAGGAGCAAAUGUCUGCCUUGAGGCAGAAGUGUUUGGCAAACCAAUGCCAAUAGUCACAUGGAAGAGAGAUGGUGUCCAAUUGAAGUUGGUUGAAGGCAUGAAAAUGACUCAAAAGAUACAUCUCUUCUGCUUGGAACUGUUCUCUGUGACAAGAAAGGAGUCUGGAGAGUACACCAUUGUUGCUGAGAAUCCAAGUGGAACCAAGUCUGCUAAUAUUAAAUUGAAGGUUCUAGACAAACCUGGACCUCCAGCAUCAGUGAAGAUAAGCCAUGUUUUUGCGGACCGGAUAAAACUCAGGUGGGAGCCACCUCUUGCAGAUGGUGGUUCUGAAAUUACAAACUACAUUGUUGACAAACGUGAAACAAGCAGAGCCAACUGGGCCCAAGUCACGGCUAAUAUUGGUGGUCAGAUAACAGACUGUUCUGUGGAGAAACUGAUUGAAGGCCAUGAAUAUGAGUUCCGAAUCAGUGCAGAGAACAAGUAUGGCGUUGGAGACCCAAUUCUGACUAACUCUGUAAUCGCCAAGAAUCCAUUUGAUGUUCCAGGACCUUGUGAACCUCCAGUUAUAACUAAUAUUACCAGGGACCACAUGACUGUUAGCUGGAAAGCCCCUGCUGAUGACGGCAAGGCUACCAUUCUUGGAUAUAUGGUUGAGAAGCGUGAAACUCAAGACCUCAACUGGGCUAAAGUUAACAGACGACCAGUUAUUGACAGGACAAUUAAAGCUGGAGGCCUUACAGAGGGUUCUGAGUAUGAAUUCAGAGUUAUUGCCAUCAAUAAAGCCGGUCUUGGUAAACCAAGUGAUCCAUCUGCCGGUGCACUUGCAUUAGACCCAGUGUAUCCACCAGGACCACCUGCUUUUCCAAAGAUCAUUGACUCUACACACAGUUCAAUUAGUUUGUCCUGGACCAAGCCCGCUUAUGAUGGUGGAUGUGAGAUUCUGGGCUACCUUGUUGAGUUCAAGAGAGCAGAUGCAGAAGACUGGAUGAAGUGCAAUGUGCCAAAGAACCUCCAGGCAACAAAGUUUGUUGUUACUGGUCUUAUGGAUAACUCUGAGUACCAGUUCCGUGUUUCUGCUGUAAACAGAAUUGGAUUUGGCGAGCCAAGUGAUGUUCCUGGAAAUCAUAUGGCGAAGGACAUCUUACUUCCCCCUGAAGCUGAACUUGAUGCAGAUCUCAGAAAAGCCCUAGUUUUACGUGCUGGAGUCACAAUGAGAAUUUAUGUGCCUCUGAGAGGGCGUCCUGCUCCAAAAGCAACAUGGACAAAGGUCAAUGGCGACUUGAAAGAAAGACAAGGCCUUAUGAUCAAGACCACUGAAUGGGAUACCUAUCUUUAUUGUGAAGAUAUCAACAGAUAUGAUGCUGGAAAAUAUGUAUUAACUCUGGAAAACAGUAGUGGUACAAAGUCAUAUUCCAUUGUGGUCAAAGUACUAGACACCCCUGGACCACCACUCAAUCUGAUUGUUAAGGAGACCUCAAAAGAUCAUGCAUCCAUCACUUGGGAUGCUCCAUUGAUUGAUGGUGGUAGUCCUGUUAAAAGUUAUGUUGUUGAGAAACGUCUGGCAGAGAGAAAAGCAUGGACUUGUGUUGCUCCUGAGUGUCCCAAAACAUCUUUCAGAAUUACAAAUCUUGAGGCUGGUAAAGCUUACUGUUUCAGAGUCCUAGCUGAAAAUAUAUAUGGCAUUGGGGAGGGUUGUGAGACAACUGGACCAGUCAAAGCCUCAGAACAACCUGGACCUGUUACAGAUUUUAAACCCUCAGAGGUCACCAAGAAUUCUUGUACUCUCAGUUGGAAGAAACCAAUCUGUGAUGGAGGGAGCCACAUUGUUGCAUAUGUUCUAGAGAUCUCUGAAGGUGAAGACAAAUGGAAGCUGCUCACGAAGUCCAAGCUCACACAGUACACUAUGACUGAUCUUACAGAAGGAAAUGAAUACUCCUUCAGAGUCAAAGCCAUUAAUGAAGCAGCUGAAGGACCCCCAACUGAACUCACUGUUGUGGCUAAAGAUCAAAUAGUCCUGCCAGACUGCAAUCUAAAAGGCUUUCCUGACUGUAGCUAUGUGGCCAAGGAAAGAAGCACUGUUCGUCUUAAUAUUCCUAUUAUUGGUAUCCCUGCUCCAGCCGUCACAUGGAAAAAGGGUGAUGUUACUUUAUCAGACAGUGGAAGAAUCUCAGUUGAAUCAACUGCAACGAACACAACUUUGCUAAUUCGUGAUUGUCAAAGAAAUGACGCUGGCAGAUUCACCAUCAUUUUAAGAAACAGUGCUGGAACAAAGGAAUCAGCUAUUGACUUUAAUGUUGUUGGUAAGCCUGGAAUCUGCACAGGUCCAAUUACGUUUGAUGAAAUCACAGCGGAAGGAAUUACUAUAGAAUGGGCACCACCUAUAGAUGAUGGUGGAUCAGAAGUUACCAAUUAUUUUUUGGAGAAGAGGCAAUCUACUGCUAACAAGUGGGCCACAGUUGCUUCCGCAAUUCAAAAGAACACUAUGAGGGUUACAAGACUUCAUGAUGGAACAGAAUAUAUCUUCAGAGUUUGUGCAGAAAAUAAAUAUGGAGUUGGGGAGUUCCUCAGGUCUGACCCUGUGAUUGCUAAACACCCAUUCAAUGCACCGGAGGCUCCAGCGCCACCUGAGGUUGUGAGCAUUCGCCAUGAGUCUGCUAUUCUAACAUGGUCUGACCCAAAAGAUACUGGAGGCUCACCCAUUACUGGAUAUUAUGUGGAAUUCAAAGAUAGAAAUAGCUUGAUGUGGAAGAGAGCCAGCAAGACCCCUUUGAGAGUUAAAGAAUGCAGAGUGACUGGUUUGAUGGAAGGUCUGGAAUAUGAAUUCAGGGUAAUAGCUAUGAAUAUUGCCGGACUUGGAAAGCCAAGCAAACCAACAGAAUCUCUUAUUGCACUGGAUCCUAUUGAUCCUCCUGGAAAACCUGAUGUGAUUAGUAUCACAAGAAACAGUGUUACACUCAUUUGGACUGAACCCAAAUAUGAUGGUGGCCACAAACUGACAGGCUAUAUAGUGGAAAAAUUAGAGCACCCAGGAAAGGCCUGGAUGAAGGCUAAUCAUGUGAAUAUCCAAAGCUGUGCUUACACUGUAACAGACCUACAGGAAGGCUGCACCUAUGAGUUUAGAAUAAGAGCUAAGAAUUCUGCUGGAGCUAUCAGUGCUCCCUCAGAGAAAACUGAGUCUCUUGUCUGCAAAGAUGAAUAUGACCCACCUACUAUCACAAUUGACCCUGCAAUGAAGGAUGGUGUGACUGUGAAGGCUGGAGAAACAAUUGUCAUAACUGCAUCAAGCAUUCUUGGCAAACCACCUCCUAAAGCUGUAUGGUCUAAGGGUGGAAGAGAAUUUAAGUCUUCGGAUGUUGUCCAAAUUACAAGCACUCCCACAUCUUCAACUUUAUCGAUUAAGUAUGCCAACAGAAAGAACACCGGAGAAUACACUAUUACUGCAAGCAAUCCCUUUGGUAUCAAAGAAGAAAAGGUUAAAGUCAAAAUCCUAGAUGUGCCUGGACCUCCAGGUCCAAUUGAGCCAAGCAGUGUCUCUGCUGAGAAAUGCACAUUAACAUGGUUGCCACCAGAAGAGGAUGGUGGCAGCAGUAUCAAAUCGUAUAUAAUAGAAAAGAGAGAAACCAGCCGCCUUCUCUGGACAAAGCUUGCUGAAAAUGUUAUGGAUUGCCGCUAUGUUGCCAGCAAAUUGAUUAAGGGCAAUGAAUACAUAUUCCGUGUAUCAGCAGUCAAUCUGUAUGGUGUUGGUGAUGCAUCACAGUCUGGACCAGUUCAAAUGGUUGAUAGCUUUGGACCUCCUGGACCACCAUCAAAACCUGAAAUUGAUCAUGUCAGUGGAACUGCUGUAACCAUUUCCUGGAAGAGACCAACUGUAGAUGGAGGAUGUGACAUUAGAGGCUAUAGUGUUGAAAGAAAAGAGAGAAGAGGUUUAAGAUGGGUGAGAGCUUCAAAGAAGACAAUUUCAGAUCUUCGUUAUAAGGUUUCAGGCCUGACAGAGGGAGUUGAAUAUGAAUUCCGCGUAACUGCAGAGAAUAAGGCUGGUUUUGGAGAACCCAGUGAGCCAUCACAACCUGUAAUGACCAAAGAUAUUGCAUAUCGACCUGGGCCACCAUCUAAUCCACGAAUUACUGAUACCACCAAAACAACUGCUACAUUUAACUGGGGCAGACCUUUUUAUGAUGGUGGACUUGAUAUAACAGGAUACAUUGUUGAGCAUAAAAAGGAAGGAGAUGAUGACUGGGUUCAAGACACACCUACUCCAUUAAGAAUAACUGAAUUUGUAGUUUCAAAUCUACAAUCAGGAGGAAAAUAUCAUUUUAGAGUUAGUGCAAUGAAUUCCGAAGGACUUGGUGAACCCUCUGAAGUUGAGAACGUUGUAGACCUUGUGGACAGAGAAGAGAUCCCCGACUUUGAACUUGAUGCUGAGCUUAGAAAAACACUUGUUGUGAGAUCAGGUACUUCAAUCCGCAUAUUUGUCCCAAUCAAGGGCCGUCCAGCUCCGGAAGUGACAUGGUACAAAGAGGAUGCUCCUCUCAAAGGACGUGCUCACAUUGAUACUACUGAAUCAUACACUCUAGUAGUCAUCCCUGAGUGUACAAGAUAUGAUGCUGGUAAAUAUGUCCUCACAUUAGAGAAUGUUGCUGGAAAGAAGACUGGAUUUGUCAAUGUUCGUGUUGUUGACACUCCAGGGCCUCCAAUAAAUUUGAAACCAAGAGAAAUCACAAAACAUAGCAUCACUCUACAGUGGGAGAUUCCAAUUAUUGAUGGUGGUUCAAAAAUUAAAAAUUAUAUUAUUGAGAAACGUGAGGCAACAAGAAAGGCUUACUCAGUCCUUACGACAAACUGGCAAAAAUGCUCCUACAAGAUUCCAGACUUAGAAGAAAGUGCUGAAUAUUACUUUAGAGUGUCUGCAGAAAAUGAAAUGGGUGUUGGUGAACCAGCAGAGACCCCUGAACCAAUCAGAGCUUCUCAGGCUCCAUCUGCACCCGAUAAUCUGAUUGUUUCAGAUGUGUCAAGGGAUACAGCAACCCUAGCAUGGACAAAACCAAAAUAUGAUGGCGGGACUCGAAUCACUGGCUAUGUUAUAGAAGCUCAACAGAAAGAUUCAGAUCAGUGGAUCCAUGUGACAACAAUAAAAGCUUUGGAUUUCACUGUCACAGAAUUGGUGGAAAAUUCAGAGUAUGCUUUCCGCAUUUUUGCUGUAAACAGCUCAGGAAGGAGUCAACCUCGUGAAAGUCGACCAGUUGUAAUUAGGGAGCAAACCACAGCUCCAAGCUUUGACCUUAGAGGUGUAUACCAGAAGACUGUUGUAGCUAAGGCAGGUGAUAAUGUUAAAGUAGAGAUUCCUGUUAUGGGUCGUCCAAGACCACUUGUUGUAUGGAAGAAAGAAGAUCGGGAACUUAAACAGACUCAGAGAAUCAACACUGAAAGUACAACAACCUCUACAAUUCUCAACAUUAAUGAAAUUAAAAGGAAAGAUGGAGGACAAUAUUCAAUGACUGGAAAGAAUAUCUUAGGAACUGUGACUGAAACCAUUACUGUUAAAGUACAUGAUAUUCCAGGACCUCCAACUGGACCAAUAAAACUGGAUGAGGUUUCUUGUGACUAUGUUGUAAUUUCAUGGGAAGCUCCUGAAAGUGAUGGAGGAGUGCCUAUUAAUAACUACAUCGUUGAGAUGCGUGAGACCACUGGGACAUCCUGGGUGGAACUGGCUGCAACUGUUAUCCGCACAACAUUCAAAGCUGCACGCCUUACAACUGGAACUGAAUAUCAAUUCCGUGUUAAAGCUCAGAACCGCUAUGGAGUUGGGCCUUACCUAACAUCGGAAGCUGUGGUGGCUGCUUAUCCAUUUGAUGUUCCAGGACAGCCUGGAAUUCCACAGAUAGUUGCCUUUACCAAGGAUUCAAUCACAAUCAGCUGGAAUGAACCAUCCUCAGAUGGUGGUAGCCCAAUUUUAGGAUACCAUAUUGAGAGGAAGGAGAAAAACAGCAUACUCUGGCAGAGAAUCAGCAAAGCUUUAGUUGUUGGCAAUAUGUUUAAAUCAUCAGGUCUGAUAGAUGGUAUUGCAUAUGAAUUCCGUGUUAUUGCAGAAAAUUUGGCUGGUCUCAGUAAAGCAAGCAAACCUUCUGAGAUGACAUAUGCACUUGAUCCUGUGGACCCUCCCAGUCAACCUGUGGCACUUAAUAUAACCAGACAUGAAGUAACCCUUCAGUGGACAAAGCCUGAGAAUGAUGGAGGCUUCUCAAUAACUGGAUAUACCGUAGAAAAAAGAGAGCUGCCCAAAGGUCGCUGGCUCAAGGCCAACUUCAGUAACAUUCAUGAGACAAGUUUUACUGUAAGCGGUCUCAAAGAAGAUGCUUCUUAUGAAUUCCGUGUUUUGGCAAGGAACUCAGCUGGAGCUGUUAGCAAACCAUCGAAACAUUCAGAGGUAAUUGUCUGUAGAGAUGAUAUUGAGGAACCAAAGAUCAAUGUUGAUGCAAGUUUCAGUAGUGUAGUGGUUGUGAAGGCAGGAGAGUUGUUCAAUCUAGAUGCAAAUGUUACAGGUCGCCCAAUUCCAUCAUUGGUGUGGACUAAAGAUGGGAAGGAGCUAGAAGACACAGGAAAACUAGAGAUCAAAACAGGAGAUUUCUAUACUUGUUUGAUUCACAAAGAUUCUCUACGUAGAGAUGGUGGUGCAUACACUCUAACCGCUAGCAAUCCUGGAGGAUUUGCAAAAUUUGUUUUUAAUGUUAAAGUUCUUGACAGACCUGGUCCACCUGAGGGACCACUCCAUGUCACAGAUAUGACAACAGAGAAAUGUAUUCUAUCGUGGCUCCCACCACUUCAUGAUGGAGGAGCAAAGAUUGAAUAUUACAUAAUUCAAAAGCGAGAAACUAGUAGACUUGCUUGGACAAAUGUAGCCACAGAUUUACAAGUCAACCGUUAUAAGGUUACCAAAUUGCUUAAAGGAAAUGAAUAUAUCUUUAGAGUCAUGGCUGUCAACAAAUAUGGAGUUGGAGAACCUCUUGAAUCAGAGCCUGCUGUUGCCACCAACCCGUAUGUGCCCUCUGAUCCUCCACAGACACCAGAAGUAACUACCAUGACAAAAGAUUCCAUGGUAGUGUGUUGGGGACAUCCUGAAAACAAUGGAGGAAGUAGUAUCAGUACCUACAUCAUUGAGAGGAGAGAUAAAACUGGUCUUCGUUGGGUAAAAUGCAAUAAAAGGACAGUUACUGACUUGCGCUUCAAAGUCUCGGGUCUAACAAAUGGACACGAGUAUGAAUUUAGAAUCUUUGCUGAAAAUGCUGCUGGCUUAAGUGCCCCAAGCCCAUCAAGUCCGUUCUAUAAGGCUUGUGACACAAUAUUCCAACCAGGACCCCCUGGAAAUCCUAGAGUUCUGGAUACCACUAAGUCAUCUGUUACUAUUGCAUGGAAUAAACCAGUUUAUGAUGGUGGAUCGGAGAUCACAGGAUAUAUUGUUGAAACUUGCCUGCCUGAGGAAGAUGAAUGGACAAUUGUCUCUCCAAGGGACGGACUGACAGCAACAUCAUUCACCAUAACCAACCUUGUAGAAAACCAGGAAUAUAAGAUCAAUAUUUCUGCUCUUAACUGUGAAGGUGUUGGCGAACCAGUCCCUGUCCCUGCUUCACCUAAAGCAGAAGAUAGACUUCUUUCCCCUGAAAUUGAGCUUGACUCAGACCUUCGCAAAUUAAUUAACAUCAGAGCAUGCAGCACCUUAAGAUUAUUCGUGCCAAUUAAAGGAAGACCUGCACCAGAAGUUAGAUGGUCAAGAGAGAAUGGUGAACCCCUUGAUAGAGCAGCCAUUGAGAUUACACCAUCCUUUACUACCCUGCGCAUUGAGAAUGUUGACAGAUUUGAUGGAGGAAAAUAUAUGCUUACAGUGGAAAACAGUUCAGGAGUUAAAUCAGCUUUUAUUAAUGUUCGUGUGCUUGACACUCCUGAUGCACCACAGAACCUAACAAUCAAAGAAAUCACAAAAGGUUCUGUUUCACUUAUUUGGGAUCCUCCAAUCAUUGAUGGAGGAUCAAGAAUCAGGCACUACAUUGUUGAAAAACGUGAAUCCACAAGAAAAGCAUACUCCAUUGUUAAUGCUUGUUGCCCCAAAACCAGUUGGAGAAUUGGAGAUUUAAAAGAAGGAAACUUGUAUUGCUUCAGAGUUUUAGCUGAAAACGAAUACGGUGUUGGUCUUCCAGUAGAGACACCAGAGGCUAUCAAAGUCUCAGAGAGGCCUCUUCCUCCUGGUAAAGUCACUCUAAAGGGAGUAACUGGCAACAGUGUAACACUAUCUUGGGAAAAGCCAGACCAUGAUGGAGGAAGCAGAAUCACUGGUUAUAUUGUUGAAAUGCAAGGAAAAAAUAGUGAAAAAUGGACCCAAGUAAUGACUGUUAAAGUAACAGAGGCAGUUGUUGUUGGUCUGACACGAGGUGAAGAAUACUCAUUCCGUAUCUCUGCAAUUAAUGAAAAGGGUAGCAGUGAUCCGCGUCCACUAAGUGUCCCUGUGGUUGCUAUGGAUGUUGUAAUUACUCCUUGCUUCAAACAUUUAUUCAGCACAUACAGCGUUUUGGCAGGUGAUGAUCUUAAGAUUGAUGUGCCUUAUGUUGCUCAGCCAAAGGCUGCAGUCACCUGGCAUAAAGAUGGCAUUGCUCUGAAAGAGACAACAAGAGUAAAUGCUGAAGUAACAGAGAAACAUCUUCACCUUGUGAUAAAGGAGGCCACACGAGAUGAUGUGGGCAAAUAUACUAUUAAACUGAUAAACCCAGUUGGUGAGGCUACAACAGAUAUCAGUGUUAUUGUACUUGAUAAACCUGGCCCUCCAACUGGACCAAUCAAAAUAGAUGAGGUAACUGCAGAUAGUGUUACUCUUUCAUGGCAGCCUCCAGAGUAUGAAGGCGGAUGUUCCAUUAAUAACUACAUUGUGGAAAAGAGAGACACGUCUACAACAAACUGGCAGAUUGUGUCUGCAACAGUAGCUAGAACAACAAUUAAAGCUGCAAGAUUGAAAACUGGCUGUGAGUAUCAGUUUAGGGUUGCUGCUGAAAAUCGAUAUGGAAAGAGUUCAGUUCUUCUUUCUGAGUCUGUUGUUGCACAAUAUCCCUUUGAGGUCCCAAGUCCACCUGGAACUCCUUCUGUACAAUCUGCCACCAAAGAAAGUAUGGUAAUUGUGUGGAACAAACCUAACGAUGGUGGAAGCAAGAUUUUAGGAUACCACAUUGAGACUAAGGAAAGAAAUAGCCUCUUGUGGGUGAAACAAAACAAAACAAUCAUUCCAGACACAAGAUUCAAGAUAGGUAACCUUGAAGAGGGCAUUGAAUAUGAAUUUAGAGUUUAUGCUGAAAAUAUAGUUGGUCUAAGUAAAGCAAGCAAAGUAUCAGAAAUCCAAGUGGCAAGAGAUCCUUGUGAUCCUCCAGGAAAACCUGAAGCAGCAAUUGUCACAAGAAGCUCUGUAACACUCAGAUGGACACCACCACAGUUUGAUGGUGGCAGCAAGAUCACUGGAUAUCUCAUUGAGAAGAAAGAGUUGCCCAGUGGCCGGUGGAUGAAGGCCACUUUUACUAAUAUUAUUGAGACUGAAUUUGUUGUGAGUGGCUUGGUAGAGGACCAGCGAUAUGAGUUCCGAAUCAUUGCAAGAAAUGCUGCAGGCGUGUCCAGUGGUCCAUCAGACAGUACAGGUGCAAUUACAGCAAAGGAUGAAGUUGAUCCACCGCUAAUUGACUUGGAUGCCAAAUAUUCUCAAACUAUUGUUGUUAAUGCUGGUGAAUCAUUCAAAAUUGAAGCAGGGAUACUUGGCAAACCUAUCCCUUCAGUGCAUUGGAUAAAAGCCCGUGACGAACUUUCAAAUACUGCUAGGCUUGAAAUCAAGAAUACUGACUUCACAACAACUCUCAGUAUAAAGGAGGCUAUUCGUGUUGAUGGAGGCCAGUAUACUUUGUUACUGAAAAAUGUUGGUGGAGAGAAAUCAGUAACUGUCAAUGUCAAGGUUCUAGACAGACCUGGGCCCCCAGAUGGCUCGAUUUCCAUCUAUGGAGUUACCAGUGAAAAAUGUUGCAUUGCUUGGAAAGCUCCAUUGCAUGACGGAGGAGCUGAGGUGUCUCAUUACAUUGUUGAAAGAAGAGAAACCAGCAGAUUAGUUUGGACUGUUGUGGAAUCUAAGGUGCAAACCCUUAAUCUCAAAAUCACAAAACUACUGCCUGGAAAUGAGUAUAUUUUCAGAGUGAUCCCUGUAAAUAAAUAUGGAAUUGGUGAGCCUCUUGAAUCGGAUGCAGUGAUUGCAGCAAAUCCAUUUGUACCACCUGAUGCACCAAGUAAUGUUGAAGUGUCAAAUAUAACAAAGGAUUCCAUGGUCAUUACAUGGGACAGACCCACUAGUGAUGGUGGCAACACAAUUUCAGGAUACAUUGUUGAAAAAAGAGACAAAGAAGGCAUUAGAUGGACAAGAUGCAACAAACGUGUAGUGAGUGAACUACGCUUUAGAGUUACAGGACUUCUUGAAAACCGAAGUUAUGAAUUCCGUGUGUCUGCUGAGAAUGCAGCUGGAGUUGGUAAACCAAGUCCACCCACAGUGUACUUCAAGGCAGUGGAUCCAGUCUUCAAGCCAGGUCCACCAAACAACCCUAAGGUUAUUGAUGUCUCAAGAUCAUCUGUUGUGCUGCAUUGGGGCAAACCUAUUUAUGAUGGCGGCUGUGAGAUUCAAAGCUAUAUCGUUGAGGCCUGUGAGGGCACCUCUGUUGAAUGGAUAAUGUGCACACCACCCUCAGGAAUAACAGAGACAAGAUUUGAAGUUAAAAAACUGCUUGAAAAACAUGAGUAUAAAUUCAGAAUAUGUGCAGUAAAUAAGGUUGGUGUCGGAGAAACUGCUGAUAUACCUGGGUCCAUUCUGUUAGAUGAUAAACUUGAGGCACCAGAUAUUGAUCUUGAUGCUGAUCUGAGAAAGAUGGUCACUGUUAGGGCUGGAGGGUCUCUUAGACUGUUUGUUCCUAUCCGUGGCCGACCCACUCCUGAAGUCAAGUGGGGAAAGGCUGAAGGUGAAAUCAAUGAGGCAGCACAAAUUGACAUUACCAGCAGUUACACUUCCCUUGUAAUUGAAAAUGUUAAUAGAUUUGACAGUGGAAAAUACACUUUAUCUCUGGAAAAUGCUAAUGGAACAAAAUCAGCAUUUAUUAGUGUCAGAGUAUUGGAUACUCCUGAUGCACCUGCCAACUUUAGAGUAAAGGAAAUAACAAAGAAUUCAGUCACUCUAACCUGGGAGCCACCUUUACUGGAUGGUGGUGCUAAAAUAAAGAAUUACAUUGUUGAAAAAAGAGAGAGUACAAGAAAAGUAUACUCUCCUGUUACUACCUGCAACAAGAUGACAUGGAAAAUUGAACCACUGCAAGAGGGAAGCAUAUUUUUCUUUAGAGUUCUUGCUGAAAAUGAAUAUGGUGUUGGAUUGCCUGCGAAGACCCUAGAACCAAUUAAAAUCUCAGAGGUGCCACAACCCCCUGGUAAAGUUUCUGUAGUGGAUGUUACACAGAAGAGUGUGUCUCUCACCUGGGAAAAACCAGAGUAUGAUGGAGGCAGCAGAAUUACCCACUAUGAAGUUGAAAUGCAGGCAAAGGAUCAGGAGAAAUGGUCUCUUUGUGCUCAAGUGAAAUCCCUUGAUACUGUUGUAACUAAUUUAGCCCAAGGUGGGGAGUACAAUUUCAGAAUCAUUGCAGUUAAUGAAAAAGGAAAGAGUGAUCCCAGACUCCUGGCAAAUCCUGUUGUUGCAAAAGACCUUACUAUUCAUCCCUCAGUGAGAACAAAGCUUAGUACCUACAAUGUACAGGUUGGGCAAGAUUUGAAAAUUGAAGCACGAAUUACUGGUCAUCCAAAACCAACCAUUACAUGGAACAAAGAUGGUUCCGCUCUGAAACAGACUACAAGAGUAAAUGUUGCUGACACUGCACAUCAUACCACCCUUAUCAUCAAAGAUGCAACAAGAGAAGAUUGUGGUAUGUAUAACAUUGCUGUGGCUAAUGUACUUGGUCAGGCGGAAGCCACUGUUGAAAUAAUUAUACUUGAGAAACCUGGCCCACCAACAGGCCCAGUCAGAAUUGAUGAAGUAAGUGCAGAGAGCAUAACACUGUCUUGGGACCCACCCACAUAUACUGGGGGCUGUCAGAUUUCAAAUUACGUUGUCCAAAAAAGAGAUACCACUACAACCAACUGGGUAGUUGUUUCUGCAACAGUGGCAAGGACUUCACUUAAAGUUGGAAAUUUGAAAACCGGUGCUGAAUACCAGUUCAGGAUUUUUGCUGAGAAUAGAUAUGGUAAAAGCUAUGGCAUUGACUCAGAACCAGUACUUGCUCAGUAUCCUUUCAAAGAGCCUGGGCCUCCAGGAACCCCGUUUGUGUCUACAUUUACAAAAGAAUCCAUGGUUGUUGAAUGGCACAGACCAGUUUCAGAUGGUGGAAGUGCCAUUUUAGGAUAUCACCUUGAGAGAAAAGAGAAGAAUAGCAUUCUUUGGACAAAGAUCAAUAAAACACUCAUUCAAGACACCAGAUAUAAAACAUCUUCACUGGAAGAGGGCAUUGAAUAUGAGUUCAGAUUGUAUGCUGAAAACAUAGUUGGAAUUGGAAAUUGCAGCAAAAUCUCUGAGGGUUGUGUGGCACGUGACCCCUGUGAUCCACCAGGCAAGCCUGUGCCAGUGAUUGUGACAAGGCACUCAGUAAAACUCAGAUGGACACCACCAGAAUAUGACGGAGGAAGUCUUGUCACUGGUUAUGUUGUGGAGAAACGAGACCUUCCAGAGGGUCGUUGGAUGAAAGCUAGUUUUACAAACAUUCUUGAAACUGAAUUUACAGUCACGGGUCUGACAGAAGACUGCAAAUAUGAUUUCAGAGUUAUUUCUAGAAAUGGAGCUGGAUCAAUCAGCAGACCCUCUGAGAGCACAGGCUCAAUUACAGCUAAGGAUGAAGUUGAACCACCCAACUAUGAGAUUUCCUCAGAGUACAGCCAAAUUUUGACACUGAAUGCAGGAGAAACAUUUACACUGGAAGCCUCUGUACAAGGAAAGCCAAUUCCAACAAUGCAGUGGUUUAAGGGUGAUGUGGAAGUUGAAAAUUCAGCAAGAGCAGAGAUUAAAAACACAGAUUUCCAAGCAAUUCUUGUUGUAAAAGAUGGCAUUAGAAUUGAUGGAGGACAGUACACAUUGCAUCUCACUAAUGUAGCUGGAACUAAAUCUGUUCCCUUCAAUGUCAAAGUACUUGAUAGACCUGGCCCUUCUGAAGGGCCUUUGACUGUCUCAGGUGUAACAUGUGAGAAAUGUUCAUUGUCAUGGCUACCUCCAAGGCAUGAUGGUGGCAGCAGUAUUUCCCAUUAUAUCAUACAGAAGAGAGAAACAAGUCGUCUUGCUUGGACUGUAGUUUCGAGUGAAUGUGCAGCAACAAUGUUUAAGGUUACAAAGCUUCUAAAAGGAAAUGAAUACAUCUUCCGUGUCAUGGCAGUCAACAAGUAUGGUGUUGGUGAACCACUUGAGUCUGCACCAGUAAUUAUGAGAAACCCUUUUGUUCCACCUGGGCCACCUAAAGACAUAGAAAUAACAAAUAUUUCAAGAGACUCAAUGACAGUGUGCUGGACUCGUCCUGACAGUGAUGGUGGCAGUGAGAUUGCUAAUUACAUCGUGGAAAAGAGAGACAGAGCUGGAGUCCGAUGGACAAAAUGUAACAAACGCAGAGUCACAGACUUGCGUUUCAGAGUCACAGGCUUGACAGAGGAUCAUGAAUAUGAGUUCAGGUUAUCUGCAGAGAAUGCUGGUGGUGUUGGGCAACCAAGUCCACCAACAAUUUAUUACAAAGCUUGCGAUCCAACAUUUAAGCCUGGUCCACCAACUAAUGCACACCUUGUUGACACUACAAAGAAUUCAGUCACCAUUGCAUGGAGUCGACCAAUAUAUGAUGGCGGUUUGGAAAUCCAGGGCUAUGUUGUUGAGAUAUGCAAAGCUGAUGAAGAAGAAUGGGUCACGUGUACUCCACCCUCUGGAUUAAAUGAUACCAAAUUUACAAUUACUAAACUCACUGAACAUCAAGAAUACAAAGUUAACAUAUGUGCCAUGAAUAAAUUGGGUGUUGGUGAGCCAGUAGCCAUCCAAGGAACUGUUAAACCAGUGGAUAAGAUGGAUGCCCCUGAAAUUGAGCUUGACUCUGAGUUGAGGAAAGGUAUUGUUGUGCAUGCUGGAGGAUCUAUGAAAAUAUGCAUACCUUUCAAGGGACGCCCUACUCCUGAAAUAAACUGGACUAAGGAUGAGGGAGAUUUACCAGAUAAGGCCCAAAUAGAAAAGGGACCAGAUUACAUUCAGCUAUCAAUCGAUAUAUGUGACAGAAAUGAUGCUGGAAAAUAUACUCUGACAUUAAAAAAUAAUGCUGGUACUAAGUCAGCGUUUGUCUCAGUAAAAGUACUGGAUACACCAGGUGCUCCACUGAACCUUGUAGUGAAAGAUGUAACAAGAAAUUAUGUCACCCUCGUUUGGGAGCCUCCACUCAUUGAUGGGGGUUCAAAAAUAAAAAAUUACAUAGUUGAUAAGCGUGAUUCCAAAAGAAAAGGAUUUAUAAACAUUACUACCAAGUGCACCAAGACUAGCCUCAGAGUUGGUGAUCUUACUGAGGGUGAUAUUUAUUAUUUCAGAGUCAUGGCAGAAAAUGAGUUUGGAGUUGGUUUGCCUGUGGAAACAGAAGAAUCUGAAAAGACAGCAGAUCCUCCUUUGUCUGUUGGUAAGGUCACUUUGACUGAUGUUACAAAAACCACAGCAUCACUCUCUUGGGAUAAACCAGAUCACGAUGGUGGAAGUAGAAUCUUAGGUUAUUAUAUUGAGAUGCAGCCAAAAGGAACAGAAGAGUGGACAGUAGCUGCAGUCACCAAGACAUGUGAGGGUACAGUCACAGGACUCAGUUCAGGACAAGAGUAUCUCUUCAGAAUUGUAGCCUUCAACGACAAGGGAAGAAGUGAUCCAAGACCAUUAGCAGCUCAUGUGAUUGCUAAAGACAUAACUAUUGAACCAAGCCUCACAUUACUCUUUAACACAUACAGUGUUCAAGCUGGUGAAGAUCUUAAAGUGGAAAUACCAUUCAAAGGACGUCCAACACCAAAGAUUGCAUGGUCAAAAGAUGGACAAGCACUGAAAGAGACAACCAGAUUAAAUGUCUCAAGCACUCCAAAAUUAUCAGUUCUUAAAAUUAAAGAUGCUAACAGAGAGGAUUCUGGAAAAUACACAAUUACGGCGACAAACAAUGUGGGUACAGUCACAGAAGAGAUUGGCAUAAUCAUCCUAGACAAACCUGGCCCACCAGUUGGACCAGUUAAAAUUGAUGAAGUAAGUGCCACGUAUGUUACCCUCUCUUGGGAGCCACCAGUAUACACAGGUGGUUGUCAGAUAAACAACUACAUUGUGGAAAAACGUGAUACAACCACUACCAACUGGCAGAUUGUAUCAGCAACCAUUGCUCGAACCACAAUCAAGAUAUCUAAACUGAAGACUGGUUCUGAAUAUCAGUUCAGAGUGUUUGCUGAGAAUAGAUAUGGAAAGAGUACAUCACUGGAUUCAAUACCAGUUAUUGUCAGUUAUCCCUUCACUGAGCCUGCAGCUCCAAGUGCAGCAUUUGUUUCAUCAGUGACAAAAGACCACAUGGUAAUUGAAUGGAAACCCCCCAGCAAUAAUGGGGGAAGCCCUGUCAUUGGAUAUCACCUAGAGCGCAAGGAAAAGAACAGCAUAUUAUGGACAAAACUUAACAAGCUCCUUAUCACUGACACUCGAUUGAGAACAAAUGGUCUGGAGGAAGGAAUCGAAUAUGAAUACAGGGUAUAUGCUGAAAAUAUUGCAGGAAUCAGUCCACCAAGCAAAGUCUCAGAAAGUGUUGUUGCACGUGAUCCAUGUGAAUCCCCAGGAACUCCUGAGGCCAUUGUUAUUACAAGAAACCUAAUAACUCUUCAAUGGGAUAAACCACAGUAUGAUGGUGGCAGUGCAAUCACAGGAUACAUCAUUGAAAGGAAGAAACUGCCUGAAGGACGUUGGAUGAAAGCCAGUUUUACAAACAUUAUAGACACACAAUUUACAAUAACUGGACUAGAAGAAGAACAAAGAUAUGAGUUCAGAGUAAUUGCCCGAAAUGCAGCUGGUAUUUUAAGUGUACCCUCUGAAAGCACUGGACCAAUUACUGCUCAGGAUGAGAUUGAAGCUCCAUCAGUCUCCAUGGAUUCCAGAUUUAAAGAUGUCAUGAUUGUAAAAGCAGAUGAGACCUUUACUAUUGAUGCUGACAUUGCUGGUAAACCUCUGCCUGCUAUUAUGUGGCUUAAGGAUGGAAAGGAAAUUGACAGUGCCACACCCAGAAUGGAGAUUAAAUCCACCAUCACACAGACAGUUCUUACUGUCAAGGACUGCAUCAGAGUGGACGGUGGUCAUUUCGUCUUAAGUCUAAGUAAUGUUGGUGGAACAAAGCAGGUACCCAUUAAUGUCAAGGUUCUUGAUAGACCUGGUCCACCUGAUGGCCCAAUGAAAGUAACUGGUGUCACAGCAGAAAAAUGUUAUUUGCACUGGAGUCACCCAUCACAUGAUGGUGGAGCUAGUAUUUCUCACUACAUUAUUGAAAAAAGGGAAACUAGCAGAUUGUCUUGGACAGUAGUGGAACCCAAAAUUCAAGCAAUCAGUUACAAAGUCACCAAACUCUUACCUGGUAAUGAGUAUAUAUUUAGGGUUAGGGCUGUCAACAAGUAUGGCAUUGGUGAGCCACUUGAAUCUGAUCAUGUCCUUGCAAAAAAUCCUUUCAACACACCUAGUCCACCUUCAACUCCAGAAGCAAGUGCAAUCACUAGAGAUUCAAUCGUCCUGACAUGGGAGCGGCCAGAGGAUGAUGGUGGAUCACAAAUCGAUGGUUAUGUACUUGAGAAACGUGAUAAAGAGGGUAUUCGAUGGACUAAGUGCAACAAGAAAAGACUAAAUGACUUGCGUUUCAGAGUCACUGGGCUGACAGAGGGACAUUCUUAUGAAUUUAGAGUCUCUGCUGAGAAUGCUGCUGGUGUCAGCAAACCAAGUGAACCGUCUGAAUAUUACAAAGCUUGCGAUGCAAUUUAUCCGCCUGGUCCUCCUAACAAUCCUAAAGUGACAGACCAUUCAAGCACAACUGUUUCCUUGGCAUGGAGCAGACCAAUUUAUGAUGGUGGAGCACCAGUCUCAGGAUACAUUGUUGAGAUGAAGGAAGCUAAUGAAGAUGACUGGACUGGGUGCACUCCACCAACUGGUGUGCAAACACCUCAUUUCACUGUCAAGAAACUAAAAGAAAAUGCAGAAUAUAACUUCCGUAUUUGUGCAAUUAAUAUCGAGGGGGCUGGAGAGCAUGUUGAUGUCCCAGGGUCUGUAAUUGCAUCUGAAAAACUUGAAGCUCCUGAGAUAGAACUUGAUGCAGAUCUUAGAAAAUGUGUAACUGUGCGUGCUAGUGCAACACUUCGCUUAUUUGUUACCAUAAGGGGAAAGCCUGACCCUGAGGUUAAGUGGAAAAAGGCAGAUGGCACCUUAACAGAGCGUGCUCAAAUAGAAGCUACAAGCUCUUACACAAUGCUUGUCAUUGACAGUGUUAACCGAUUUGACACUGGCAAAUAUGUUUUGACUCUUGAAAACAAUAUUGGCACAAAAUCUGCCUUUAUUAAUGUAAAAGUCCUUGACUCUCCAAGUGCUCCAGUGAACUUUGAAGUUAAGGAUGUAAAGAGAGAUUCAGUCCAGCUGUCGUGGGAGCCUCCACAAAUUGAUGGUGGAGCCAAGAUCACGCAUUACAUUGUGGAGAAACGGGAAUCUAAAAGAAUGGCAUUCACAACUUUGACAAAUAACUGUGUAAGGAAUUCAUUCAAGGUUGAUGAUCUACAGGAAGGAGGUCUUUACCACUUCCGUGUAUUGGCUGUAAAUGAACUUGGAGUUGGUCUGCCUGCUGAGACCACAGAGGCAGUCAAAGUCUCUCAAGCACCCCUACCACCUGGAAAAAUUUCCGUAGUUGAUGUAACCCGCCACAGUGUUACUCUUUCAUGGGAAAGACCUGAUCAUGAUGGUGGCAGCAAAAUCACAGGCUACACUGUGGAAAUGUUGACUAAAGGAUCAGAUAAAUGGACUGUAUGUGCUACAGUAAAAGCGCUGGAAGCUAAAAUUGAAGGACUUACAACAAGGGAGGAAUAUAGCUUUAGAGUUACAGCUCUUAAUGACAAAGGAAAAAGUGAUCCUAAACCACUUGGAGCACCUGUUGUGGCAAAAGAUAUUACUAUGGAACCCAUUAUUAAUUUGUCAUUGAACACAUACAGUGUUAAAGCUGGAGAUGAUCUCAAAAUAGAUGUUCCAUUCAGAGGCAGGCCUCAGCCAGAGGUCACAUGGAAAAAGGAUGGUCAUUUAUUGAAGCAAACAACAAGAGUAAAUGUUCUGACAUCAAAGACAUCAUCUAAGAUUGUCAUCAAGGAUGCAACAAGGGAGGAUGUAGGAAAAUAUGAAAUAACAUUAACCAAUUCAAUUGGUGUUAAAUCAGCAGAAAUAUCUGUCAUUGUUCUUGAUAAACCAGGUCCACCAGGUUCAAUCAGAAUAGAUGAAGUAAGUGCUGAUUUUAUUUCAUUAUCAUGGGACCCUCCUAUUUAUGAUGGUGGCUGUCAAAUUAAUAAUUAUGUGGUUGAGAAGAGAGAUACGACCACUACAACAUGGCAAAUCGUUUCAGCGACAGUUGCACGAACAUCAAUCAAAGUCAUUCGUUUGACACAAGGAACAGAAUAUCAAUUCCGUAUUGCUGCAGAGAAUCGUUAUGGUAAAAGCCACGCUGUUGACUCUUCCCCAGUAGUUGCACAGUAUGCCUUUACACCCCCAAGCCCUCCAACCAGUCUUCAAGUUUCUCAUGCCACUAAAUUGGGAAUGUUAGUAACAUGGAACAGACCAGCAAGUGAUGGUGGAAGUCCAGUCAUUGGCUAUCACUUGGAAUGCAAGGACCAAAGUAGUAUUCUCUGGACAAAGAUGAACAGAGGUCUUAUUACAGAAAGUCAGUUCAAAGUAACAGGCUUGGAGGAAGGUCUUUACUAUCAGUACAGAGUAUAUUCAGAGAAUUUAGCUGGAAUUGGACCCUGCACAAAGGCAUGUGAUCCUGUUGCUGCUAGAGAUCCAUGUGAUGCUCCAGGUCAGCCAAUAGUUAUGGACAUAACAAGAACAUCUGUUUCUUUGUCCUGGAAUAAACCUGAGUACGAUGGUGGGGCCAAGGUGACUGGUUACAUUGUUGAAAGAAAAGACCUUCCAGAUGGCCGGUGGUUAAAAUGUAAUUUCACCAACCUUCAGGAAACAUUCUUUGAUGUGACUGGCCUGAUUGAAGAUCAAAGAUAUGAUUUCCGUGUUAUUGCAAAGAAUGCAGCUGGUUUACUAAGUGAGCCAUCAGAGGGUACCGGACCUGUAACUGUAAAAGAUGAUGUUGAUCCACCACGCAUUACAAUUGAAGAUAAGCUAAGACAAUUGGUCAUAGUGAAAGCUGGAGAUAUACUUAGAAUUGAUGCUGAAAUUUCUGGGCGUCCAAUUCCUGUGAUAUCAUGGGCAAAGGAUGGGAAAGAAAUUGAAGCUAAAGCCAGAGUUGAGAUUUCUUCAACACUCACUAGUACAACAUUGAUUGUAAGAGAUGCAAUUAGACGAGACUCGGGACAAUAUGUUCUAACAUUACAGAAUGUUGCUGGCACCAGAUCUUUAGCAGUGAACUGUAAGGUCCUGGACAGACCUGGUCCGUCAUCUGGGCCUCUGGAAGUAACUGGUUUAACUGCAGAGAAAUGUACAUUAACAUGGGGACCACCUCAAGAGAAUGGAGGUGCUGAAAUUCAGCACUACAUCGUUGAGAAACGUGAGACAAGUCGUCUUGCCUGGACAUUGGUCUAUGCAGACAUGAAGGCCACAACAUGUAAAGUAACAAAACUGCUCAAAGGUAAUGAAUACAUAUUUAGAGUUCGCGGAGUUAACAAAUAUGGAACCGGUGAAGUUUUGGAGAGCAAUCCUGUAAAGGCAAUGGAUCCAUUUACAGUACCUGCUGCACCAACAAAUGUUGAAGUCACCAGUGUAGCAAGUGAAGCAAUGACAAUCUGCUGGGAAAGGCCUGUGUCUGAUGGAGGAAGUAGCAUUUCUGGCUAUGUAAUUGAAAAACGUGAGAAAUCUGGUCUUCGUUGGGUCCGUGUCAACAAAAAGCCUGUUUAUGACUUAAGAGUCAAAGCUUCAAAUCUUCGUGAAGGAUGUGAAUAUGAAUACAGAGUCUUUGCAGAGAAUGCUGCUGGUUUGAGUGCACCAAGUGUGCCUUGCCCACUUACAAAGGCAGAGGAUCCAUUGUUCCUGCCAUCACCUCCAGCUAAACCCAAAAUAAUUGAUUCUUCCAAAACAUCAAUAACACUAUCUUGGAUCAAACCACUGUUUGAUGGUGGCUCUCCAGUUACAGGUUAUAUGGUAGAAUACAGAAACACCAAUGAUGAAGACUGGACAGUUGGUGUUAAUAACACUACAAGCACAGAGUUCACAGUGGUGGGACUCACUUCAGGGGCAGAAUAUGUCUUUGUUGUUAAAUCAAUUAACAAGAUUGGCCCAAGUGAACAAAGCCCUGAAACUGAUCCACAGAUUGCAAAGGACAGAGAAGAUGAGCCAGUUUUCCUCAUCAGUAAUGAAAUGAGGAAGACACUGACUGUCAAAGAUGGCAGUUCAUUUACCCUUAGAGUGCCAUUCAAGGGUAAGCCUGUACCACAUGUAAUGUGGAACAAACCAGAUGUUGAUUUGAGAGUGCGGGCAACUAUUGAUACCACGGAUACCUGCACAUCUGUUACAAUUGAGCAAGCAACAAGAGAUGACUCAGGAAAAUACACAGUAACCCUCCAAAAUGUUGCUGGGACUGCUACACUGACAUUAAGUGUUAAAGUCCUUGAUUCUCCAGGACCACCAGCACGUCUUGAAGUAAAGGAAGUCACCAGGAGCUCGGCAACUAUUACAUGGGACAUCCCUGAAAAUGAGGGUGGUGCUCCAGUCAAGAACUACCUUGUUGAUCUCCGUGAGACAACUAAAAUGGGAUGGACUAGAGUCACAGACAGUUGCCCCCGACUGACUUAUAAAGUAAAUGAUCUUCAAGAAGGAUGUGUUUACUAUUUCAGAGUAACUGGCGAAAAUGAGUACGGUAUAGGAGUGCCACUUGAGACCAAAGAAGGAACCAAGAUUACAGAAAAACCAAGUCCACCACCCAAGCUUGGAGUCACUGACGUCACAAAAGACUGUGUCUCACUUGCAUGGCUUAAACCAGAGCAUGAUGGAGGUAGCAGAAUUACAAACUACCUAGUUGAGGCCCUUGAGAAAGGACAAGAAAAGUGGAUAAAGUGUGGCUCAACCAAAUCAACUAAUUUUGUUGUCUAUGGAUUGAGAGAGAAUGCAGAGUACUACUUCAGAGUGCGGGCUGAAAACCAUGCUGGACUUAGUGAUCCCAAGGACAUGGUUUUACCUGUGCUUGUAAAGGACCAACUAGAGGCACCUGAGAUUAUCAUGAAGGACUUCCAACGCAACACUGCCUAUGUUAAGGCAGGUUCAAAUCUUAAGAUUGAGAUCCCUCUCACUGGUAAACCACUACCAAAAGUAUCUCUUUCUAAGGAUGGACAGGUUUUGAAAUCAACCAUGAGAUUCAACUCUGAGGUCAUGGCUGACUCGCUUAUCAUCACUUUGCGUGAGAGUGUUGCUUUGGAUGCAGGCAGAUAUGAUAUCACAGCCUCCAACUCCUGUGGAACCACAAAAUCCUUUGUGAAUAUUGUGGUCCUUGACAGACCAAGUCCCCCAGUUGGCCCUGUUGAAAUGUGUGAUGUUACAGAAGACAGUGUGAGUCUGAAGUGGUUGCCUCCCACAUAUGAUGGUGGUAGCCCAAUCACCAACUAUAUUGUUCUCAAACGUGAGACCACUACUGCAAAUUGGAUAGAAGUAUCAUCUGCUGUUGCAAGAUGCACAAUCAAGAUCAUGAAGCUAAUUACAGGUGUUGAGUACCAGUUCAGGAUCAGGGCUGAGAAUCGCUUUGGCAUCAGUGAUCAUAUUGAUUCACCAAUUGUUAAUGUCAGUCUUCCAUACACAAUUCCCCUGGAACCUUCACAACCAUGGGUGACAGCUGUAACAAAGGAAAGUAUUACUGUUAGCUGGAAGGAGCCAUCUUCAGAUGGUGGAAGCAGUGUCUUUGGAUACCAUCUUCAGAUGAAAGACAGAAACAGCAUUCUUUGGCAGAAAGUUAACAAAACCGUUAUCCGUGCAACACACUUCAAAGUAACAAACGUGAGCCAUGGGCUAAUCUAUGAAUUCAAGGUUUCUGCUGAAAAUGCUGCUGGUAUUGGUCAAGUCAGCAAGCUCUCAGAUCCUGUACUUGCAAUUGAUGCUUGUGAGCCUCCAAACAAUCUUAGAGUCACUGAUAUCACGAAGAGUUCAAUUAGUCUUGCCUGGCAGAAACCGUCAUUUGAUGGAGGAAGCAAAAUUACUGGAUAUUUAAUUGAAAGAAAAGACUCUCCAAAAGGCAGAUGGUCAAAAGCUAAUUUGACAAAUGUUGCUGACACAAAGUAUUCAGUAACAGGCUUGACUCAGAAUGAAUCCUACGAAUUCAGAGUCUUGGCUAAGAAUGCAGUUGGCUCCAUUAGUAACCCGUCAUCAACUGUUGGACCAGUAACAUGCAUGGACACAUAUGGUGCCCCUGAGAUUGUACUUCCCCAAGAAUAUCUUGAUGUUGUCAAAUACAAAGCAGGAUCUAACAUUGAUCUUAAAGUGGGUAUUAAUGCUAAACCUCAACCAACUAUUGAAUGGUACAAGGAUGGAAAAGAGCUUGAGCCUGGAGCUCAGAUUUCCAUCUCCAGCACCUCUGACUCUGCAUGCAUCUCAGUCAAGGAUGCCACACGUUUGAAUACCGGAACAUAUGAACUCAAGAUCAAGAACUCUUUAGGCUCAGCGUAUUGUGCUAUCAGAGUACUUGUUCAAGACAAACCGGGACCUCCUGCUGGAGAGAUACAGUUCAAGAAAAUCACUGCAGAUACUAUAACGAUCAUGUGGGAUCCUCCAGCUGAUGAAGGUGGUGCAAUGGUGACACAUUACAUUGUCGAGAAACGUGAGACAAGCAGAAUUAUGUGGUCUAUAAUCUCAGAAAAGCUCGAAGAAUGCAUUGUAACUGUCCAAAGGCUUAUUAAGGGCAAUGAAUACAUAUUCCGUCUUCGUGGUGUAAACAAAUAUGGAGUUGGAGAUCCUCUGGAAUCAAGACCAGUUAUUGCCCAGAAUUCCUUCGUUCCUCCUAGUCAUCCCUCUAAACCUCAAGUCACAAUGAUAACCAAGUCAACAAUGACUGUGGUAUGGGAAAGACCAAGUUUGGAUGGUGGAAGUGAUAUCGAUGGGUAUUACUUGGAGAAACGGGAAAAGAAGAGUCUACAGUGGUUCAAGGUUAUUAAAGAUCCAAUUCGUGAUACCAGACAGAAGGUUAGCAACCUCACAGAGGAAAAUGAAUAUCAGUAUCGUGUCUGUGCAAUCAACAAAGCUGGAGCAGGCCCAUAUUCUGAUACAUCCAUCUUUUAUAAAGCUUAUGACCCUAUUGACCCACCAAGUGAGCCAACAAAACUCAGAGUUGUUGAUUCAACAAAGACAUCUAUAACCCUUGGCUGGGUGAAGCCUGUCUAUGAUGGUGGCAGUGAAAUCACAAGCUACAUUGUUGAGCAAAAAAUAGCUGACGAAAUGGAAUGGGUCACUAUAAGCACUAAAGGUGAAGUGAGGACAACUGAAUUUGUGGUGUCCCACCUAAAACCUGGAGUGUACUAUUUCUUCCAUGUCUCAGCUGUUAACUGUGUUGGAGCCGGACGGCCAAUUGAGAUGAUGCAGCCUGUGCAAGCCAAAGAUAUUCUGGAGGAGGCUGAUGUUGAUCUUGACAUCUCAAUGUCAACUCAGUAUGUAGCAAAGGCUGGCAGAGAUGUGGAAAUUGUCAUUCCUCUUAAGGGUAGGCCUGCUCCGAAUGUAACAUGGAGAAAGGGGGACAGGAACAUCAGUAGCGACACAAGAUAUAACAUCAAAAACACUGAAUAUUCAACUACUCUCAUCAUUCCCAAAGUCACCAGGGAUGAUACAGGCAAAUAUUUUCUUGAGAUUGAAAAUGGAGUCGGAGAGCCAAAAACAAUUACAGUGUCUGUUAAAGUACUGGACACACCAUCUGCUUGCAAUAAGUUGAUUGUGAAGAAUGUGACACGAGGUAAACUCACUCUGAGCUGGGAACCACCUUUUAUUGAUGGUGGCUCUCCAAUCACAAAUUACAUUGUUGAGAAGAAAGAUGCUAAAUUGAAGGCAUUCACUGUUGUGACAAAUGAAUGUGCCAAUACAACAUACAAAGUUGAUGGUCUGGCUGAUGAAAUUUCUUAUUUCUUCCGCGUUUCUGCUGAAAAUGAAUACGGUGUUGGUGAUUCUUGUGAGACUGUACAACCUGUCAGAGCAACUGAAAUGCCAGGUCCUGUAAAAGAUCUUGUGUUGGUUGACUCAUCUAAUACAUCUGUAACUCUGGCUUGGACAAAGCCUGAUCACGAUGGUGGCAGCCACAUUUCAGAGUACAUUGUUGAAAAGAAAACAAAGGAAGAAGAGACUUGGAGCAUUGGAGGCACAUGUAGACGUUGCCAGUGUGAAGUGACACAUCUUAAAGAGCUCUCAGAAGUCAUCUUUAGAGUGUUUGCCCAAAAUGAAAAGGGUCGCAGUGAUUUCUCUCAAAUUGGACCGAUCACUGUAAAGGACUUUAUUAUACCACCUGAGGCCAACCUUAUUGACUAUCCAAAUGGGGAAUUAAGUGUUCGCAUUGGACAAAAUGUGAAUAUCGAUUUGUCAUACAAGGGUAAACCUAGGCCAGCUAUUCAGUGGAUGAAAGAUGAUGUAGUGCUCAAAGAAAGUGAACAAGUUCGUUUCAGGCAAACGGAGAACAAAGCAAGUCUAAUUGUAAGAAAUUCCAGAAAGGAAAAUGCAGGAAAAUACACAUUGGUCCUUGAUAACAAACUUGUCAAGUCUUUCUUCGACGUCAAAGUAAUAACACUCGGGCCACCAUCUGUGCCUGUAGGCCCAAUACGUUUUUAUGAAAUUAAAGCUCAGAGUAUUAUCAUUUCAUGGGAUGAACCACAGGAAGAUGGUGGAGGAGAGAUCACUUGCUACAGUGUCGAAAAGCGAGAGACAUCCCAAGCAGCAUGGAAAAUGGUUUGCUCCAGUGUUGUCAGGACCACAUUCAAAAUACCCAAUUUGGUUAAGGGUACUGAAUACCAAUUUAGAGUGCGUGCUGAGAACAAAUAUGGAGUAAGCGAGCCUCUCAACUCAUCAGAUGUGGUUGCUCAACACCAAUAUAAGCCACCAGGUCCUCCAGGGAAACCUGUGGUAUACAACGUUACAAGUGAUGGCAUGACUGUUCAGUGGGAUGCCCCAAGCUUUGAUGGUGGUUCACCAGUCACGGGAUACCAUCUUGAGAAAAAAGACAGGAACAGCUUACUGUGGACAAAAGUAAACUCCAAUGUAAUUUCCGGAAGAGAAUACAGAGUCAUUGGACUUAUUGAAGGUCUGGAGUAUUCAUUCAGAGUUUAUGCAGAGAACAAUGCAGGCAUGAGUCUAGUCAGUGAGCAGAGCAAGCAUAAACUGGCAAUUUCCCCUGUUGAUCCUCCUGGCACACCUAACUGCAUUGAUGUUACCAGAGACUCUGUAACACUUCAGUGGGUACCACCUAAACGGGAUGGAGGCAGUAGGAUUGUGGCAUACAGUGUGGAAAGGCGUCAGGGAAGAGGUCGUUGGCUAAGAUGCAAUUUUAUUGAUGUCAGUGAAUGCCAGUUUACUGUAACAGGCCUUGCUGCAGGCGACCGCUUUGAAUUCAGGGUAAUUGCCAGGAAUGCUGUUGGAACAGUUAGUCCACCUUCUCAGUCAUCUGGCUACAUCAUGACCAAAGAUGAAAGUGUUAUUCCUGAGAUUGAGUUUGCAGCCGAGAAGACCCUCACCAUUAAGGCAGGAGAAAACAUUAAACUCAACUGCAGUAUAAGUGGCCGUCCUGUACCUCAAGUGAUUUGGUAUAAGGAUGGAAAGGAAGUUGACAAGAUGCUGGUGGACAUCACAACUGUUAUUGGAUCAAGCUCACUCUUCAUCCGAGAUGCUGACCGCAAUGAUCGUGGUAUCUACACAGUUGAGGCCAAGAACAGUUCAGGCACAACAAAAGUGGAUGUUCUGGUCAGAGUACAAGAUACCCCUGGACCACCUGAGGGCCCACUGCGCUUCACUAAUAUAUCUACUGAGAAAGCAACUCUUUGGUGGAGCCCACCUGAAAAUGAUGGCUGUGCACCUAUCACUCAUUAUGUGAUUGAGAAGCGUGAGACAUCCAGAAUUUCAUGGGCACUUGUAACAUCCAAGUGUGAAGCCUGCUCUUUCAACGCCACAAAACUGAUUAAAGGCAACGAAUAUCAGUUCCGUGUGUCGGCUGUCAAUAAAGUUGGUGUGGGCAAGCCACUAGAGUCAGAUCCAAUCAUAGCUCAGAUGCAAUACACGGUACCAGAGGCUCCCGGGACACCUGAUUGCACACAUGUGACAGGAAACAGUAUUACUCUAUGCUGGACAAGACCAAGACAUGAUGGUGGAAAUGAGAUCAAGCAAUACAUUCUUGAAAGGCGAGAGAAGAAGAGUUUAAGAUGGGUGAAGGUUUCAGCAAAGAGACCAAUAACUGAGCUUAGGCAUAGAGUAACAAAUCUUACAGAAGGUAAUGAAUAUGAGUUCCGUGUUAUGGCUGAAAAUGGUGCUGGAAUUGGACCUGCAAGUGGAACGUCGAGAUUGUUCAAGUGCAGAGAGCCAACAAGUGAACCCAGUGCUCCAACUGCUGUAAAGGUCAUUGAUUCCACCAAGACAUCUGUUACCCUGGAAUGGACCAAACCUGUGUUUGAUGGUGGUUUGGAAAUCAUUGGUUACAUUAUUGAGAUGUGCAAGGCAAGCCUUGAGGAAUGGCACCGAGUCAACAACCAGACAUGUAUCCAUACCAAGUACACAGUAACAGAUUUAGAACCUGGUGAGGAGUAUAAAUUCCGUGUGUGUGCAGUCAAUGGUGCUGGAAAGGGAGAAACCUCUGAGACACCAAAUGUAGUACAAACAGUUGAUCGUCUGACAUCACCAGAAAUAGAUAUAGAUGCAGACUUCAAGCAGACACAUGUUGUGAAGAAUGGCGGAACAGUCACUCUUCACAUUCCCUUCCAUGGAAAACCAGCCCCCCUUGCCACAUGGACAAAAGCAGAUGGAGAGCUUGGUGUAAUGGCAGAUAUCAAUACUACAGAAACAUUCAGCACUUUGACGAUUGAGAAUUGCAUCAGGUAUGAUGCUGGCAAGUAUACGCUGUCUCUUGAAAACAACAGUGGCCGUAAAUCUAUUACAUUAACAGUAAAAGUGUUGGACACACCUGGGCCACCAGGGCCUCUCUCAUUCAAAGAUGUGACAAGAGGUGCUCUCACACUCAUGUGGGAUGCCCCAACUAAUGAUGGGGGUGCUCGUGUCCAUCACUACAUUGUUGAGAAGCGAGAAGCGAGUCGCUUGAGUUGGCAAGAAGUCAGUGAAAAGUGCACACGCCAAAUCUUGAGAGUGACCAACCUUGCUGCAGGUGUAGCAUACUUCUUUAGAGUUACUGCUGAAAAUCAGUAUGGCAAAGGUGAACCAUAUGAAAUGACAGAACCUAUUAUAGCCACAGAAGAGCCUGCACCACCCAAGCGACUGGACAUCAUUGAUACUACAUCCUCAACUGCCACCUUAGUAUGGAUGAAGCCUGAGCAUGAUGGUGGAAGCCGCAUUACUGGGUACAUUGUUGAGACUAGAAAGAAAGGCUCUGACCAUUGGGUUGUUGGUGGUCAAACCAAAUCUUUGAAAAUGGUUCUCGAAGGCUUGGUUGAGGGCACAGAAUAUGAGUUCCGCAUCAAAGCCCAGAAUGAAGCUGGUGUUAGUCACCCACGAGAUGCCUUAGCCUCUGUAAUUAUAAAGGAACCUCGUAUAGAGCCAACAGCAGAUCUUAGCAGCAUUGAUAAACAGCUCAUCUCUUGCAAAACUGGAAAUUCCUUUACCAUUGAUAUUCCAAUCAGUGGCAGACCAGUCCCCAAGGUCACAUGGAAACUUGAAGAGAUGAAACUCAAAGAAACCGACAGAAUAUCAAUUAAAACCUCAAAAGACAGAACCACUUUAUUGGUUAAGGAUGCCAAGAGAGGUGACAGCGGAAAGUAUUAUCUCACUCUUGAGAAUGCAGCUGGAUCAAAGACGUUCACAGUUACCGUCAUUGUCAUUGGAAGACCAAGCCAACCAACUGGACCUGUUGAAAUUUCUGGAAUCUCAUCUGAAUCCUGUGUAUUAAAUUGGGGAGAACCUGCAGAUGAUGGUGGGACGGACAUCACCAAUUAUAUUGUUGAGAAACGGGAAUCUGGAUCCACAACAUGGCAGGUUGUAAAUUCAAGUGUGAAACGGACCACUAUAAAAGUAACUCAUCUGACCAAGUACAUGGAGUACACGUUUAGAGUCUCUGCUGAAAACAAAUUUGGUGUUAGCAAGUCGAUCGAUUCUCAAGCUAUUGUUGCUGAGCAUCCAUUUGUCUCACCAAGCCCACCAACUCGCCCAGAUGUAGUUUCAGUGUCUGCUAACGCCAUUUCUAUUCGCUGGGAUGUGCCAUAUCAUGAUGGUGGAAGCAAAGUAACUGGAUACUUGAUUGAGAAGAAAGAGCGUAAUACCAUCCUGUGGGUGAGGGAGAACAAGAUUCCUUGCCUUGAAUGUCACUACAAGGUCUCCAAUCUUAUCGAAGGCCUUGAGUACCAGUUCAGAGCAUAUGCAAUGAACAUUGCUGGUCUGAGUAAAGCAAGUGAACCAUCAAGACCAGUACUGGCUCUAAAUCCAGUUGAUCCACCUGGCAAACCAGAGGUUUAUGAUGUAACAAAAACCUCAGUGUCUAUUAGAUGGUCUGUGCCAUUCAAUGAUGGUGGCAGUAAGAUUGUUGGAUAUGUUGUUGAACGCAAAGCUACCAGUGAUGAUAAUGAAGCUCGCUGGUUAAAGUGCAACUACACUACAAUCACAGAAAAUGUCUUCACCAUUACAUCACUUAGUGAGGGAAAAGCCUAUGAGUUCUGUGUUAUUGCCAAAAAUGGUGCUGGAGUCCACAGCAUGCCAUCAGAGUCGACAGGACCCAUUACAUGCAAAGAUGAAUAUACUCCACCAAAGGCUGAGCUGGACAGCAAACUUGUGGGUGAGACUAUCACUAUCAGAGCUGAAGCAGACCUUGUUCUUGAUGCUGCAGUUGGUGGAAAACCAGAGCCCAAGGUUUUCUGGUCCAAGGGUGAUAAAGAGCUAGAGCUUGGAGAGAAAUACUCACUAACCUACACCAGUACAAGAGCAAUGGCCAUCAUUAAGUCAUGCGAUAGAAAUGAUACUGGAAAAUACAUCCUCACUGUGAAAAAUGCUAGUGGAAUCAAAACUGCUGCUGUCAAUGUUAAAGUGCUUGAUACACCUGGACCACCUGAGGGUGCAAUCACAAUUAGCAGGGUGACAGAAGAAAAAUGUACAGUUUCCUGGAAUAUUCCUCUGGAGGAUGGUGGAGAUACUGUCACUCAUUAUAUUGUUGAGAGACGCGAGACCAGCAGACUCAACUGGGUUGUCAUGGAAACUGAAUGCAAAACUCUGUCUUGUGUCAGCACAAAACUGAUAAAAAACAACGAGUACAUUUUCCGGGUCAGAGGUGUAAAUAAGUAUGGUCCUGGAGUACCCCUAGAGUCUGAACCAGUUAUCGCAAGAAAUGCAUACACUGUUCCAACACCUCCAGGAGCACCAGAGAUUACUGCUAUUGGAAAAGAACAUGUCAUCAUUGAGUGGCUGAAGCCGGAGAGUGAUGGUGGUAGUGAAAUCAAAAACUACCUUGUGGAUAAACGUGAGAAGAGCAGCGUUAGAUGGACAAGAGUAAACAAAACAUACACCAUUUAUGAUAUACGCCUCAAGAUCACUGGUCUCCUUGAGAGCAGUGAUUAUCAGUUCCGUGUUGCAGCUGUCAAUGCUGCCGGAACCAGUCUUCCAAGUGAUGCAUCUCAAUAUGCCCACUGCAGGGAGCCAACAUAUACCCCAGCGCCACCAUCAGUUCCUCGUAUUACAUAUACCACAAAGCAUAGUAUUAGAAUCACAUGGACCAGACCAAUGUAUGAUGGCGGAUCUGAUGUCAAAGGCUACAUUAUUGAGAUUCUGGAGGAGGGAACAGAGCAGUGGUACAGAGCUACCCAAAAGAUCUUGAGCAGUACUGAAUACACUGUAACUGGCUUGACAAGUACCAAGAAAUACUGCUUUAGGGUGGCUGCUGUCAAUACAAUGGGCACUGGAGAGUUUAGUGAAGGCAGUGUUGAGACCGCACCUUCAGAGAGAGUUGAAAUACCUGAUAUUGAACUACCUGAUGAAUUGAAGAAAACUGUUUGCAUCAGGGCUGGCAACACUUUACGCCUUCAUGUUACUACAACUGGCAGACCUGCACCAGUUAUUACCUGGAGAAAGCCUGGAAUUGACCUACAGUCCCGUGGCUUCAUAGACACUUCAGAAAAUACUACAACUUUAAUAGUGGAGAAGGUGCAUCGCUAUGAUGCUGGAAAAUACACAAUUGAGGCAGAAAAUCCAUCUGGCAAGAAAGUAAUAACUAUACUUGUUAAGGUUUAUGAUACUCCUGGAUCAUGUGGUGCAGUAAAGGUUAAGGAUUACACAAAAGAAUCUGCUGUUAUCACCUGGGAUGUGCCAACUAUUGAUGGUGGUGCUCCCAUCAACAACUACAUAAUUGAGAAGCGUGAGGCUUCAAUGAAAUCCUACAAAACAGUGACAACAGAAUGCAAAAAGACAUUAUACAGAAUUACUGAGCUGGAAGAAGGAACACAAUACUUCUUUAGAGUAUUGCCUGAGAACAUAUAUGGUAUUGGAGAACCUUGUGAAAUUAGUGAACCAGUACUUGUUUGCGAAGUUCCAUCUGUUCCACAAGAUCUGUAUGUUAUUGAUAUCACCAAGUCUACUGUCAUUCUUGGAUGGGAAAAACCAUUGCAUGAUGGUGGCAGCAGACUUACUGGUUUUGUCAUUGAAGCCUGCAAAACUGGAAAUGACCGCUGGUUGGAUGUUGCCCAUGUGAAAUCGUCUGUUCUGCAGCACACAAUUGUUUCACUAUAUGAAAAUGAGCAAUAUCUCUUUAGAAUCAGAGCUGAAAAUAGCAGAGGUGUCAGUGAACCAAGAGAUAUUAUGACUCCUGUGACAAUACAAGAACAAAGAGUCAUGCCCAAGAUUGACCUGGCUGGCAUCCCUCAAAAGAUUGUCAAUGUGCCCGCUGGUAAGCCAAUUGUGCUCAACAUUCCCAUCAAAGGCAGACCUGCACCAGUCUGCUCUUGGUUCUUUGGUGGAGUCAAGAUGAAGGACAAGCUUGACCGCAUCAAGAUUGAAACGACUGCUAAAUUCACCAAACUGACAGUCCGUGAAACAACAAUCGAUGACACUGGUGACUAUACUCUGGAAGUAAAGAAUGUCACAGGAACUGCAACUGAGGUCAUCAAAGUUAUCAUUCUUGAUAAACCUGGAGUACCCGUUGGGCCUAUGAGAAUUGAUGAGGUUGACGCCACAUCUGUUACAUGCAGCUGGGAAUCACCAGAGAAGGAUGGAGGUGCAAAUGUCAGUGGCUAUGUUGUUGAGCAGCGUGAUGCUCAUCAACCGGGAUGGCUGCCUGUCUCUGAAUCUGUCACAAGACCUACAUUCAAGUUUACCAGACUUACAGAGGGAACUGAAUAUGUAUUCCGUGUAGCUGCAACAAAUCGCUUCGGCAUAAGCUGUUUCCUGCAGUCUGAAGUUGUUGAGUGCAAGAGUGCCAAAACUGUACCUGGAGCACCCAGCACACCUGAAAUAUUUGAUGUGUCUCAUGAUGGCAUGACUCUAACCUGGAGAGCGCCUGAGGAUGAUGGAGGUUCCUCUGUGGCCGGCUACAUUAUUGAGCGCAAAGAGGUUGGAUCAGACAGAUGGGUUCGCAUUAACAAGAAUCCAGUGACAAUGACAAGAUACAGAGCCACAGGACUUAUUGAGGGUCUUGAAUAUGAGUAUAAAGUGACAGCCAUCAACUCUAGAGGCACUGGAAAACCAAGUGCAAACUCUAAAGCUGCUAUUGCAAUGGACCCUAUCGAACCUCCUGGUAUUCCACUGAACCCAAGAGUCACGGACACCACAAGAACAUCAGUUUCACUUGCUUGGUCUCCUCCAGAGGAAGAAGGAGGUGCAGCUGUUACUGGUUACCUGAUAGAGAUGCAGAAGAUUGACCAGGUCGAAUGGACAAAAUGCAACACAACACCAACAAAAAUCUGCGAAUAUACUUUGACCCACAUGCCCCAGGGUGCUGAAUACAGGUUCCGUGUGAUGGCAUGUAAUGCUGGUGGAGCAGGAGAACCAGCUGAGAUCCCAGGAGUGGUCAAAGUUACAGAAAUGCUUGAAUAUCCUGAUUAUGAACUGGACAAAACAUACCAGGAAGGCUACAUUGUCAGACAAGGUGGUGUCAUCAGACUGUCUGUGCCCAUCAAGGGCAAACCCUACCCAACAUGCAAGUGGACAAAGGAAGGCCGUGACAUUUCUCACAGAGCUAUGAUUGCCACCAGCGAUGAACGUACUGAGCUUGUAAUCAAGGAAGCCCACAGAGAUGAUACUGGCACCUAUGAUCUUGUGCUGGAGAACAAAUGUGGCAAGAAGGCUGUGUAUAUUAAGGUUAAAGUUAUUGGCCGUCCAGAUCCACCUGAGGGUCCUCUUGAAUUUGACGACAUUCAAGCACGCUCCGUAAGAGUAAGCUGGAGACCACCCUCAGAGGAUGGUGGCUCUGAUAUUCUGGGUUACCUUGUGGAGAGGCGGGAGGUGCCUAAAGCAGCUUGGUACACUGUGGACUCACGCGUGGUUGACACAUCACUGGUGGUCAAGGGGCUGAAGGAAAAUGUUGAAUAUCACUUCAGGGUUUCGGCAGAGAACCUGUUUGGCAUCAGCAGAUCCCUAAAAUCGGAUGAAUCUGUUACCCCGAAAACUCCUCUUUGUCCCCCAGAACCUCCCAGCUUCCCUCCAGAAAUCAUGGAUGUUACAAAGACCACAGUUGGCCUUUCUUGGUCAAGACCAAAGGAUGAUGGUGGAUCUCGUGUCACUGGAUACUAUGUUGAGAGAAGAGAAGUUUCCACUGAGAAAUGGGUUCGUCAUAACAAGACUCACAUCACAACAACAAUGUAUACUCUCACUGGACUCAUCCCUGAUGCAGAGUACCAGUUCCGUGUGGUUGCUCAGAAUGAUAUUGGUCAGAGUGAGCCAGGACCUGUAUCAGAGUCAGUUGUAUGCAAAGAUCCAUUUGAUAAACCAGGCCAACCUGGUGAGAUUGACAUAAUCUCUAUAGCCAAGGACUGCAUAACCAUUCAUUGGAUACGUCCUGAAUCAGAUGGUGGAAAAGAGAUCCUUGGGUACUGGAUUGAGUACAGGCAGUCAGGUGAAAGUGCCUGGAAGAAAUGCAACAAAGAGCGUUCAAAGGACAGGCAGUUUACCAUGGGUGGUCUCAUGGAGGCUACAGAGUACGAGUUUAGAGUGUUUGCUGAGAACGAAACUGGACUGAGUAGACCAAGAAGAACCGCCAUGGGUAUUAAAACCAAACUGAGUGUUGGAGAGGCUCCUUGCCUGAAAGAGGAGAUCAAAGAGAUCACCACUAAACUAGGAGAAUCUGGAACAUUGACGUGCCAGAUUAUUGGUAGACCUCUUCCAGAAAUCAGGUGGUACAGAUAUGGAAAGGAGCUAAUCCAGAGCCGAAAAUACAAGAUGAGCUCUGAUGGCCGAAACCACUCUUUAACAGUAUUAACAGAUGAACAAGAAGAUGAAGGCCUGUACACAUGCAGAGCUAUCAAUGAGGCAGGUGAAAUUGAGACCAGUGGCAAGCUCCUGUUGCAGGCUGCACCACAAUUCCACCCAGGAUUCCCAUUAAAGGAGAAAUACUACUCAGGUUGUGGAACAAGCCUGCGUCUCCAUGUUGUCUACAUUGGUCGCCCUAUUCCACAAAUCAUGUGGUUCUAUGGCAAGAAGCCUCUGAAUCCAUCAGAAAACGUCAUCAUUGAAAACACAGAAAGCUACACUCACUUAGUUAUCAGAAAUGUCCAGCGUAAGACAAAUGCUGGAAGAUAUAAGGUGCAAAUGAGCAACAAAUUUGGCACAGUGGACACAGUCCUCCGUGUUGAGAUCCAAGAUAAACCUCUUAUUCCUGAAGGACCAGUCAUUGUUGAUGCUCUCUUGAAGAAUUCUGUGAUCAUUAGCUGGAAGCCACCAAAGGAUGAUGGUGGAUCAAUGAUCACAAAUUACAUUGUAGAGAAACGUGAAGCUAAGGAGGGUGAGCAGUGGCAUCUUGUAUCAUCAGCCAUCUCAGGAACCACAUGCCGUGUUCCAAACCUCAUUGAGAGUUCUGGAUAUUACUUCCGGGUCUCUGCACAGAAUCAGUAUGGCAUCAGUGAAUCGCUUGAGAUUCCUUCUGUUGUCAUUAUCAAGAGUCCAUUCGAGAAACCUGGAGUCCCGCAACAGCCUGUUGUCACUUCUGUAACAAAAGAUUCAUGUGUCGUUUCUUGGAAACCCCCAACCAGCGAUGGAGGGGCUAAAAUUAAGAACUAUUACCUUGAGAAGAGAGAGAAGAAACAGAACAAAUGGAUUUCUGUUGCAACUGAAGAGAUUCAGGAGACAUCUUACACUGUUAAAGGCCUUCUUGAAGGUUUUGAAUAUGAAUUCCGCGUCAAAUGUGAAAAUAUUGGUGGAGAGAGUGAUUGGAGUGAGAUUUCAGAACCAGUCAUACCGAAAUCAGACACAGCUCUUCGUGCUCCAUUCUUCAAGGAGGAAUUGAGAGACAUGUGCGUCAAAUAUAAGGCAAAUGCAACCUUUGUCACUAAGGUUAUUGGACAUCCCAAGCCAGCAGUUAAAUGGUACAAAAACGGUAAAGAGAUUUUACCCGAUGGAGAGAAAAUAAAGGUACAAGAAUUCAAGGGAGGCUACUACCAACUUGUUAUCAGCAAUGCUGAUGAUAAUGAUGCCGGUGUCUACCAGAUUAGAGCUACUAACCAGCUUGGAUCAAUUUCCACAACUGUGGCACUAGAGGUUGAGGUACCUGCCAAGAUUCAUUUGCCAUUACAUCUUCAAGGCAUGGGAGCUGUUCACGCCAUUCGUGGUGAGGUGGUUACCAUCAAGAUUCCAAUUAGUGGCAAACCUGAUCCUGUAAUCACAUGGCAAAAGGGACAAGAGAUGAUUAAUAAUACAGCGUAUCAUCAAGUAAUCAUCACAAGAUCAUUCACCUCCUUAGUUUUCCUAAAGGGAGUGCAAAGAAAGGAUUCUGGCUACUACAUAAUUUGUGCCAAAAAUCGAUUUGGUGUUGAUAAGCAGACAGUUGAACUUGAUGUUGCUGAUGUCCCUGAUCCUCCAAAGGAUGUCAAAGUUAGUGAUAUUGGCAGAGAUGCAAUCACCCUUACUUGGACUCCUGGAAAUGAUGGUGGAAGUGAAAUUAUCAAUUACAUUAUUGAAAAGUGCCCUACCACUGGUGACAGAUGGAUUCGUGUGGCUCAGACGUCGGAGUCCCAAUACACUGUGGUGAGCCUCUUUGGCAAAACAAAAUACCAGUUCCGCGUGAUUGCGGAGAACAGAUUUGGCCGGAGUGGUCCAUCUGCACCAACAGAUCCUGUGACAACAAAAGAAGACAAGUUAGCCAUUAGAAACUAUGAUGAAGAAGUGGAUGAAACAAGAGAGGUUACAAAGGAAGAGGCACCACAUUCUAAAGUGAAAAAUGUUCCUUCUCUGUACAGUAUCUCUGAGGAGCUUGCUCGCAAUGGACAGUUUGGCAUUGUCCAUCGCUGUGUUGAAAUUAGCUCCAAGAAGACGUUCUUAGCUAAAUUCAUCAAAGUUAAAGGUGCUGAUCGAGAGUUGGUUGCAAGAGAAAUUGAGACACUCAAUAUUGCAAGACACAAAAACAUACUGUAUCUUCAUGAAUCUUUUGAUAGUCUGGAAGAAUAUGUCCUGAUCUAUGAAUUCAUGUCUGGUAUGGACAUCUUUGAGCGUCUUGGUACAAACUUUGACCUCACAGAGCAAGAAAUUGUUCGGUAUAUGAGACAAGUUUGUUGCGCUCUGAAGUUCUUGCAUAGUCAUAACUAUUGUCAUUUCGAUAUCAGACCUGAUAACAUUGUUUAUUCCACAAGGAAGAGCAGUACCAUUAAGAUCAUUGAGAUGGGUCAAGCCAGGUUGCUUACACCUGGAGAAAACAUCAGAAUCCAGUUCACAGCCCCUGAGUUCUAUGCACCUGAAAUUCACAACAGUGAUUUUGUGACCACUGCCACUGACAUGUGGUCUGUUGGUGUUCUUGCAUAUGUUCUCCUUAGUGGACUCAAUCCAUUUGCUGCUGAAUCAAGUCAAAAAAGGAUUGAGCACAUCUCAAAUGCGGAGUAUGUGUUUGAUAGUGAAGCCUUUAAGGAAACCAGUCUUGAAGCUAUGGACUUUGUCGACAGGCUGCUGACUAAAGACCGCAAACUGCGUAUGACAGCCUCUGAAGCUUUGGAACAUCCUUGGCUUAAGAUGAAACUGGAACACGUUAGUUCAAAGGUUAUCAAGACUUUGAGACACAGACGAUACCACCAGACACUGGUGAAAAAAGAAUGGAGCACAGAAAUUUCUGCAGCACGUCUUGCAUAUGGUGGUGGCUACAGAAACCAAAGAAACAUUUUGAUUGGAAGAGUCAAAGUUGGACAUCCUGAACAAGGCUUGAGAGCAGGUCCAGUCAUGCACGGCUCUGCUGAAGAGGGUGGACAUGUCAGAUUUGUCUGCUGCAUUGAGAAUUAUGACCGAAACACAGAAGUGACCUGGUACUUUGGUUCUCGCAAAGUGACAGCAAGUCAUAAAUAUGAAAUCAACUAUGCUAAUGGAUUUGCAAGCAUCUAUGUUAAAGACAUUGAAGAAUGUGAUGAUGGAGUAUACAGAUGCAAGGUAUUCAGUGAAGACAGAGAGGACAAUGCUUAUGCCGAGCUGUUUGUUGAGACUGUUAGGUCCCAUCGUGAAUACUAUCUGGGACGCUCACUCAAAAAGCCAAAACGCAGAAUUGACAAAACCAAACUUUUGCAGAGGCCACCUGAGUUUACUCUGCCUUUGUACAACCGUACAGCAUACAUUGGUGAAGAUGUUCGCUUUGGUGUAACCAUCACAGUCCAUCCAGAGCCAAGUGUGACAUGGUUGAAGGCUGGGCACAGAAUCAAACCAGAUCCUGCUAAAUACACAUUCACAAGUGACAAGGGUCUUUAUCAGCUGAUGAUUCACAAUGUUGAGCUUAGCGAUGAUGCUGAAUACACUGUUGUGGCAAACAACAAGUUUGGUGAGGACAGCUGCAAGGCACAUCUCACUGUUACACCACAUAAGGUUGUUGAAGACACCAUGAGACCAAUGUUCAAACGUCUCUUAGCCAAUGUUGAGUGUGUUGAGGGGCAAAGUGUCCGCUUUGACCUGAGAGUAUCAGGAACUCCACCACCAACUCUAAAAUGGGAGAAAGAUGGCAAACCUCUUGAGUUCAGACCACAAGUUGAAGUGGUUCAAGAGGAUGUAGAUUAUCAUGUUUUGCACAUCAGAGAAUCCCUCAUUGAGGAUUCAGGCACAUAUAGAGUCACUGCAACAAAUACAGCUGGAUCAGCAACUUGUCAAGCUACUCUCAAGGUUGAACGCCUAACAUACACAAGGAGAGAGUUCAAGAGUGAGGAACAGAGGCAGAAGUAUGUACACAACCAAAUAGAAAAGACUCUAAAGAUGGCACAACAUUUUUCCAAGGCAGAAGUUAUUACACUUAAUCCUGUAGCACAAGAAGCUUUGAAGGAAGCUGCUGAAUUAUAUAAGCCUGCAGUGAGCACCAAGAACGUGCAGGGUGAGUUUGACAUCUCUGACAAAGAAGAUCAAGAAAUAAAGAAAAUGAAAGAGGAAGACAAGAGGAUACGCAUGCCUUAUGAAAUCCCUGAAGCACGUGCACAUGAUCCAUCUGUUCUCAGUGACGAUAAGGUGAUCAAACACUUUGUGCCGCUAUCUGAUAUGAAGUGGUACAAGAAGCUUCGUGACCAGUUUGAGAUUUCCGAGCGCAUGGAAAGAAUUGUUCAAAAGAGACAGAGGCGUAUUCGUCUUUCUAGAUGGGAGCAAUUCUAUGUCGUGCCACUGCCCAGAAUAACUGAUCAAUACAGACCAAAGUGGCGCAUUCCAAAACUUACACAAGACGAUUUAGAGACCAUUCGACCUGCAAAGAGAUCACCAUCUCCCGCGUCAGAACUGUCCUUCAGACAGAGAAGGCGUUCACUUGGAGAUCUCUCAGAUGAGGAGCCCGUUGAGGAUUACAUAGCACUGAGGGGAUCUGAAAAAGAAAGACAAGAGCUUGAAGAUGAAUUAGAACUUGGAUUUUCUGCCUCCCCACCCAGUGGAAGCCCUGUCCGCUUUGAGCUUUCUGCACUGCUCCAUGCAUCACCUAGGCCAGUUCAGAAAACUGAAGUAAGAAGCAAGGUGGAGAUAAAACAUGUGACAACAACAGAGCAGGCACGGGGGUCUCCUCCUCCCAUUUCCCAUUUCAUGAGGAGGAGGAGAUCCUUAUCUCCAACAUACAUUGAACUGAUGCGUCCUGUCUCUGAACUCAUCAGAGCACCACGUGCACGUGUCUCAUUAGAGGCUGAAGGUGAAGUCAUUGAAAGAAGAUCACCUACCCCUGAGAGGACACGUCCUCGUUCUCCAAGUCCUGUAUCCAGUGAGAGAAGAUCAUCCAGAUCCUCCUCUAGAUUUGAAAGAUCUGCUAGAUUUGACAUCAUGUCUAGAUAUGAGGCAAGAAAAGCUGCUCUUAAAUCUGAGCGCAAGUACCAGGUUGUGACACAGCAACCCUUCAGCCUUGACCAUGCUCCUCGUAUCACAGUAAGAAUUCGUUCUCACCGUGUACCAUGUGGUCAAAAUACUACAUUUACUUUAAAUGUUCAGUCCAAGCCAGAUGCUGAAAUCCAGUGGUUCCACAAUGGACAACAAAUCCAAGAGAGCAGCAAAUACCAAUUCACAAACAUGAGUGGAGUGCUGUCUCUCCAGAUAAAUGAUUGUCAGGUGGAGGAUUGUGGAACAUAUCGUGUCCUCUGCACAAACAUAAAGGGUGAGGCCUCAGACUAUGGAACUCUUGAUGUUUCAGGAGGUGCUUUUACUACAUACUCCUCAAGACGUAAAGAUGAAGAGACCCCAACACCAUUUGUACCUGAAAUUACAAAAACAGAUUAUUAUCAUACAACAUCCAUCAGAGCAUCUUCUGCCUCACAGACUCAUUUGGAGAUCAAAGAAUCUAAAACUAAACUGACAGAGAGACAUGAAAUAUCUGCUUUUGAGCAGUAUGAAUCCCAAAAGCUUGCAACAUCUCCUAUUAGAUAUGCAUCCACUGAAUACUUAUCAUCAGCUUCAUAUUCAUCAUCUGAAAGAUUUACAUCUGAAAAACAUGUAUCAUCUGAAACCAAGGUGAAAGAAUUAACAGCAUCUGUAGUGUCCAAGAAAGCUAAAGCUAGUGUUUCAGCUAAAAUACUCACAAAACCACAGUCUUUAACUGUAUCUAAGGGUGACUCUGCACGAUUUGUCUGUGAUAUUGAUGGUGAGCCAGCACCAAGUGUCAAAUGGAUACAUGAAGGAAGAACAAUUGUCUCGUCACACUGUGUACAUGUGGCAACAACGCAGUACAAGUCCACAUUUGAAAUUUCCUCAGUUGAGCAUUCAGAUGAAGGCAGCUAUACUGUAGUUGUAGAAAAUUCUGAAGGAAAGCAAGAGGCAAGGUUUACUUUGACUAUUCACAAACCAGCACCUAAGGAGGAAGUGAAAACACCAUUACCCUCAUUCAAGUCACCAGAACCCUCUGUGAAAUCUCCUGAGCCUACUGUGACAUCCUCUGUAGCAUCAGUUAAAUCUCCGGAGCCUUCUGUGAAAUCAUCUAUGCCAUCAGUUAAAUCUCCAGAACCCUUAGUGAAGUCUCCUGUGCCAUCAAUUAAAUCCCCAGAGCCUUCUGUCAAAUCACCUCUGCCAUCAGUUAAGUCCCCAGAGCCUUCUGUGAAGUCACCUGUGCCUUCAGUUAAAUCUCCCGAGCCUUCAGUGAAAUUGCCUAUGCCAUCAGUUAAGUCUCCAGAGCCCCAGAUUAAAUCACCAGAACCCACUGGUUUUAAGUCUCCCGAACCUCGAAUAAAGUCCCCGGAAGGUAUUAAAUCACCAUUCAGAGUAAAAUCACCAGAGCCAAUCACCUCUCCACAGAGGAUAAAGUCUCCGCCUCCUAUUAAGUCUCCUGAACCAACCACUCCUCAAAGGGUAAAGUCUCCAACAGCCCUGAAAUCACCUGAGCCAAUAACUUCGCCACCCAGGGUAAAAUCUCCACCCCCAAUGAAGUCUCCGGAGCCAGUUACCUCCCCUCUGAGAGUUAAAUCUCCUACAGGAAUUAAGUCUCCUGAACCAGUCACCUCACCUCUGAGAGCCAAAUCUCCACCAACAGUCAAAUCUCCUGAGCCAGUCAUGUCACCUAAAAGAGUUAAAUCUCCACCCCUGUCAAAGGAAGCACCACCAAAGAUCAUUCAGCAACUCAAAGCUGAAGCUUUUGAAGACAAAUUUAAGAUGGUCUGUGUAGCUGAGAGCUCUAUCACAGAGGUUGUGUGGUACAAGGAUGGCAAAAAACUGACUCAAAGCAGUCGUUACCAGAUUCAAACAUCUGCUGAUGGAACUUGCUGUUUCUAUAUAUCUGAUGUUUCGGAGAGAGACCAAGGCGAAUACUCCUGUGAAAUUAUAAGUGUAGGGGGAGCAGUGGCAAAAUCAUCAUUUUCUUUUGUUGGCCAAGUGUUUCAAACCAUCUACAAAAAAGUAACUGCAUUUGUGUCUACACACAAGUCUGUUAAAGAAACUGUGUCUUCCCAAAUACAUGGAGGAGCUGAAAUGCUACUUAAGAGAGGGAGUGCCACUGUUAGCAGCAUGCACGAAAGUUUUACUUCAAAGUCCGUCCACAUGGAGAGCACAAUGCAAGAAACAUCUUUUAGCAGUUCCGCAAUGGCUGAGAUGAAAUUUGAAACUAUGUCAAUGUCCAGCAUGUCCUCUAUGACGUCUGAGUCAGUAUCUGCUAUGAGCACAAGCAGUAUAAUGUCAAGUCACUCACAUGCUGAGGGAACUACAAUUAGAGGAGCCCUCCACAGUGCUCAGGGCUCAGCUCCAAGAAUUGAGGCUCUUCCUGAAGAUAUCAGCAUUGAAACUGGAAAGGUUCUAACCGUAGCCUGUGCUUUCUCUGGAGAGCCCUCACCUCGUAUUGAGUGGUCACGUGGUGGAAGGACACUGCCUAGUGAGGAAGAGAGCAGCAGGUUCCAUAUUGAGACCACAGAGGACCUGACCACACUCAUCAUCACUGGUGUGAAAGAGAGCGAUGCUGGAGCAUACACACUCAGACUUUACAAUGAGCAUGGAUCUGACACAGCAACUGUUACCAUCAGCAUUCGAUCAAAGUAAAAGUGAAUACCAUAAUUUUUACCCCCGUUCCCUCAUUAAGCGACUUUUUUGUAUUUAUUUAAUGAACAGAAAAAAAUCUUGAUAAGUACCUGUUCCUGUAAAUAUAAACUAUUUUUAUACCAAACUUGACAUCAAUUUAUGCCAAAAGGUCUAAAGUUAUUAUAGAAUGUGCCAUAUUGGAUAAUUAUGACUUCGGAUUUUUGAUCCAUUUUUCUGUGACGUGUACAUAAUGUAUAUAGCCGAAUUUAACGGUUAUGGAAAAUGUAUGAAUUGUUAUUUAUAACAAUAUGAACUGAAACAAAUGGAACUUAAUGUUUAUCAGGAGAAAGUUUCACAUGGAACGAAUACCCUGUUAAACCUGAAACUAAACUCUGUGCCUCAACAGUAAGUUGAAGUCUUAAGAUUGCCUCAACAGGUAGAGAGGCUCCCUGUUGAUGUUACACUAAAUCUGAGAGACAAAGUUAUACCUGCACGUUCACACGUGCAGUGGUAUUACCAUACUCUUAUGCAUUGUUACUCGAAUAUAAGACCUUGAGUGCUGUUUGCAUUAUACCCUCAUGUAAGCAGGACAACUAGGUCUUGUGUUCAGACUGAUUAUGUCAUAAAACCAUUUUAAUGACAUGCUCAAGGUGCGAGCGGCCUGCACUUUAUGAGCAAAAUGUUUAAUGUGCUCUGUUACUGGCAAGGGACUGCUUGAAUAGACUUUAAAGAUUAACAUCACCUGGCCACUAAGUAAAGUAUAUCUUGCACUUUCUUGCAGAAGCAGAGCCUCCUCUAGGAGGUUUGCUUUGGUGCAUUGUGUGUUUGUGUGUUAGCUUUAGAGUACACCUAGUCAGUUGUCGGGCAAUCAAGAAAGUGUGCCACAGCGACACCAUCUGCUGUGCAAUGGAAAAGCGGUUUAGUGUCUAAAUGCCCUGCACUUUGGUUUGAUUUUAUGUAGAAUUGUAGUAUUAUCUAUAUCUGCAACCUCCUUGAGUAUUAAUGAUUCAAUAAAGCAUGUUCUCAGCA